CUCCGUCUGCCGCUUUGUCUACGCAUCCAUGUGGGUUCUUCCGUCUCAGUGUUGUUGCUGCGCCUCUCGGCUCCGCCAGCCUCUCAGCCAUUGGCCUCGGAGACCAUCACUCUUCCUUUCACAACAAUAGACCCCCACGCUCGUACCCCCACACUGACAGACACCGCCACUCAUGCGCCCGACAAACUGAGAGCUUUCGAGGAGCGUCGGUGAAAUGUUGGUGAAGCUGCGGCGUACCGACCUUACCUUUCUUUCCACCAGCUUCACAUCGGCGAGGAGGAGCGCAGGGAAACCUCAGCGAUGCGCUCAGACGGGGACGCGUCGGAGUUGAAAUAAGGGAAACACGGGGGUUCGUGGGGGGGAAAACAAGGCUGAGAGAGGGGGGGAAUUUUCCGGUGAGGAUGACUGAUUGGUGACAAAGAAAACGGGGAGCCCCUCUGGCUUCGGUCGCUAGAACUUGACGGAAGGCGUUCAGGGGGACCGGCUCGCUCUUUCUUGGACAGCCCGAGGUUUUUGAUCAUCUUUCUUUUUGGAGGGGAACCAUGCCUGUCCGGAGGGGUCAUGUUGCGCCACAAAACACAUUUUUGGGAGUAAUUAUCCGGAAAUUCGAGGGACAAAGUGAGUACCUCUCUCCAUGGUGCCUCUCUUUUGUGUCUGUCCUGCUGAAUAUUAUUUAAGCAUUAGAAAAAAGGCCUCCUUCUUUCUUUUACAACAACAAACCAUAUGGUGCAGAUAUGCUACAAUCCCAUUUUCCACUCAUUUUGAUAAACUACAUGUCAGAGGUCUAUUAAAAGUCAUUAUAACUUAAUUAUCCCUCCACCUUAUCAAGCUCCUAGUUUGUUUAAUAGCAGCUCUGCACCCUCCUGCUCCAGGAGUUAAAAAAGCCGCCUGAGAAACAAGGAUUAAAGGAUUUAAUUACUUUCAGAUCAUAUCCUCAAAAUACCUUCAUUGCCUGUAUUAAAUCCCCCCCAGUCAUGUUUAGUUUUGGCGGAUUAUUUCAGGUGCUGUGAUGCUGCACACCUUGCUGGAGGCGUAUAAAAAAGCGAGGGAUUAAGAUUUCAUGUGUGGAAAAUUCAAAAAAAUGUGGGGCAACCGGUUUUGUUAUGUUAUUUAUAUUUCGACUGAUAUAUCAGAUUGAAUUCCACCUGUCUACCUGCUUGUGUUUGUGUAAAAUGCUUUCAUUUUUCAUGCUUUCACACUCCUGUAUGUUGCGUUGGUUUACAUCCUCCCUCUUCUUACUCGCCCCUCCACAGAUAAGAAAUUCAUCAUAGCCAAUGCCCGGGUGCAGAACUGCGCUAUCAUCUACUGUAAUGACGGCUUCUGUGAGAUGACGGGCUUCUCACGGCCGGAUGUCAUGCAGAAGCCGUGCACGUGUGACUUCCUGCACGGCCAGUUCACCAGCCGGCACUCGGUGGCCCAGGUGGCCCAGGCGCUGCUGGGCUCGGAGGAGCGCAAGGUGGAGAUAACCUACCACCGUAAAGAUGGUGAGUGCACAAGACGUACCAGAUGUCUCAGUCUCUUUCCAGUAGAAGAAGUACGCUGCCAGAGUCUGUACUUCAGGUGUAUUUUAAAACGUCCAACACUCCAGGUACACUGUGGGUAAUUUUUAGUUCUGACUCGGCUCUAUCUGGAGCAUUUUGCAGCAAUCACAGAGUGCACCCAUUUAGAGCCCGGAGGGGGCAGGGAGAGCAGCUGUGCAGGUUUCUUUCACCGUGAAGUCCAGUUUCGAAAGGAUGCAGGCGACAUCGGGUGGCUGUGAGAGAUGUUCAUUAGCCCGAGCUGGGUAGGGCACCCUGCGAAGGAUGUAGCUCACUUCCCUGUAGACCGCUGUGAAGAUGGUGAGGCGCGUAGUUUCACUUCUGCUCUCUACAGCCUGGUUACAUAUACACACUGUAUAUUAGAUAAUCUUUGGGUGUGCAUAUGCUGCUUAUAAAUACUUCAGGACUUGUCCUGACAGCUGCUAUUGUUUCCAGUGAAAGUUUAAACCAGUCGCAUCAUUGUGCUUGUUCAGGGAGAGUUCAUGCUUUGACCUUUAACAAUGACAUAUGUAUUCAGAUGAUUAAGCCGUCUUGCAUAACGCUUAGAGACUGGUGAGGUUUUACUUUGGCGCUUUGAGGGAUUCAUACUUUUAUGAGACUCAUGCAUGGUCGUCAUGUUGUCCAUGUUGGAAGCCUAUUUAUGUUUUAUUGUCGGGGAUCAUUAAAGGGAUGGUUUUGAUUCUUUAAGAGGAGGAUAAUGUUCGGUAUUUUCAUCACUUGUUUAUCGCCUGCAGUAGAUACCAUUCAGCUCUGUUUUUGAGGAAGUCAGCCAGAGUCUUGAUACGGAAGUUUAAAAAAAGGCAGACUAAAGAAAAAUCAAUAUCCGUUUAAGUGUACAGCAUAUUUUCAAGUAUCUUUACUGCCUCGCCUCGCUGUCCGACAGCCCUUUUCUUUAGCACUACGUUUUCUCAAGUCUGCAUCCAUACGAGUGCAGCACACUGAUUUGCACUGCAGGUCAGAAAAGCUGUCGCAAACUCAGACUGGAGUAAAACUUUGUUUUUCUUCAGAUUUUAAAGGUCCUGUGAGUGUUUUUUUUACAGCGAUGAAACAGACUGAAAUAAACAGCGAUUCCUCUUUAUGAUCCACAACAGCAAACAAGGCCAUGAAUACAGUGAUUAAUAUUCCUACAGUGUAGCCUGGCUACCAACACGGAGAGGGGGUAGGUGUGAGAGGAGGCAAUUUACAACAAAGUGAGGAAAAACCACCUUUGAUGCCAGAAAGAGCAGGAUAGCGCUUUUGUCAGAAAGUACAACACAUGCAUGUUUGAGACCAAAUUAUCAAAUUAGAAGUACUGCCACUUUGUCAACAGGGGGUGCCAAAAUCAACAUAAACAGAAACAGAUCCUCACUUGAGCUUUAAUGAAGGUCCAUGGUUUUGUUUUCUGUUUGCAUGAAACUGGUCGGUAACACUUUAUUUGACGCCUAUCUCUAUAAGGAAUUAUAAAUAUAUGUAUAAUGCAUUAUAAUCACGUCAAAGCGCUGUAUAACUAUAGUUAUAAACACUUAUAAAUGAUCAUAAUGCUUUAUAGAAAUAAUCACAACACAUUAUAAAGCAUUUUAAAGCAUUAUGAUCAUUAAUGAGUGUUUAUAACUAUAGUUAUACAGCACUAUGAUGUGAUUAUAAUGCAUUAUACAUAUAUUUAUAAUUCCUUAUAGAGAUAGGCGUCAAAUAAAGUGUUACCAAAUGGUCAUUUUCACGUUUAGAUGUAAUUGUGUCCUGUCCUGAAAAAAUGCAAGCUCGGGGAAAUUUUAGGGGCCAACAAACACACACAAAAAAGUUUAUAGUGAGGCAUGCAGGAAAGCUGUUAAACUUGGUUCAUAUAGUGAAACAUGCCACCCCUGAGUCAAUUACUGUUUGCACUGUGCUAAAAUAGUGUUACUUUUUCUAUGUGCUUGUUCCAGGAAGUCUCAAAUUAGAUUUUAAAGACAGUGGUGCAACCAGUCCUAUACUCCACAUUCAGCACAUCGAUGGCUCUGGGUUUGCAGCAGUAACUUUUCUGAAGAGGCUUAUAUAAACCACAGCUUAAUAAGACAGCUUGACACCUCCUGAAGAGCACACUACAGUAUCCCACCAUAAGAGCUGACAGAAAUAUAAAACAACUCUCCAAACAAGCACACGAGUUCUCCCUCUCUCCAUUUUCCCAUCAUUUACCGUGUCAAAAGUUAUCCCCUUUGAAUUGUGGUUAAGGUGUUUAAUCUCUGCCGCUCUGAUCAGUCAUCUUGACUUUUCUUGGAGGUGUUACUUCUUCCCCGAAAGUACUGGAUUGCUGUCUUAAAUUGCUUAACCACAGCAAGAACUGGUGGGAACUUCUGUCUACUAGAGAUAUUUAGGGCUGUUUCCUGCUGACCGUUGAAAGUGGUGUUAAAAAAAACACUCUGCAUGCUUCACUUCUGCUUUCAGGCAGUGGUAUUUUAUGAAGAAACACAAAAACUGUUGGUAGCCAUCUUGUCGUAGCAUUAGCAUUACCUCUAGACCUGGCAGUUGUUUUCUAAUGGGGGAGCUCACAUCAAGCGCAAGUAAAAUCAUCUACUCGCUUAAUUCGCGCGAAUCUAGAUGCGUGAAUGAAUUGUAUUCACUCGCUUCAUUCGCGCGUCAUCAGUAAUUUCAACGGUAAUUCCUGUCAAUUCAACCGGUGGGAUCAAGUGAUAGACAAAGGUUUUUUACAAUUUACCAGGUAAUCCGACUUCCUCAUUCAGUUGCCUCCAGGCGAACUCAUUUUUAUUCUGGUUACAGUAAUCGAAAGAAAAGGUAUCAUAUAAUGUGGGGCGCACACACACCGACGCGAUCAGUUUGUUCUCGAUUUUAGAAACCAGUUAACAACCGUCACCCGGCAACCUUCAUGCUGAUUGGUUAUUGCGACGCGAUAUCCACUGGAGUUGAGACAUUUUCAGCUUCCACCCAAUUCGCGUCAUUCGCGCCGCCGGAGAAGUGGGAGCGUCUAAUCGCGUCUUUACAUUGACUUAACAUGUAAUUCAUUCGCGCGAAUGAUUUUACUCGCGCUUGGUGUGUGGGGACAGUAAGGAAGACAAGUUUGGCCAGUAUUCUCUCCACACAGACGCUUGUCAUUGUUGUUGGCAAAGUUGAUAUCAAAAGUCCUUGGUUAGCGACAGAGAGGUGACGUUGAUGAGCACGGUGUUGUUCCAAAAGUGGAAUUAUUUUCACCUGAGAGUUCGGAGUUUCAGAAACAUUGGACAACUAAAGGUUUUUGGACACUGAUAACACUUAAUUAGUUUUGUACAGAUAGUAGACUCUGCCUGCCAAAAAGCAGGGAGUGGACACAGGCCCUUAACUGCAUGGAUGCAUACAUAAUAGGUCUGAAGGGUGAGAAAACAUUGACGCUACAAUAACUGAGCAUACACUGCUUCUGAUGUUUACAGCAAACAUUUCUCAACUUCGGUGUAAAUGCUACUCUCUUGACUUUUCAUUGCAGCAGUGUUUUUUCAAGUUGAAUGUUUUGGAUUAUAGCAGCAGAAGUGAACAGAGAAGACAAGAAAUAACACUUCAGGUUUCUUAUCUGGAGAAACGGUUCGACUUUAUCUCUGCCGAUGGAGACGGAUGGAUUUUCCGGUUGAUAAUAAAACACGAUGCUGUCAGAGGGAUUUAGUUUGACAGCUGACGUGUGAGAGGAGCUGCGUGAUUUUCUGUAAAUCACACUCGGGCGGGUAUCAGGAAACCCAGAGGGGUAGAGGUGACACAGAUUAGGUCAAAAAAGGUUUACACAACACUCGUAGAUGAUAGUAUCCUUAGAGGCGUUGUUGUAGAGGGGUUAAAGGUUGGAAAUGUGCAAUAAGGUUAGAGAGAGUAAAGCUUGAGGGAAUAGACAGAAGGAGAUGUCAGCUUAUUUUCUGAGUGGGCUUUGCUGUUCCCUCUUGAGACUGUUGAUAUGUCGAACAUCGCUUUGGUUCAUACUGUCCUGACUGAACUCAGUCAGAGCCAUGAAUAACACAAUUUUCCCUGUGCGACCCUGUGCCAGAGCUGACAUCCUGCCCCUGUGAUCGGCGUUCCAGCAUGUCUUAUUAUGUUCGUCACACAUUUCACUGCCGGAGGUUGAUAUUUCCUUUUUUAAUUCAUUCUACUCGGCUGCGUUUCACCGGGAAAUUAGUCUUUUUUUUGCUUCAUUUGACAAACAACUAAUAACACAACAAAAUGUUGAACAUUCGACUGAUAUCUUCUGACGACAUGAAUCAUUUAUGAGAGACUCUCUUUAACAUAAGGGCUACGUGGGUUCAAUGUAGGUGUUGUUUUUGUUUUAUCAGCUUAUUGGUUCGCUUAUUAGUGUGUGCAGCAGCAGCAGCAGCUGUGUGAAAUGGGAGAUUGGUUUGACAGGUCUGGCUUCUGAUAGCACAUCACCAUCAGGCCUUCAGUCCUCCUUUUAAAUGAGCUUUUAUGGGCCUGCGCUGGGUACACAUCUACGGAAGAGGAUUAGGGCCACAAGAAAAAAUAAAAAAAGGUCCAUUAUUUUUUUUUUAAUCAUAAUUCAGGAUUCCUACACAUUUGAUAUUUCCAUACUUUUCCAUACCCUACUUUUUUAAAAUUAUUUUUUUGAAAUAUCUACUUUUUUAUUUUAGAAAACAUUAUAUUAGAACUAUGGUUCUUUUCCAUACUUUACGUACUUGUGUAGGAACCCUGAUAAUUCUGAGAAAAAAAGUCAGAAUUUUAGUCAGAGUUUAAUUUCAGAAUAUUUUAAGAAGUUUUAAAUUCAGAAUUCUGAGAUUAAAGUCAGAAUUCUCACUUUUUUCUCAGAAUUACGAUUUAAAAAAAAAUGGAUUUUUUUUCUUCUUGUGGCCCUCAUCCUCUUCCAUACACAUCCUCCUGAUCAUAGUCAUACACCAAUUCAACCAUAUAUAACAUAGGUUAGCAUGUUGUCAUCACAAAAACUAUAUACUAUACUAUAUAUACUAUAUAUAACAACUGUUGCCUGUGUUUAUUUACAUCUAGGUAGUAGGGUAGUGGGCUGCAGCAAGCGGCUGGUGGCGUGGCUACAGCCUUGACAUUCAACUCAACUGAACUUUAUUUAUAGAGCACUUUAAAUUCAACCAAAGCUGACACAAAGUGCUGUACAUAAUAACAGAAAAACAUAAAACAACAAUAAAUAGUAAAGAAAAAAAAAGCAAUAAUACAAAUGCUUGGUCAAAAAGCCAAGGAAUAAAAGUGUAUGACCGGCAUUUUAGGUCUACAAUGAUACCAGUUUUGAUAGCUUGUGUCAUCAACAAGUGAUUCUAGUGCUGACUAAUACAUGACUGAAUAACUUGAUCAUAUUUUUUUUCAGUAGAGUUUCAAAAACACAAAACAAACAUAGAAUAGGCUUGUGUUCUGAUAUCAUAAAGUCUCCCUUUCAGAAUAAGUGAUUUCAGGCCUGAUGUCCCAGAGUUCUCUGUUCUGCUCCUUCUGUUUCAUGUAUUGGCAGCAGGAUGGAUGGCUGCUCUCUAGGAGUAGUAUCAGCUGAUUUAGAGGCAUCACUGUUUCAAUACGGCGACACCAAAAAGUCCAACGACUAUUUGCAAACGUUGAAUUCUUUUCGUGAAGUUAAAUUAAUAAGUCAGGCUUAAUAUUCCCGUAACCUACAUCUGCAUCUAAUACUGCGUCUUAACUCAUUGGUUUGACUUCAUAGGCGUUAUCUUCCUCAUGAGCACCUUCCUUGAAAAUUCUCCUUGUGUUUCCUCCGGUUUUGUGGAAGUGUUUUCAAACUCAGGAUGUAAGAGUGAUCAGUGCUUCCCCAGUAGUCUUGCUAAACCCUCUGGGAAUAAAUGUUGAACUAAUUAAACUUACCCAAAAUGUUUGAUCUCUGAAGGCUGUAAGAGAACUAAACCUUUAUUACAUUUUCUGCAAAAACUCAGUCAAGCGAGGUCUAUUAUGGUUUUCAGUAGGGGAGUAUUGGAGUGUUUUCAUUCAGUCCAACUGGUAGAUAAAGGAUUUAAGUACUUUAAUGUGGACCAUAACCAGUCUGACGUCUUUCUUGGCCGGCGUAUUGUCUGCCAAACUGUGCUGGGGGUUCAGUUUGCAUCGAUCCGCAGAGCAAACAGCUUUAAUGAGGACACAAAUACCUUCAUGUUGCAUUGAUCUUCAAAACCGGCGCACUGGAGAGGGGAAAUCAAUGAUGGCCGAACGCCCUCCCCUCGCUUGCCGGCCCACAGGAGACUCAAGUAAAAAGAACUAGAGGGCUUCUGCCUGUCGGACCCUGCAGCAGGGGAAAAGGCCUCAUUACCAUUCUGUAUGCCGCACCUCUAAUUACCUCAGUGUUUUCCCUCUCACCUGACUCAGAGCUCCUCCAGGGAAGGUCGUAAACCUGUUUCAACCAGGCAGACUGCUCUUAUAAUCUCCUGUUUAAAACAAGCAAGUAUGAUCGGACAGUUUAAUGAGACUGGAGCUCUUAGUUUGAGGAGAUUUUGUUCAGAUGAGUGGUGAGGAAGUGUGUUGUUUACAACCCUGAUUCCAAGGAAACUGGGACACUUUGUAAAAUGUUGAUAAAAACAGAUUUUGAUGGUUUGCAAAUCAUUCGAACUUUAUAUAUGCGAGGUGUUUGAAAAGGAAAGUUAAUUGUCUUGUGAAAAAUACUUUUAAAAAAGUAAGGACAGUGACAACAAAAGUUCUCUGAAGUAAAUAUAGGAAAUAUAGGUUCACAACUCAGAAAGACUGCUUAAGCAAAUACCUUCAUCAUCUAUAGUGCGUACAGUUAAAACUCUGAGAGUCUCUCUAAAUACCUGAUGGCUGUUAUCUUCAGGUCCUCAGGCAGCCCUGCAUUAAAGACAGACAUUUCUCUGUAGUGUAAAUCACUGCAGUGGUUCAAAAUCACAUUCAGAAACCAUUAUCUGUGAACAUAGCUGGUGAGCAUUUCGAGGAAGGUGCAAUUCAUACUGAAAAAUAUAUAUACCUAUGUGUUUUGGAGCAACAUAGUAGACCAUGUAUCUAUCAUUAAGACAAUAACAGAUCACACUCUGCUUGUAUUACAACAGUAAGACUCGGUGGUAGAAGAGUCUCACUUUGCCACCCAGGAACAUCACUUAGGGGUGUCCCGAUACAACUUUUUUACUUCCGAUACGAUACCGAUAUUGUAGCCUGUAGAAUUGGCCGAUACCAUCAAUAUUGGCACAAACUUGUUCAUGACAAUCUGCAACGUCUUUUUCAGACUUUAACGAAAAAUACUGCCACACGGCCGACAUCACUCCGACUCCUCGCUACUUUGUUAGUACCUUAGUACACACUGUUCUUGUGAUAUCGUGGGAUCUGCAUGCUGGAUCCAGAUGCUGCUAGAUAGAGAUGCUGGAGCGGAGUCUUUAAUGGACUGCUUGAGAUUUUAGAUGCAGGCCGAUAUAAUCUGAUAUUUGUUUUUUGGCUGAUAUCGGACCGAUAGCCGAUAUCGUAUCGGGAGAUCCCCGACAUCAUUUUACUCUCAAAACUCUUGAAACUGGUCCUCCAACAAUAAUAAUUAAAAAAAAGUCUAUCUAUCUAUCUAUCUAUCUAUCUAUCUAUCUAUCUAUCUAUCUAUCUACCUACUCUGCUCCUCAAGGUUUACAAAGUGUUGAGGUGAAGCAACAAAAUGGUAUCUUGCUGGCAUCAAACUCAAAUAAGCGUAUACUGUAAAUUUCACAGAACAAUCACAUAGUUGCGUCAUUCUGUCUUUGCACUAACUUUAGGCUUCAAAUGAUUUAGAAACCGUCAACUCUGUUGUUCCCAACAUUUUAGGCAGCAUCCCAACUCUUUCAGAACCGAGGUUGUAGUUUGAGGAGAUCCUGUUAAAUGGUGUGACAAAGAAGUGUUGUGUUUGUGUAUUUUAGUAAACCCUGGCAUGCUCUUAUCUAUCAAACACUUCCACUAUUUGUCACUGUUUAGUAUCUCCGGCUGUGAAUCGUCAGUUUGAUGAAAAUGGGAAGAGGCGUUGGAAAAUAAGGAUGUCUGUCGUAGCGUGGCUCUGAAAGGAUUGCAAAAAGCAAAGUGUAAAACGGAUCUAGAUGUUAACUCAAAGAAAUGAAAUCUCCGAAAUGGAAAAAUGUCUCUCCUUUUUGGGUUCUUAGCAGUCUGUCGGCCUAUCCUCCGCACUCAGCUUUCAGCCCUUAUCUCCUAUCUCGAGUGCCUUCAGUAUUGGAAUUCCUGAGGAAAUGUCAUUGCAGCAAGCCGAUUGCUCUCCUCCUGGUGGACCGCUGGGGGUUUCUGCGAGGCAAUCUCGCUCCCUUUAAUCCCACGACCCCGGGUCUGCAUAAACGCAUCACCCGCUGUCCUUUACAGUCCGUGAAGGAGAUUCCGCUCGUCAGCACAAUCUAUGGUACAUUCUUAAUGCUUUAUGAUUUGUGCCUUUGCAGAAACCGCCGGUCCUUUUCGCCUUCCGCUGCACAUAUCUCAACGACCUCUGUUGGAGCGUUGGCUGUCGCUAAAGUGGCGAAAGUUUAUUCCCAAGUCUCUGGGCUUGACAUUUAAACGCUGAGUUUAGCGCACUUCCAUCAGGGAGAAUCUUUUGUGCUCAGUGGAGUUAAAAGCAUUUUGUGCCAUUUCUCUUUGUCACAAAUUGCUAUUUUUUGAGGUAAAAAAAAAAAAAAAAACUCCUGUAUAUUCUCCUCUUAGUGCAUUUUCUUCGAUAAGUCAACACCUUAAAGGACAGACUGAUGCAUUAGUGCCAUUUUUUGUUGCUCUUUGGUCCUCAUCCCACGUGUUAAUGCCUUUUAGUUUUCAGCCGUAACCAAGAGAUGGAAAAAAAAAGAGAAGCAGAGGAUACUGCGGGGGCAAUUAUGCAUAAUGCAGGAAGAUACAAGGACUGGUCUGUGUGUGUGUUUGUGUGUGUGUUUUGUGGAUGUGAGGUUCAUAUUAAAGAUUACAGAUAUGUUUUAUACAUCUCUUCUUUAAUGGUAAAAGCUGGACACCACACUCAUGCAAGUAUGUUCAUCUUCACAGCAGAAAUAAACAUGUUUGCAGUCAUGGAUGGAUUUUUUCCAGUGUUGUAGGUUACGAAAUAAUCUCUUGGAGUACUCGGUGAACUACGAUGGAGUUUUAGCUUUAAAAUAAUGAUUUUAUUACGACUUUAUUCUCAUAAUUAAUUACUUUAUUACCACUUUAUUCUCAAAAGUAAUUAUUUUGAUAAUAAUAAUAGUGAUACAUUUUAUUUGUGGGCGCCUUUCAGGGCACACCCUACAGGACAAUUAAAAGACACAUCAGUAGAUUUUUUUUUAAUUUUUUUUAUUUAAUUUUAUUACGAUUUUAUCCUCAUAAGUCAUUCUGAGGUCUAAAAUUUUUUCUUUUCUUAACAUGGCCCUAAUGCUCCAUCGUGGUUAACUUUUUUUGCUGUAUUAUGAUAUAAAAAUUUACAUCCAAAAAAAAUCUGUGAAAACCUUUUUUUGUGAUGACAACAUGCUAACCUGCUCAGGGUUAGUCCUCCUAUCGUUCUCAGUUUCACCCUAUAGCCUCUUUCACACAUGCACAAAACUCCUGAAAAUUUCCAGACCUUAUCCAAGUAGGGGUCAUGUGUAAACACAAUAAUCUAAGGUUUAUCCUGACUUCACACAAGCUUUUUUUCCCUGUAAAUUUCCUGCAGGAAUCAUGGUCAAAAUUAUGUGAACACAGCUAGUAAAAGUCUGAUAAGUUCACAGGGGAGCCGCCCAGUGGGUGGGGUGAAAACAUCAUUCUCUUUGCUUUAUUUAAUGUAUUAUAGAAACGUCCUUCGGUGUAAAUUUGCAGUGUAAAGACAGAAACAGUCUCUAUUACUGAGUAAUCCUCUACCUGCGUGCUCCACCAAGCCACCAAAAUCAAUCCAGAGAAAAAAUCCUGCCGUUAGGUACAUGUGUGAAAGGGACUUCCUGAAAAUAUCUGAGCCUAAAAUUGAUAAGAAAAUGUCAGGAGUUCAUAUCUAAAUGGAACCAAAAUUAUACUUUUCUUUUCUCACCACUGCUGAUGUAUCAAAUUGGAAAACUUUGCAUAAAUUCAAAGUCUUAAAGGUUUUCUAACUCCAGUCUGAGUCUCUCCAAUAUUUACAGUAAAUGCUGUAGCGUUGCCAAGUUUUAAGCUCGGGUUUGUUUUCUUCAGGCUGGGUGUUAAGAUAGCCCAAGGUCUAUUUAAAUGCUAAUGCCUCACUGUAUAAUGAGACGGUAAAGAGGAGAGAAAUUGGACUUCCAAGUUGAAACUAUCUCUUUCUAUCUGAAACAAAUGCAAAUGAUGAAGCAAACGCCGACCAAGGAGCUCUGGACCUUAUUUACACCUGUUUGAAAAAUGCACUCCAGUUUUUAAGUAGGACUAAUGCUACAGUCAGUGCCUCCGACUCUACCAAGUCUUUUACUUUUAAUGAAUGCAAAUUAACUGCCCGUUUAGAGAUAAGGUAUUUAAACCAACUUGUUUUAACGACAGCUGGAGGAAUCACUGGGUAAAAGUAAAUGGUUGUAACUGACACAGCACAUAUUUAUUCAGCUACAGCCGCUCCCUUUCCCCUCAGUCGUUCAAGUAGAAAAAUCUCAACAGCCUACUCUUCAAACUAAAGAGCCUCCUCUCCUUAAGGUCCUCAGUGUGUGAAGAAAUCCAUAAGCUCAGCAGACAUGGUAAAAAGCUCUCACUUGCAAAUAGCAAAUGAGAUUGAAAAUGUCACGCUAUAAAUAGAUUAAAGCUGGUUGUGCUUCAGUGAUGUUCCCCCCGAUUAUAGCGCUUUUUUUUCUUGUAGGCGCUUUAAGUGAAAUACACGACGUAUAUAAGACUACCGCACUCACUGGACUGAGAUGUCACACUUCAAAUCACGUGCGUAAUGUAAACAGAACCGUCAGACCUUGGUGUGGAUUAACAUUCUCCGACUUACUCAACAUUCACGUCUCAGGGCUUUUAAUGUGUAACUUAAUCUUGAAGAUAGAUGGGAGCAGAUGGGCAGUGAGAGCGAGAACAUUACAGGGGUAACCAAGAGGGCACCUCCCUUCACAAGUGUUUUUUUGUUAAGUUAGAUAAUGACACCUAAGGGAGGGUUGACUCUGGCAUUAGGGGACCACCUCCCCUCCGUUUCACCUCUCACCUUUGCUAUGUCCAAAUGCCAAAAUGGAGAAGAAAAGAAAAGUCCGUUUAGGGUUAGGUUAGGAAGAUACUGCUGUAACAGAUGUUUGCAUGAGGACUGACUCCGAAUUUCCACCGCAUCCAGAACAUCGGGGAUUUUCGCCAUCUGCCAAUACCUACCGGAUCCGUUUUUGAGGCAAAGUUUGUGGCGGACAACGGACAGCGAGAAUCACAAGGACUCACAAAGAACCUGCAGAUUCACAUGCAAUCGCGCGAUUACGAGUUGUCUCUAUAAAGACAGCCACAUAACAAUAAAAGAAGUAGAUUGUUUGUGUUUUGUGUCUGUGCCUGACUUCCUUUCCAGCACGGGUUAAUCUGUGCCGAAUAUAUCUGUCAUGCUGUUCAAUAGAACUCUUGUGAUCAGCUGCAGAGUCCGGGGAUCUGCAGCGGAAUGGAAAGAAUCCGGUGGAAAUUGACACAUUAACUUGAAUGGUUACGAUCAGCUACGUUCGGCAGAUACGGUCUUUUCGUAGCCGUUCCGGAUGUGGUGGACAUUUGGGUUUAGGGAGGGGAAAAGAGUGAAAAGGAAGAGAAAAGUCUGUAGUAAGAUUAGGGGUGUUGCGAUCCGAACUUUCACAUGACAAGUUUUGCACUCAGCUUCAACGUCUUUUUCGGGCUUAAACGAAAAACACUGCCACAUGGCCGACAUCACUCCUACUCCUAGGUACUAUGUUAGUACCUUAGUACACACUGUUGUUGUGAUCACGGCUCUGCAUGCUGGAUCCAGGCGCUGCUAGAUAGAGGUGCUGGAGCGGAGUAUGGAGUGGACUGCUUGUGUCGGAGUGUUGAUAGCGGAGAUUUUAGAUGCAGGCCGAUAUAAUCUGAUAUUUGUUUUCUUGCUGAUAUCAGACCGAUAUCAAUACCAUAUUGGGACACCCUCAACUAAGAUGGGUGUAGCUUUUACCUCAUGCAGACGCCACAAACCGAUGUUAGUCUGUACACUCUGCCUCCCUCUGCUCGCCCACUCUAAUGGGAAAGGAGAGGAGAGAAGAAUUACCUGCCAUCUUUUCCUCCCUAACUAGCCUCUAAAACACAAAGGAAGCAUGUGCAUAGUGUUCUGUCAGCGCUGUGCAGUCCAGAGCUGAUCCAUGCCCAUGCCGUGUCCCAGAGGGGGUCUCCCCCACUCGGCUCCACUGAAGAUACCUGCCAAGUUUAUUUACAACACAGCCCACACUCAUCAAGACAAACACAGAGGAUCAACCAGAGUGUGUCAUUUCAGUCUAGCUGGAGCGAUCCACAUUGAUCAUUUCGAGAAUCCCACCGUUUGGUUCGGAUUGACCUUUAGGAAUAAGCUUAAUUUACCUUAUUGGGUUGAGCAGUUGCACAAAAGCAAGACCUGGUCUGGCCUCUAACGAUGACCAGCGUGGUCGAAAGAAAAAUCAAGCUUUGCUAUUUCAAGAUAACAAUAUUAAUUUAAAAAAAAACAUAUCUUCUUAAAUAUAAGGCAAACCUCAAUAUAUGAUGAUCAUUGAUUUACUUUAUGGAUGUUGCAGGAGAGCAGGGAAAGCUGCCGGUCUCACAGAACGAGUAGAUUUUAAAGUAGGUGUUUGAAAGUGAUAAAGUAAACACCACAACAACAUGUGGUGUUUGACCCCAUUAGUUGUGAAACUCUGGAAAAAAGGGAAUCCAACUUUUUCAGAUGAAUUAUCAGGAAAAAAAAUCUGUCUCAUAUCUGACCAUUCAGGACAGUUAUUGACUCUUUCAAGCUGGUUUUUAAAGCCUUUGUCCACCUUCAUGACAGACCUUUCAGUCCAGGUGAUGCUGGUUUCUGGACAGCUCCUAAGAAUAACACAAGACACAAGCCAAAGAGGCACUCAAGCCCCACAGGAAGCCACACAUGAUGACCGAUGAUAACACGACUUUGGUUAUUUAGCCCCAAGCAGCCUCGGUUUCGAUGCUGUGACUCUGGAAUUGUAACCGCUCUCCGUAAAAACCCAAUUCUUGUUCAUCCGCUGCUGUGCAAACAAGAUAAGCCCUUAUUCUGUUUCGCCUGCAGUCUCCUCCGCAUCCAAAGGUUCAGCUGUGUUUGCGAGCGUUCGGCGGACAGCUUGUGUCUGAGGAAGACAUAUGCAUGAGGGGAGAUAGAGGGAAAUGAAGGAGAAGAGCAGAUGCAGGGGAGGAAAACGGGGGGAAUUUGGCUUGAAGAUAAGUCAAAGGGAGGAGGAAAAGGUGAAUUUAGCUGUGAGAAAGGGGGAGAAAUCAGGUGGAGCUCAGUUUCAGAUUGGACAACCUCUACUUCAAUUACAGCUGGCCCUAGUUCUGUCUUCAGCACCCUCUGUCCAUCUCUCCGCUGUAAUUCAAGUGCCCAACAUGCACUAAACCCAUAAAGGAUGAAACAAAUGAAGGAGUUCCUCGGCAAAUGGGGUGUGACUUUGAAUAUGGCCGCCUGGCUCCCUCUCAUCAGUUCUCAUGAGCCCGAGAGAAAGCAGCGUAAUGAGCAAGCCCCCCACUCUCAAUCUAAAGUGACACGGACAGAUUCCUGUUGUAGGAGAGGCUUCGAUUUCCUCUACGCUCAUGCCUCACGGAGGAUCUCAUCUAUAAUCGGUCUCAUCGGCCUUUCUGGACUGCCAGUAAGGAAGAAGAGGCUCCAGUGGUACAGAUCGGUCGUUUACAAGAAAAGCACAUUUAUAGAUACCCUGCUCUCUGGUUGCCAUUAGAAACUUGACUGAUGUAAACGGUCGAUAAGCAGAAAUACAAUAAUGAUUGCUCUUGCCUGGUCGGUGUUGCUAUAUUUACGACUAUUUACAUGCAAUUCUGCCGUCAGUCAUACCUCGCUUUCCCAUGCCGAUGAUAGAAUAAAUCCCUAUGUUCUGGACAGCAAAGUGUUGUCCUGGCAACCCCCUGAAAGAGCCAUGAUAUAUCUUAACACCUCUCAAAUUCCUCCCGGCACAUCUGCCAGGAAGGGGUUGUAGCAGGAGGACACGACAGAGUACGGGAAGUGAGUGUGUGAAUGUCAUCGGGCAGAUAUGACGGCAUUUUUGAGUUUGUCAGUUAUAUGUAAUGCAAAGCAGGAACCCUUUAUCAUGCAUUGUCACAUAAUGCUAAUUCUUAAAGGGGUUAGACACCCCUUUGAGAGAUGAAUGUUGCCGACCACUUGCUUCUCUAGUUAUACCAACUUUAGUAACGACCGCACGAUAGCAAUACACAAUGGUUUGUGGGGGGAGCCCUGACGAGUCGAUCACCGAGUGCAGAGGAGUUUCGCAGCUCAAGGAAGAACAUUUAUGAUCAUUUCUCCAUGGAAAUGCAAUCAGACCGAGGCGCUAAGGCAGAGGAACUACCCUGUCUGCAGUGCAAAGUGAUUAUUAUGAUGAUUAUUACUUAAUGGAAAUUAUCCACUGCACCCGGUGAUCGACUCGUCAGGGCUGUUGAUGAAGUUCGGUGCUGUUCUGAGCAUUAUUUGUUCUGGUUGUGGUUUGUUUAUGGUUCCUCAGAUCGCCAUGUAUUGCUGUCCUGGGGUCGUUACUAAAGUUGGUAUAACUAGAGAAGCAAGCGGUCUGCAACAUUCAUCUCUCGAGGGGGUGUCUAACUCGACGUUACGUGUGUUUGACCCUAGCUUAAUUGUACACCAGAAUAUCCCUUUAAAGUGCAUGGUAGUGCUGCAUGUCUUACUAAAGAGCUUGGCAGCAUCUGUUUCCUUUCUGUUUGACACUUUGUUUAACUCAAAUGAUCUGAUUAAGUGUAGGCAAAUUCAGGAUCGCAUUGGUAGAGGUUUGGAAAACGCUGCUGUUAAAGCAGGAAAAGAAGUUGUGUCUUUUGGUCCGUCCGUUGGUGGUGCAGUGGUAGAUACUUGGUAAGACAGCUGAAAGGUGGAAAACAUGAGGGGAUGAGGAUGGGCGUCAUCUGCCUUUGACUUCCUUAUUUGCAAAGUUAUCGCUCCUCUGUUGCUUGAAUGAGGUGCACUGUCAUGGCAACAGCAGAUUAGGAUUGUGCGGUGUUUCCCACACAUGAAUUACGCCUGAGUGGUUGACACAGUAUAUUUGCCAAACAUUUAUGAAUAAACUUGUAGAGGAUCUUUCCUUUACUCCCUGUGCACAGUUUGCUAGAGUCGUAUCCACACCUGCUGCUCACAGCCAACAUAAGGAUCUCUGCAGGGAGCGCUUAGAUAUACAACAUUUGACUAUCAAGGUGGAUGUAGUCGCCAUAUGUGCCCUGAAUAGUUCACUUCUUAUAAACACAGAACAAAGCAAAUUAUGUUGAUUCAAAGUAGAAAUCUUUUAACAAUAUCUUCUGCAAGCUGUAUUCAAGAAAAAGUCUGAUUGUGAAAAUAAAGACUUUUAUUUUGUAGGCGUAGAAAGGUUGUAAAGGUUAUAGGGUUAGGGUUUUAGAAACAGAUACAGUGUGAGUCAUAUGGAAUGCAGGGUUCCUACCCAAGUAUGGAAAAGUAUGGAAAUAAUAAAUAAUUAUAAAUGAUAAUGAAUAAUAAUAAUAAAUCCGUGCUGUACCUAACGAUUAUUUUUUUAUCAAUUAAUCUAACGAUUAUUUUUCAAUUAGUCGACUAAUCUAUCGGCUAAUUUCUCAAUUGUUUUAACAAUAACUUUUUUUAUUAACCGAUUAAUGUAACAAUGAAUUUAACCAAAAUAAUUUAAAAAACUUGCCCUUUGAGUAUUCAAUUAAUUUAUUCAAGAUUCUCUUGAAAUCAAACAAAACAAAAAACUGCGCAUUUUUAACAAUGCUUUUACAUGUUCACAAAGCACUCACCAUUGUUUUUUAGCUUACCUAAAGACUACUGUAAGUAACACUCAGCCAAAAGCCCUGACUUAUGUUGGGCACUGUGAACCGCAGUAUACCAUUUUCCGGUAACCAGCCUGAUAGGUUAUUGUUGCUUCGCUGCCUCCCUUAACAGGUGCAUACUCACCUUACUCAUGCUUACAAUGAUUCUCAAGUAACAAUAAAUAACAUUCAUACCAUCUUUUAUUAAAUAGUGAGAAAGUCAGUGCCACUCAACCAACCAAAAAGGCCGUGGUCGGCAUAAUGCUGGCAACAGUGUUUGUUUACAUUGCUGAGUAAGACACCGCAUUAGAUAACAGGGUUUCCUCUUUAAGCAAUCGAUCGUGGCGCACCGCUACAGUAAAAUAAAAAGCCACCACACCUUGAAAAUGAGUUUUUUCGCGUGUGCCGAGUAUUAGCAUGAGUGAGCUAUCAAGCUAUUUUUGGGUCAACGUGUUUUUGUAGUCAAUAACGUCAAAUAUGUUGACGAAUCGCCCCAGCCCUAAAAUAAAUUUGAUCAAUUUCCAGGUCUUAAAAAGUAUAGAAAAUGUCUAUUACCAUCGUUCUAAAAUACUGUUUUCUAUCAUAGAAAAGUAUCCAAAGAUAAUUCUAAAAAUAAGGGUAUGGAAAAGUAUGGAAAUUCCGACUGUGUAGGAACCCUGUUAAUGAAGUAAUCCACACUGCUUAUAAGACAGAAAUAGUCAUAAGUCACUCUGAAAAACAGCCUAACAUAAGAAAUCUGCUGUAACUAACCAAAAGAAAUCUAACACUCGCAGUGACAUGAAUUAGAAAAAAGUACACCCUGACAAAGACGAGUAUUAAAAUUCAUGAAACCUUGCACUUGCUUUUAGGUCAGCCUGAUCAAUAACUCAUUCCUUCAGGCUCCUCUCUCCUUUUCCAUUGUUCCCUCGUCGCCUCCUUCUUCACCCUUAAACAUUUUAGCGUCAUUUUCUCCUCAGUCAUCCACGUCAAGCUAAAUUAGGUUCAAGGCUGCUCUAAAAAGGUCAUUAUCGAGAUGUUUAUGCCCUCGGAAUGAAACCUUAAAACCUCUUUGCUGCAAUUUUAAUGCAGACAUUUUUAUUUCUGAACUGAAGUGGAGAAUUUUAACAGAAUUAUGUCCCUUCAAGUGAGGAAAUACGAUUUUAGCUGCAGCAUUUAUCCACUUAAAUAAAGCAGCUGUGGGUAUCAUAUCAGCAGCAGCCAUGUUUACAAUAUUUAAUGAUUGCCCGGAUCAACCAAAUAUAGCAGUUUAACCUCUGCUUGUACUUAGGGAAUCUAUUUCACAGCCAUGCUCUGCUGGCACGCCACUACAGACUAAAUAUAGGUCAGUCUCAUGUUGGAUGUAUGGAUUAAGCCCACACACACGCAACCAUUAUGUGAUGGUAUUACUGCAAACAGACAGUAAACAGUCUAACAGCCUCCCUCCCCCAACCUGCUGUGGCUCCAGCACCGCGCUCUGUGGCUCCCCCCUCCCCCGUGUCGCCUCUCUCUCCUGCCUUAUCGAUAGGAUAACACCCAUUCUCACCCGGCUCCUUCCCCGGCAGCGAGCAAAGAUGAGCUGCAUGUGAGCAAUACAGAUUAUUUCCUCAGAUUAUACAGCCUUUUUAUAACGCGUGAAAUCCUCGAGAGUCUCACGCGAGCGCACUGUAAGAGGUUUAAUAUAAACAUGUUCAUUCAGUCUCUCCUCCCCCCUCUUGAGUGGAGCUCUCAUAUUAUCAGAACGUGAUUCCUAACCGUGAUCCCUGCUUUACUCUCAUUCACAGAUUGGAUAUGAGCACAUCUGUGAAUGAGGAGUCAUUCAUUUUUCUCUGCUCACUCUCAGGCUCCUCCAUUCAUCAGAUCAGACGGUAGCCUCAUCGUUUUCAUUCACAUUUGAUUUAAUCUGAAUAGAUAAACAUGUCAGUUUACAACCCUCACUCUAAAAAUAAGGACGCUGUGAUUUUGCAAAUCAUUUAAGCCUUUAUGUAAUAAAAAAUAAAAUAACACAAAGACGACAAUCUGAUUUUCUUUAUUGUUUUAUGAAAAAUAAAUAUAAAUUUUAGAUGUUGUGUUUUCAAAAAUGUUAAGACCUGGUUCAGCAUCCUUUUUGCACCACUCUGUAAACAUAUAGAAGCCAAGAGGAGCAUUUUUUGGAGGUUUAAGUGAAAGAGUUUGCUUGUGUCUUACCUAAAUAUACAAGUUCUUCUCUGGAAAAAGCAGUUUCUGGGUGACUUUGUUUCUCCCAAACAUGAAUAUAUUGUUUAGCAUUACUGUGGCCUCAGCUACGCAGAUUUUAGAAGUGAUUUUCAGCCCAUAUAGUGACUUCCUCUACAGAGUCAGACAUUGAAAAAUAGGCCCCGACCGAUUUAUCGGUGAGCUGAUUAAAUCGGCCAAUUUUAGCCCCUUUGAGACUAAUCAGUAAUCGGCCAAAACUUGCUGAUAUUGUCAGAAACAAAAUGCGGAGAAUAAGAUUCGGUUUCGCUUCAAAAAUGUUCCGCCAGAUGAAAGAUCCCCUGACUUAUCCUGUAGAUGGCGCAGCGACCUCAUGACAAUCUUCAUCCACUAACUACCUCACAGCAGAGUCAGAGUGACGGAUCUGAAGCAGGCAGCUCAGGGACGCACGGAGGAGAGUGGUCCGCCUCAACGGGAAAUAAACCAGUUUGUGAAAUACACAAUAAAGGUCCUUACACACCAGCGGAUAUGUGUAAUUUAAUAUGCAAAAAUAUUCGCCGGUCCGAAAAAUCGCUUUCGCUUAUACACACCGGGCGACCACUCUGUGGUACACACUCUCUCCCAUCGUUGCUCUUGGUGCCAGUGGUGGUGUGUGUCAUGUGAAUUGCAACCGCAUGGGUCUGUGACGUCAUCAACAACAUGACUUUUGAUUGGCCAGAUGUCUAGCAGGUCCAGAUAUUCGCCUGCGAAUCUCCGAAAAAUUUGACACAAGAGUGAAAAAAUAAAAGAUGCUUUUCGCCCCAUGGGAAAAUCGCCGCUGGUGUGGAAGCUUGCAUUGACUUUAUGCUGUUUUAAAAAAAGGCGAAUAAUUCACCUGGCGAAUUCGCGACUGGUGUGUGAGGACCUUUAGUCAACAAGUUUCAGUUCAACCCACUUCACCAUGUUCCCUGCUGUGCUGGUCUCGGUCACGCCGAGUUAACGGUGAAGCACCAUGGGAUAUGCAAGCUAGAGUUAGAGUUAGCCACCUGCUAUUAGCCUUGCUACACUGUUAGCCGUGUCAGUAACGGUAGAAUAAACAACAGUACACAUUAGUGAUCGAGCUACUUCUCUUACUGAGGCAGCUGCAUGUCUCCAGAUGAGACUGGACCUGAAAUGAGUAACGUGAUUUUUGUGGUCCGACUUCGAUUCAUGAUAAAUAUGUGGAAUAUUACUGAGGUUAAUGUUACUGAGAAGUGUUUGAAACGCUCAAAAGCAGCCAUUUGUGAAAAAAUGAGUAAAUAUGUAGAUAUUUUACUUAAAUCAAGAAAAUUUAAAACUUCAUAAAAAUUUUUAAAAAUCGUCAGAUUAAUUGGUAAUUGGAUUUUUUUCCUCCCUAAUAAUCAGUAUCAGCAUCGGCCCCACAAAAUCCAUAUCAGUCAGGCCCUAUUGAAAAAUACAUACAGUACAUAUAAAUCAUCUUUACACUAAUCUCAUUGUAAUACACAACUUGAUUGAUUUGCAUACCAACAAAAAACGCUUAAUUUGAACCUUUUUUCCUCCAUCUGAAUCAAUUGAAAUCUUUCAUUCAUUCAUGAAUUAAUCCAUUUUUCCUCGUUGACUGUGAAUGAAAGGCAGAUAUCAGCUCAGCAGCGCUCACAGACUCACUUUCACUGAGACUGAAUCAGCAAGCCUUCAGUGUCUGAAGGGACAUCCUUCAACCGCUGCUCUUUUUUUUUUUUUAUCAAAGCGAGGUCACAAAACCUGACACCCGCAGAUUAUCAAGGCGAUGGGUCGCGCUGCUCUCACUCACUCUCAGCCUCCUGAUUUGUCUUUUUCCACUUGAGUUUUUCUUUUUGUACUGGGACCUAAAAACCCACAUGGUUUUCUGUUUCCUUUUUUGCUCCAGGCAGGCAUAAAGAUUUAUUUAUAUACUGUAUGUAACCGACUUCUGACAAUUUGACAAAAGUAAUUUAGUGCUGCCGUGUUGUGACGAGACAGAAGUGACAGGAACCGCUUUAACACAAAAGCUUUUACAGUCUGCUCCAAUUGAAUUUGUUUCGGCAUCUGCGAGAGCACUUACGCUGCAUCCCAGUGAGGGUGUAAUUGCUUUUGCUUGUCUAUGUCAGGCCCUCUUGUCAUCCUUUGUUGAGUCUGAGAAAAUGAUAUGGGCUUCGCGUUGUUUGGUGGUCGGGGGAGAAAUCGAUUCACAUCAGAAUCUUAAAUCUUAGUUCCUGCGGUUUUAAACGGAUUUGAGUCAGGAAAAAUUGAUUUUUGAUACCUUGUUGGUCCUUGUUGAAUCUUUAAUAGAGGACACGACAUAAAGGGUGCUCUGCUAUUUACUGAAGGAAUUGUAAUUCAAGCAGUUAGUAGAUGUAGGCCUGCUGCUGUCAUUUUUGUGUUGUAUUUAUCAUUAUAUUGAUAAGGAACAUAGUAAAUCAGUACUAACAAACAGUUUGUAGUAGUGUUUUACAUCGUAUUGUAUUGUAUUGUAUCAAACCCAGUUGUUCUAUCACAUCAUUAUUUUAUUGCAUCAUAUCUGAUUGGAUAUCCAGGGAGUGACCCUUUUUUAAAGAGAUAUUCCGGCGGGGUUUCGCAGCUCAAGGAAGAACAUUUAUGAUCAUUACCUCAUGGAAAUGCAAUCAGUCCAAGACACUAAGGCAGAAGAACUGCAGCAUUGGCGGUGCAAAAUGAUAAACAUGAUGAUUAUUACUUCAUGGUUUCUUUAGCAAAGAGACCAAACACAACUCACCUACUCUCCUCCAGCAGCCGCUUUUUUUGUGGGGGAGCCCUGUGGAGUGGAUAAUUUCCAUGAAGUACUUUUUAUCAUAAUAAUCAUUUUGCACUGCAGACGCGGUAGUUCUUCUGCCUUAGCGUCUCGGUUUGAUUGAAAUUUCCCUGAGGAAAUGAUUAUAAAUGUUCUUCCUUGAGCUGCGAAACUCCUCUGCACUCGGUGAUCGGCUCCUCAUGGCUCCCCCACAAACAAGCGGCUGCUGGAGGAGAGUAGGUGAGUUGUGUUUAGCCUCUUUGCUAAAGAAAUUAGGCAAAGUUAAAAAGAUGUUUGGAGAAGCAAUCAGUCGUCAACAUUCAUCUCUCGACGGGGUGUCUAACUCGGUGUUACAGUGUGUUUUGACCAUAAGUUAAAUUUACGCCGGAAUAUCCCUUUAAUAACAUGAAACAUAAAAGUUGAGGAGCUAAAUCUGGCACAAAAAAUCAACCAAGUGCACAUGUAUUUUAAAGUGUAAUAAUUUAACAGUUUUGAAAUAUAGUGGAAACACCCGUUUACUGAGCAUUUACUUGACAACACGACAUCCUUUCACAUCUCAAAACAAAGCACGCUUGUUGGUCAGUAAUUAGCUGAAGCACGAGCACUUCAAAUGUGUGUGGACAUCAAUUUAAUUGGGUUUUAAUUUGAUUUUUUUAUGCUUCUUUUCUUCUGUUCUUGUUUCUGUUUUAGAGCCAGAUUUGUGCUCAGGAUACAAAAAGUCUGAGUCAUGUUCAGCACAUAUACAAAUAAAUGUGUUUUUGACGAUAACGGCUCUCUGAAAGUCCAGUUUUAUUACCCAACACGUCUGAUCAGUUUGCUUUAUGCUUGCCGGACCAUCUGUCAAGCCUUUCUUUUUUUUCCCACAUUUGUUAUGAUAAACAGAGUAUUUAUGGCAGCGUCACAGCUCGCUGUUUGACAGGAAGUCUGCAGAGCCUUCCAUCACCCGCCACGAUUUCCCAGAUAACCUUUCGCUGUGACACUGCACAGCGCCCAAAGACUCAGACAGAUUAUUCCUGUUAAUGUCGCACACUAAAUUCUCUGGAUUACUUAGUUCUUGCUCUUGGACCGUUCCACUAUCUCCUCAAUCAGCUUCACAAGCCAGAUGUGGCAAUUAAACAAAAAGUACAAUUAUGUCGGCGUCAACAGUCAUAAUUAGAUUUAAGCGGAAUUAGUCACUUUUGAUUUGCAGAAAAACUUCAGAAGGUUGGAUCUGAAGCUAUUAGUACAGCUGCAGGCGGGUUAAGCCUUGUUAUAACAAAUAUUACGCAUAAACAAGGUCCAAACGGAGCAGACCGAUUAUCAUUAAUGAAUCAAAAAAGGCUCAUAAGUCUAAAGUCUUUUUUUUUCCAUCGGCAUCUUUCUGCAGCGUAAGAAGGGUUAAGAUCCGGAUUCUUCUCAUCAUGUUCUCUCCACAUCGAUUUGUCCUUCUGGUGUUCCAGUGCAGGCAGUAUCAGCUGCCUCCACAUCCUCAAAAGGCUGCAGCGGAUCACUUUAUAACACCCACAUGUCCUAUAGCUUCAGUCGAGGCGGUUGCACAAAGGCAACAUAGGAGUAGAGAUGCAGUAGUAUGGAGUUUUGGCACAGAUUUUCUAUUAUUCACUCCUAUGUAUCAGUCAGUCUAGUUUGGAGUAAGACAGACGAUCAGUAUUAGAGAUAUUUUUCUUUUAGAAAUGGUCUUGGUUGAUUGAAGUGCAGUAGAGGUAACACAUGAAGUUACAAAAGAGUGCCGAGGGAAUCACGACUCCUGAAGCUUUGAAUGAGUUUAUAGAUCAAAUUGAUUUUCAGUCGUCAAACUAAAAAAAAAAAAAAUCACCGGGGCAGAGAUGAAGCAGGUGAGGUUUGUAUUUCAACAUUUUGACAGCAGAAACUUUCCUCGAUUGUAUUUCUGAUUGAUCAGCUGCGAAGACGAUUGGAAAUCAGAAAUCGAUGGAAAUCUUUAUGAGACAAAAUUAAUAAUAAUACAUUUUAUUUGUUGUGCCCUUCACAUCCAGAGACCUCAAAGGGCGACAUGUUGAAAGCAAAGAAAUAUCACAAUAAAGGAAUAUAUUGAUUAAAACAAGAGAAAAAUCUCAUUAAAGGAAGAGUAAAAGCAAAAUACUGCAUUUUGUUCCCGUACUUGUACUGUGUUCAAUGACAAUAAAGUUGAAUCUAAUCUAAUCUAAUCUAAUAAUCCAGCGCGCCUUAUCGCCUGAAAAAUACGGUAUUUGCAUUAUUUUCAUACUGAAUACAUUGAACAUUAAGCAUGUCAUGUUAAAAAUAGCUCCCCUGGUUUGACCCUCCAUAAUCUCGUCAGUCGUUAAGGAUCAGCAGGAAGGUAAUAAUAUUUCAUAAUGAACCUCAGUCAGGUUUCAGUACUCUAAGCGUCAACGUCUGCAGUGUGAAAACUCUGAGUGGAGCAAAUGAGGGCUUAGUGAGUAUUGUAAGGUUCGACUUUUCCAUUGAUUCUGCCAUCAGUGAAUGAACUUGUGUGUUGCAGCGGUUUGACACAUGACCUUUUAGGUUACCAACAGGCCCUUCAUGCCGCCACUGAUGAUAUUGUCUCCCCGGGGGAUAAAGCCUCCCUCCUGGAUUAGAGAGCUGGCAUCCGAGCUAAACAGCUCACGGUACGAGCGAAUGUUCCCGCAGGAGAAGGGGAAGGGAUCACAUUUCCCUGGAAUGGAAGGCAAAAAAAUAAGCUGAAAGAAGGUCAAUCCUGCUAGUUUACUUUACUAUUUUUUCCACCUUGGUAAUCCUUGUCUGGCUCUGUUUAUUUUUAUCCUCAAAAACAGCUGAAUUUACUGUAAACUGCAGUGAACUUUAAAGGUUUAACAGCAGCUUGUAAGAAGCGACGCCGUCUUCAUUCAGGGUCACGUACCAUCAGAAGACAAUGACGCCUCGCUCACCUUUUCGAUGUUAAGUCAAAGAGGACAUAAUAAUAGUACCGCGGGGACCGACUCAGGGUCAGGGAGGAGCGAGGAUAAGUUGAUUUGAUGACAAUUAGCCGUGUAAAAGCCGCAGACGCUCCCCGCUGAGCGUUUUGACAGAGACAGAGAGAGCGAGAGCUGCGGGGCAACAAUGAGGGGGGGAUGUCACUGCAACCCUUCAAGCAGCGUUGGCUCCCUGCAGCUGCAAGUCUCAGUCACAUCAGUGUCACUCAUUCGCAUACACACACACACACCUAACUUAUGCGCACAUGACACACACAUGGCUAUUAGUCCAGGCUGCAAUUUAAAGUAAUUUCGCUGGGAUCUUGUCGAGUUCCAUCUUUGCACAAUCACUGUCAGACACAACCAGUCCAACAGUGUGUGUGUGUGUGUGUAUGUGUGUGUGUAUGUGAGAUAGAGGCGCUUUAAGGAUGGCAUUUUAAUCGCACCUUCUGGUCCUCGUGUCUGCGCUACGUUAAAGCCGCCCCUGUCAGCGCACGUUGAGCUGUAUUGUCUUAAUUAUUGAUAGUGGAAAUAGAAUCUAAUGAAAUUUCCAGCAUGUUGAAACUGGAACUCCCCUCACCGCACACACACUCCUACACACACACACACACACACACACUCGUGAUUCCUAUUUGUUCAAUAAUUUAAGUUUCCUCAGCGUGUGCGAAAUGUAGUGUGUAAUAACAGUCAAAGAAAUGCGGCUUUGCUUUGAUGAAAUAAUGGAGUAGAAAAUCCUACCCACAGUGCUCUAAAUCAUCCGUCCUCCCCUCUUUGGGCAAAACUGUAAUUUGCACUUGCUUUAACACACAUUAUGAUAUUGGAUUCCUGCUUAAAUCAUCACUCAAGUGCUCUGCUGAGGUUUAAUUUAGAGGGAAUGGAGUUUUUCUGGGCUUGUCUGCCACACUUAACACUAUUUCACUGGGACAUAAUGUACUUUUUUCUCCUUAUAUAUUCUUUACGAACUUAUUACGUUGAUUUUUAUGUGCAAAGACCAAAUGCAUUAUUAAAGAGUGUUUUUUGCAGAGCUAUGCAGGAGUUGUGAGCUGUACGGUUGAUUUAGAUCUAAUGCGGUUUGAGUCGCACUGAGGUAAAAAGGCAGCAGAGUGCGUUUACUCAUUUGAAACUUUCCCUGAAGUUGAGAGAAAUCACAUAAUCGCCUUGUAAUUUGCAAAUUCAGCAAAAUAGUUUUUUAACAGCUGAUUCCUACGCCAAAAUCGAUGCUAAUGAUUACAGAGUGGAUGGUCAAUGACAGAUAUAUAACAUCAACUUAAAAACAACCAAAUCUAGUAUUUCUAGUAUAAACAAAAUUUACCUGAGGGUACAAAUAAAGUAACCUUUGACCUUUCUGUGUACAUGAAAAUCUCGUGAAAAUCUUAACCUGAGUUUUUAAUUAAAGGUGGGGUAGGCAGGAUCUGAGUUAGUGCCAGUUUUGGGGAGCAAUCUUGAAUGUAAACUCCUCCCAACCAGACCAGUUUUCCCCUCAGCUCCUCCUCUCCCCUCCCUCUCUGCUCCCGCAAGCCCCGCCCACAAACAGACGCUCCUGCUUGCUCAUAUUGUUACCUCCGCCAAGGAGGUUAUGUUUUCGGUAGCGUUGGUUUGUUUGUUUGACUGUUAGCAACUUUACGGAGAAAGUAACAGACGGAUUGACCUGAAAUUUUCACCAGAGGUGCGUCUCAGCCCCAGAAGGAUCCCAUUAAAUUUUGGUGCUGAUCCGGACAAAAUUCUGGAUACUGUGAUCCAGAACACACAAAAAUAAGGGUGUGGUUGGAAUUUUCAAUGCUGAAAGAUAACCAAUGGGCGGCACAGUGGUGUAGUGGUUAGCACUGUUGCCUCACACCAGAAGGUCCUGGGUUUGAAUCCGGGUCAGGGCAUUUCUUGUUUAAGGGGGGACUUGAGCUGCUUGGCGGAGGUCUGUGCUCUCCGAGUGCUUUUCUAGUUCAAGGAUGCGGAGCUUGCCUUGCAACAUGAAGGAGCAGCAUCCGCCUCACAACCAAUCAGGUUGGGGGAGGUGGAGAAUGGCUUUGUUUACAGUCAAAAAGAGCGGAGCGCUCUGAAAUGUCAAAAUGUUGACUACACAGACAUAACAAAACACAGCAAUAUCGUCAUAUUCCCAAAUGUCAUCAAUAACUAAUAGUUAUUGACUGAUAUUAAAAGCUUUUUGUACAUACACCACAAAAAAAGAUGCCUCUUUAACGGAAUACUGCCUACUCCACCUUUAAGUGACUGGCUCGUUUAUUUAUAUACGUACAUUUAUUAUACAUAUACGUUUAUUUUAUAGCAGACUACUUUAGUCACGCUAAUGUUUGUAUUGUUCUCAAUUUUUAUUCCAAUUAGUUUGGCAUUAAUACAGUGUUUAAGUAGCCUAUCAUAUAUAGAGAGUAAAACAUAAUAGUCUGUGUCCCAUCUGUCAACGUCUGGCUACAGAACUACCUUCAAGGAAGAUCCAUCAAAGUUGUGCUUUCUUCUUUACCACAUCCCAUCAAUGCAUCUGUACCUCAGGGAUCGAUUCUGGGCCCACUGUUAUUUUCCAUCUUCAUUGAUGAUGUUGUGGAACAGUGUGAGAACAACAUCUUCCUGUAUGCAGACGACUCUACCAUCGUCGCACCAGUAACAUCGUCAAAUGCGCCUGAGGUGACUGCGUCCCUGAACAAAGACCUGGAAAACCUCCGGAAGUGGGCCGAUGCCUGGAAGGUCACUUUUGAGCCCAGCAAGUGCAAGGCGAUAAUCCUGUCCAGAAAGAGGAAUCCCUCUCGACCCGACCUGUACUUUGGGACCACCAAGAUCACCCUUAGUGAGCAGAUGGAGGUGUUGGGUCUUUCUAUAGACAGCAAGCUCACAUGGACCAGCCAUCUGUCCAACAUCUGCAGACGUGCUGGACAACGUCUUGGUGCACUGCGUAAGCUGGCCAACAAGCUUGAUGCCAAGGGCAGGGCCAACAUUUAUAAGACCCAGGUCAGGAGCAUCAUGGAGUACUCCUGCCUGGCCUGGAUGAACGCCUCUCCGGCCACUCUUAGGCAGCUAGACCUCAUCCAGAAGAAGGCUCUAAAAAUCAUCGGGGUGGAUGAGGACCUUGCCCUUCAGCAGUACGCCAUCAGCAAGCUGGGUCACCGGCGAACAGUUGCAGCAACAACCGUUCUCUAUAAAAUGCACACCUCCAACUGUCCAGUGGACCUCAAAGCUCUGCUACCCCAAGCCCACACCGUGGGAAGAAUCACCCGGAGAGUACUGCCAAGUCACGCCCUGAAAGUCCCCAAGUCUAAAACCAAUUGCCUUGACAGGAGCUUUCUCCACUCUGCCAUAGCAACUUGGAAUAGCCUUCCCCCUGCAGUUGUUGGAGAUAUUACAUCUACUGGUGUUCACGCCUUCAAGAAGAGGCUGAACAAAUACCUCCUCAGUAUAUGACUGUUAUCCCUCACAAAGCUUCAUGGACUUUUUAUCCAUAAGCAUUCUGUUUUUAUGUACCCCAGUCUGAGUAGCUGCAGAUCAUUGAUAGGCUCUUUGAUUUUCUCUCAAAGCCUGUAUCUGCUCAAGCCAAAUUAAAAAAAAAAAAAAAAAAACAUGGAGGAGACGGGCGCAACCAGUCAGUCGAGGGAGCUCUGAAUGUUUUGACCUCACUUUAGUGGAGCUGACGUGAUGUCCAUCUUUCACGUGGUCUGUUGUUUGAGUAAUAAAGACACAAGACACAGUUUGUAGUUUUGACCAUUUUCAUAGAGAAGUGUAUCCUUUAAAGAAAAACUAACUUCACGGACUGCAAACUUACUGCGCUAUAGAGAGUUGAUGUUAUCACAGAAAAAUGUUUUAAUUAAAAUGAGAGUCUUAAAAAAUGGCAAAUUAGUGUCUGUGUUUCCAUUUUUAGAAAGUUACCCUCACUAUUUCCCCCUUUUUAAAUAAAAGUUUUCUUAAAAUGUGUUUUUUUAUCGCACACAUAAUUUCCAACUUUGAGUCAAACUGUCUUGAAUCCAGUUAAAUCUUAAAUUAAAUAGUUUAAUGAGUCAGGAGGGCUUUAAUUCAUAAAGUGUUCAUAAAAAUAGCUCUAAUUGGACAUUACGAGGGUUUUUCUGCCUCAUAUCCAUAAAGAUUUGCACAAAAUCCUACACAUCACUGCUUAACUAUUAAUUUAGCAGAGUGGAAUGAAAAUGAGAGGGGAACGGGGAGGGAGAGCAUCGCCUUCAGCGCAGAGCAGCGGUGAGCUCUCAGGCUGAAAAUGAGCUUGAGCUGACAUCACCUUCUAUAGAGAGCCAUUAAUAUAACUUUAGGGAGGAGAACGUGGAGGGGACGGGUGAGUGAACUCAGGUGAACAGGGAGGUUAUUUCAGAGGUGUGUGUGUGUGUGUGUGUGCCUCUGCAGUGUGUGUGUGUUUUGGAGCGCUCGGUGGAAUGAAGGCGCCACUCUGUGUGAACAGUUGGUCAGUGGUGUAUUAGGGCGUUAUUAGUCUGUCCUUAGGUGAACUGUCCCCUGAUGUCCGACGGCGAUGCUUGUUCUCAUUCCAAACCUCAAGGUCGAAGAAACCAAACGAGAUCCAAGGCAUUAAAAAUUAACCCUGAUUGUGUUAUUUCAUCUUUUGCAGCAGGUAGCAGGGUGUGGAGAUUGACCCGUCUGGCUUUGUGACUCUAAUGUUACAACUCCACAUAUGCUGCACAGAUGCCUCUGAAACUUCACAUCAGCAGCUCGUUUGUUCUGUUAACAGUUUUAACAUGUGGCCAAAACACGACAACAAACAAUCUGAUAAAAACAAAAGAACUGCCUCUGUGUUAUUUUGCAUUAAAGGGAAAUUCCCUAAACUUAAGUUAGGGUCAAACACACCGUUACACCAAGUUAGACACCCCCCUGAGAGAUGAAUGUUGCCGACCGCUUGCUUCUCUAGUUAUACCAUCUUCAGCAACGACCGCACCAUAGCUAUACACAGAGGUCUACGUCUUCACACACAAACCUCGACCAAAACGCCACUCUAUAGCCACAAAUAAUGCUCAGAACGGCACCUAACUUCAUCAACAGGACAGAUAGGGUCCCAGUCAUAGUACUAGCCACCAAACAUCUUUUUAACUUUGCCUAAUUUCUUUAGAAAAGAGACUAAACACAACUCACCUACUCUCUUCCAGCAGCUGCUUGUUUGUGGGGGAGCCCUGACGAGUCGAUCACUGAGUGCAUCAUAAUGAUCAUUUUGCACUGCAGACGCGGUAGUUCUUCUGCCUUAGCGUCUUGGUCUGAUUGCAUUUCCAUGAAGUAAAAAAAUAUGUUCUUCCUUGAGCUGCGAAACUCCGCUGCACUCAGUGAUGGACUCGUCCGAGGUCUCGCUACAAACAAGCGGCUGCUGGAAGAGAGUAGGUGAGUUGUGUUUAGUCUCUUUGCUAAAGAAAUGAGGCAAAGUUAAAAAGAUGUUUGGUGGCUAGUACUAUGUCUGUGACCCUAUAUGUCCUGUUGAUGAAGUUAGGUGCUGUUCUGAGCAUUACUUGUGGCUGCCGUGUAUUGCUAUUGUGCGGUCGUUGCUAAAGUUGGUAUAACUAGAGAAGCAAGCGGUCGGCAACAUUCAUCUCUCAGGGGGGUGUCUAACUCGGUGUUACGGUGGAAUAUCCCUUUAAGCACCAAAAGAAUGAUUGUGCCUUUUGCACAUGCAUCACACUUGUGAUGGUUAAACGCUCUGGUUUCCUCCAUGACUCAUAUCUUUGACUAGACCUGUUAUCUAACUGGCACCAAAUAGCAAAACGUGUACUAUCGACCUGACCCAGCUGCUCAUCCGGUCAAGGCAGAUGGCUCUGAAGGCUGCUAAUAAGUUUGGUUUUUGCCCAAGAUUUCUGCCUGCUAUGUCUGCUGUAUCUUGAAGAUGUUGGGCUGCUGCACUACGAUGGAUUUUACUUGGCACAAACUUGCAGCCAUCACUCACUACCAGAUAAAAUUCUCGUUUGGUUUGAGCUUAAAUUGAGCUCUGAUAGUACCGGUGUUAAUUUGAGAUCUAAUGCCAUCAAAGAGCCUCUCUCCGUAUUGUGACUUGGCAUAUUCUGUGCGCGCACGCUGCGCCGUCACGCUGCCCAGCCAUCUGUGUAGCAGCAGAUUACCAGGUAGCUCUGUUAAUCCAGGUAGGCCGUGAGGAAAUGAAGCCGAGUGGAAAAUGUUUAAAUCGAUAAGACCCUGGUUUCCACUCCGGCUCAAGGCUGAUUGCUUGACUUUGACACAGCAGGCUGGAGCAACGAUGCACCAGAAUGCUCUGCAGUUGGCUCAUCAGGCUGUUAGAAAUACAAGUCAUGGUUUGGCUGGAAGAAUUUUGGGAUGUUUGCACGGAUGAUUGGCAGCCCUGUGUUUUAUUACCUCACUUUCACCUUGCCGAAGUUUGAGAUUGUUUGAUUCUCUCUCUCUCAAAGUGCAAGUCAGCACUCUCCCUCUCUCUCUCUCUCCCUCUCUCUCCAUCAUCCUCUGAGGAUUAGAGACCAGGAAGGGAAGGAUUGUUUGUGUUUUAGCGCGUCCAUCCGUGAAUGUACGUCUGAGUUUGGGAAAGGAGAAGUGCUGAGUCAGACCGAGGAUUUGUUUUUCCUGAAUUUAUUUUUAAAGGAGAAGAAAAAGACGGCACCUUGAUGUAUCACACCCAGGAUGCUUUGCUCUGCUUUGCUGUGCAUGAUUAUUCAGGUCAGAGAUGCUCUGACUAAAGCAGUUUUAGUGUCUUUUCAAAGGUGCAUCCUCUCAUUACACUGCAGCAUAUAAACCAGCUCCAGCGCCUGCCUAUUAGCUUUAGCUGGACAGAGGACAUUCAGCUAAUUAAUGCUGCCGGCAGCUCAGCUGUGAGCUCAGCUAAGAUCUUUCAGCCUCAUUAGUGUUUAUGUGUGUGCAUUUGUGUGCAACUGAGCAAUGUAAAUGUUAUUUCUGUUUGCGUGUGCAUGCAUGUGUGUUUGUCUUCAACCCUCAGCUGAGGCAGGAUACGCAGGCGGGAAGAUAUUUGCAUCCAGAGAAGCAUCAGGGACGUGUUUGAUCUGUCCGCUCAUCACACCUCAGGUGGCCUCCGCGGGCAGCAAUCUCUUUUCUCAGGGAGAGAGAUGAGCAGAAAGUGAGAGGAAGAGAACUGGUGACAGAAAAGGAUGAUUCGCUAUUUACAGAUUCCCCCCAUCAGAAUGUGGGAUCUGGACCGUCUGGACUGGUUUUCAUUUGUUGUAUGUUUGUGCUCUGAAUAGUAUCGACCAAUCACACAUCAGCAGGCUUUGGUGUUGGCAGGAAAAACAGACCUUUCAAAGCUUGAACUUGUAGGUUGGCACCAUAGUGUGAGUGUCGAACUCAAAACUCCACUUUCAAGUAAACAAGAGCGAAGCCUGCGUGAAGCCAACCACUUAAAGUGAAACUGAGACUCAGGAGAAAGUCAGUUAUACUUCCUGACUUUCUAAAAUGCAUCAGAAAUCUUUAAUUCAACCCACAUUUGGCGAAUAAUCAUUUUAGGAUGAUCAAGUUAAUAAUUCCUUUUAAUCAGGGAAGCCCUGACAAAGCUUCUCUGUUUACAUCAUGAUGUUGUAUCUGCAAACUUGAAGUCAUGGUUGACGGUCUGAGAAGCAGUUGAAAAAAACUGUUGAGGCAGAUUUGAAAAAAGCGUCCCACCCCCACACACAAACCCGUACUCCACGAUAACUCCCCCCCCGAACCUGUAUCGCCCCAUCUGGCAGAGCGAGAAGCUGGCUGGCAGAAGAUCCUACACUCGCUUCAAAUAGGAUUCACCAUGUCGGAUUGUUAGUGACUAGCGGCAGUAAACGUCAGCUCUGCUAGCGAGCGCCGUCUGCAGCUGCCUGGACAGCUACCGUGUUGACAUGGCAGAGACUAAUAAGAGUGAUUUAUGUAACAUGUGACACGAUAAAAAGGCGAUAAAAAUUACCUGUUCAACAAAAACUCUGCUGUCACUUUGUGGAGAUCGCACUCUAGGUCCAUGAUCGCCAUAGAAACGAGGUUCAUAAUAAUUACCAAUUUCUCCAAUCGUCAACCAUGUCUUGAAAACUUUUUUAUGCAAGUUCAUGAAAAUAUAACCAGUAGGGCUGCAGCUAUCAAAUACUUUAGUAAUCGAGUAAUCUACCGAAUAUUCCAUCGAUUAUUCAAGUAAUGAAGACGAAGGCGCUCUCUCUGAAUUGCUAAUGAUCUACUGGAGCUCUGCAGAAGAAAAGCCCCCCCCUCAUCAUUCAUUUUUUCCGCUCCACAAAACCUGCGCUUACUCCUCCCUACUAGCGUGGUGACGUAAAUGCGUCGUGUCACCUUGAAAAUAAUCAAUCAAGGUGCUCAAGGAAUCAUUUUAGCCCUAACAACCAGCUUCCUUUUUGGGCUCACAUGCAUGAAGUCGGCCAGAGUGAAGCUUCUGAGUAACUUCCGAUUUACAGCGGAGCUUGUUAGGAGGAUCUUAUAAACAACUAGAAAACCACACGGAGAGCGCAGACCUCCAAGCAGCUCAUGUCCUCCCUUAUAUUGUGAUUCACACCAAAACUUUUACUGUUAGUGCUAACCACGACACCACUGUGCCGCCUAUCUACACCACUGUGCUGCCCGUUGGUUAUCUUCCAGCAUUGAAAAUUCCAACGACACCCUUAUUUUUGUGUGUUCUGGAUCACAGUAUCCAGAAUUUAGUCUGGAUCAGGAUCAACCUUUGACACCUCAUCAAACUCAUUGAGAUCCUUUUGUGUCAUUUUUUACUAAAGACUCUGGACAUUUUUAUAGAGUUAAAUGCAAAAAUUCCAAAAUUUGCCCUAUCUCACAAUGAUAAAGAAUCCUUCAAAAAAAUCCUGGAUCCAGAAGGCGAUCCGGAUCACCACCAAAAUGUAAUGGGAUCCUCUUGGGGCUGAGACGCACCUCUGGUGAAAAUUUCAGGUCAAUCCGUCUGUAACUUUCUCCGUAAAGUUGCUAACAGACAAACAAAUAAACAAACAAACAAACAAGCCAACGCUACCGAAAACAUAACCUCCUUGGCAAAAAUGAAGACAUAUUUAGAUUUGCAUUUGAUCUGGAGACACUGUCACUUAAGUUGCUAACAGGAUUGUGAACAAUAGGUUGCACAUAAAAGGUUACUAGAAAAUAUAAGGUCGGUAUCAUUUUCAGAGGCAGAUCCAGUGUAUAUUUAUGAGGGGAAAGAUGAUUCUACUCUCAGAUUGGAAAAGGAGAAAAAUCUGCUCCAGGUUGGAUUUAAUAGCAGGGAACGAGGAGAGAGUGAUCGACAGACAAGGACAUAAAAAGCACAGAGAAGAGAGUAGUAAAGGCAGAUAUUGAGUGGAUGGAAGUAAAGCAUAAUGGGAAAUGGAGGGGAAAGCUAUGGAAAAUAACUCCUAUUAACAGAUUUAUCUCGCCUCGUUCUGUCGUGCCUCAUCACGCACUCAUGUUUGCGUCUGUCAGUAAUGGAAAAACGAAACAAGCAGCACUGCGGCUCGGCUCAGCACAAGUGGAAACUGUCAUUUUUGCAUUUAGGCUCGGAUUUAAGAUGCAAACACACACUCGCACAAGUCGAAAAAGGGGGUCGAUACAGAGACACACACACACACACACACGCUUGUGCACACUUACGCUGUCACCAUAAUCCCCCUCAAUUUAACACCAUCACUCCUCACACUCACUUACGCAUGACGUAAACAAACACUGGCACACGCUCUUAAGCCCUCUCUCAUCUUUGCCCGGCUUACACAUGCACUUUUCUUGCACUCCCUGCCUCUUUAAAAUUCAAAUUAAUUUGCAUGACAUUUGGUUCUGUAAGCUGCAGUGGGUGACAUGAAAAAGCAGCACGUGCGCGGACAAAAGGUUGCUUAACCCUUUGUUAAUCAAAGUCAAUAACGCUGAUGGACCCGGUCAAUAAAAAUAGUGUUGUUGUGACCACAUUUCUCAUAUUUAUCAUGAUGAAAUAGAUGAAAACAUGCGCCUCUCGUUCCUGUUUUCUCCUUCACACACAUGCACGCACAUUUCCAUAGAGCUUCCUCUCAUGCUUAUAUCGCUAACGAGUCUGACCAUUAUACUUUCUAGAACAUAAUACUUAGCUGCAAUGAAUAAUGAAUGCCUAUGGUUUCCAAGCGGCUUAUUUUUAGAGGACACACACAUACAGUACAUGUCUUCACAUACACACACACACACACACACACAUGCAGAUUGCUUUACAAAGCUGGCUCCUCUUGAGGCAUGCUGAGGUUACACUCAGCACUCUGGAGUGUGUGGUUGUCUGUCUAUUUUUUUAAGUGUUUAAAUCAUGAAUUAAACUGUUUCAGUCCCCUGCUGCUGCUUCGUUUCUUUUUUUAAUUAAUGGAAACGCUGCUUGGUAAAACGUGUCCCUAUUGACGUCUUGUUGCAAAUUCUAUUUUUAUCCUUAAGGCCAUAUAUGAGUCAUUCUCAAUUUAUAAGAAGAUGGACUGUUUCUUCGUGGUCAAGGAUCCCUUUUGUUAGAUGAAAGUCAAAUUUUCAUUUUACUUGCAAAUCAGGGCUCUGAAGUCUGGGAGAGAGUAUGUGAGGGUGUUUGAAGUCCGGCGUGAACUUUCCACCGUCUGUAAGGAUUUUGUCAUCUGCUGGUGCUGGUCCACUGUGUUUCAUCAAGCCCAGAACCAACACAGCCGAAAGUCUGACAAGAGAUUUCAGAGCGCUUCAUGAAUCCGUCUGGCGUAAAGGUUUUGUGGGGAUGCUGGAUAGAGCUGGGCGAUAAACGGAAAUUUAUUUAUAUUCGGGUGUCAAAAUAAAUCAAUAAAUAAAAGUUGGUGGUAACACUUGACAAUAGCAAUAACUUAUAAAUGGUAAAAAGACCAUUUAUAAAUUGUAAGCAGAUAGUUUAUUAAUGUUUAUUCAUCAUCCAUAAAUAACAUAUAGACCAUUAAUAAAUUGUAAAUGUUAUCAUUUUAAAAUCCUAACCCUAACCCUAACUUUACAAUAAGCAUCUAAGUAAUGUUUAAAGAUGGUUUAAAAACCAAAUAUUAACCAUUUACAAAGUGCUACUGAUACACAUUUUAAUCUAGAUGUUUUACAACCAAUAUUUAAAUGAAUGAAUGAAUGAUGAAUAAAAAUGGGUUUUAAGACGAGUUUUAAAAAUGGACAGUGUUGGGGCUUGUCUGAUUUGGAGGGGUAGAUCGUUCCACACAGAAAAAGAUCUAUCCCCUCUGAGCUUCAGUUUUUGACCUCGGUACCUCCAGGAGCAGCUGAUCAGAGAGGUAAGAUGGAGCCAGACCAUUUAAAGAUUUAAAAACAAAUAAAAGAAUCUUAAAAUGAACUCUAAAAUGCACAGGUUACCAGUGGAGGGAGGCCAGGAUGGGAGUAAUGUACUCCCUCUUACGUACUCCAGUUAAGAGCCGGAGACGUGAGAGGGAGGACCGGCUGACUCCAAAGUAAAGUGCGUUAAAGUAAUCCAGCCGAGAUGUAACGAUGAACUUACAUUAAUAAACUAUUUGCCAUUUAUAAUUGGUCUAUAUGCUGUUUUUAAAUGACGAUUAAAGAAUUAUAAACUAUCUAUUUACCAUUUAUAAAUGAUGGUUAUUGUAAAGUGUUACCAAGUUGGUUUUGGAUGUGUGUAGGUAGGCUAUGGUCUCAUGUCCCUUUAAGACGCUGUCCUACGUCAGAGACGUGACUCCACCCCAUCCAGUCUGUAACAAAGAGGGAAAGACAGGUGAGGAGAUGGAGGACGGUUCAAAAGUUGUAGCGGCUGAAGUAGACGAAGUUAAUGUGGGAGGGGGUGAGCAGCUUGUGGAGUAGUUAUCGUCUAUUUAUCGUUAUCGAGGUGAACUGAUCAAUAUAUCGAGAUAUUGAUUUGAGGCCAUAUCGCCCAGCUCUAAUGCUGGAUUCAUUUUCCAGUAGGACUUGGCACCUGCCCACAGCACCAAAACUGCUAUCAAAUGGAAACUGACCAUGACUAGGAAAGACAAAAUAAUAAUUAUUAAAGUUUAAAUUUGAUCAGUAUGACAAGGACCGAGACGUCUAACAUGUGUCGGCUGCUCUGCCAGCUGAACUAAACUGUCCCUCAUGAGUGUUUAAAUACUGAUUUAAGUCUUUUUUUAAAGGCACAUUUCUCUCAUUUUUCUCUCAGUUAUGUCUUAAUCUAACAGCAGGACGAUAAUUACAUUUGAUCGGAGUAUGACAUCUUGCCGUUGCUUUGUGCCAGAGACAAAUGGGACUAAUAUCCAACUUGGCACAGGAAGUUUGCCCGUCUCCUCAGUGCUCGCUUGUUUCCAUGGUGACUGACAUGAUGAUUUUAAUUUUGAAUUUGCAAACAAAGUGGGUUUCUAAAAAGCAGGAUGCUCAUCACUGUCAUCCUUUCUUCUCCUCCUUUUCAAAUGAGCGAAUUUUCCAUGAAUGAAGACGGCGAUUCUGAUGUGGAAGUUGGGGACGAAAACCAAGAGAAAUAGAUAAAAGUAUGAAGGAUAAGGGGUCUUAAGUCGCCAAAGUACCUCCUCACAUUCAUUAGAGGAGAUUCUUUGCAUGUUGUCAUGAAGUGAAAAGGAUGCACAUGGCUGCUCCUCCCCUUUCUCGCCCCUCUGACUGAAAUGAACGACUCCAUCCACUCCUCUUGACACUGAUGUACUAUCAGGGGCAGGUUACUGCUUAGCCCAGCGGAUUCAAGGCUCCCUGAUACAUAAAUCAAACCCGCGCGAUGGUGAAGAGGUUCCUUUUGUAACGUUGCUGCUAUGAAAGAUUCAGUAGUCUGGUGAUACAACAGGAGGGGAUAACUGAGACUGUAAUUCUGCGGUUAUUUUGUUGAGUGGCGGGCAUAUUCACGAGUGCCAGUGAAGUCGGAGCUGUGCGCAGCAGUGUGUCUGUGUCCCCCCCUCUCAGAAAAGAAGCGCUGUGGGCUGAGUGCCUGCUGGGUGGGCUAUAAAUAGCCUCCUGGUGACAGCAGGACUUAGGGCCUAGUGUGAGGCAGAGCAUCUUCCUGAGAUGUCCACGUUCAUUAUUUAAAACUUAAUCUACAUUUCAUUUUAUACUCCAGCAGUUCUUGGCAGAGCUGCUCUACAUCCCAUCCAACCACGGACGACGCCUUCUUCUUCUUCUUCUUCUUCUUCUUUUCGGUGUAUUUAAAGAUAAAAUGCUGGAAAUAAACUUCUGUUAACCUCUCGUGUGCUGCUUGAUUCAUUAGGAGUGUUUACACAUGAGGCGUUUGCAGGGGUGAAUCAAAUUUACCUCCCACUGAGGAGCCGGAGGCAACGAUUCAGGUGAAAAAACUGAGACCAAUUAAUUUCCAAGGAAUUAGGAGACGAUUCUGGUUGCCGUGUUCCUGCAAAGCGUGAGAUGCCAUGUCAUGCAGGGUCAUACAGUAUGGAGGUAAUAGGAUAAGGCGCUAAAGUUAUCUGGAGGUGAACUGCUGUAUCGGACUGUACUGAACCCUGCGGUCCCCAGCAGCAGGACUGUCCGGAUUUAUGAAAUCAUUCGGCUCCAGAGGCUCGGCUCUCAGCGGACCUCUUGACCUUUUCACCCGUACUUCUCUGCCCCGGCCUCACGCGGCUUUAUCUGGACUAAGAUGUUUGAAUGUCAAAGAGUGUUAAUGGAAAGCUCCAGGGUCAGACUGUACUCCAUCUGAAAAGUCUUGUUCCUUAAAUCUGUGAAGUUUUACCCUGGAAAAUAAUCAAGUUAUGAAUUUUAAAUAAGCCCGGCUUGCCUGUUAGAUUGAUGUGAGUCGUAAUUUCAGGGGUCUAUAAGCGAUCGCAGUGAGACUUGUACCAAAGCGAUCAAGUUUUAUUACCCACUUCUGAUCUUGAUUUAAUUUCCUGCCGUUUAGGUUCAAACUUCUUGUGCGCCACCCACAUCAUCCCGGUGAAGAACGAGGAGGGCGUGGUCAUGAUGUUCAUCCUCAACUUCGAUUACAUCCUGGAUGAGGGCAGCAGCGACUCGCUGGAGAGACUCAACCACACCUCGCCGUCCAAAGCCGACCAGCGUGAGUAAAAAGGAAGCACGUUUAUAGCGUUUUUAUGAACUCGCUGUGUUAUCCUGUCUGAUAUCUUUAAAUAGAUGUAGUAUUUCCCUCUGUUAUCAUCAGGAAUGUGAUAGUCGCAUAACAGCCAGUCAUGACCUUUCUCUCCUAACCUUUUCUCACAUCCACAUCAAUUUCUGCCUAUCAGAGCUACACAUCCCGCCAGAUAACAUUAUGGUUACAUUUGUCUGGUUCAGAGCUGUAAAUUCAGACCUCAAGAGGUUGUAAUCUCCAUCUUGGACGGAAAAAUGAGCUUCCUUUUUGUAGAGAACACGAUAUAUGAGUGUUCAAUCGACACGCAGCCAAAAUGACUCCUGAGAGGCGGCCAAAACAGAUCCAAACUCAGCACAGCAACAUUCAAGCGUCUGUGAGAUAGACACUCGGGCACUACAUCUAAAACAGCUGACCGAAGAUUCAGAACAAAUUGAUUUAUACAGCGCCGAAUCACAAAAGUCGUUAUACCAAGACAGAGCAGGACUAAACCACGCUCAUUGUUUGAUGAAUUACCAAGAUCCAACCUUCACUCGUUCAGUGCCAGUGAUGGAUUUUGACAGACUUUUUAGUUUUUUUCACUAGAGGGCGCUCCUCCCCAACAUGCGACUAAGUCUGGGGUCGUUCUGAACGCAGAAAAGCUGAUAAAUACAUCAUAACCAUGUUACAGUAACGAAAACAAGUACUCACCAGUGAGAAGUGCGCCAAUUAGCCUGGUUAUGGAGUGUUAGGAAAAUGUCAAAGUCAUUAGCCAAGAGCUAACGGUCUCGGUGCAAAGGCUCCCGUGGAUCCAUUGGAGAUCCUGGUACCGGACCUUCACACCGUUAGCAGACAAUCAAGGAAACAAUUUUCUGGUGUGUUGUUGUGCCGCCGGUGCCGAUACUGGUGAGCGAGACUGAGCCGGAAUUCAGCGUCAGAGGAAGACGUAAGCAGUCUGUGUGGAGUAGUUGUGAGCCAAUACGACUCCCAAAGUGACCUAUCAGAAUCAGAUCUCGAGAGUGAUGAGGAGUGGUGUCCCAGGAGGGAGGACCUUGAUGACACCGGUAAAGUAGUGAAAUGAAAAAGACGAUCAGAGUUCUGCUCCAAAGUUUUUCCCAGGUUUCUUUUCGCAGAUCGGCAAAGAUGAUGUGUCCACGCUGCAUUGAGUGGGUGAUAACUAAACACAGGAGUGGGUCAGAGACUUACUUUUUUUUCUGGUGAAAGAAAAGAAUCACCCCUUUCUUUUGAGAUAUGCACCUGAAAUAUACAGAAAUUUCUAUUGCGGUCAAUGGUGGUACAUAGUGAAAAUUGCAUAAAUGAACCUGGCACUGAACGAGUUAAGAUGGGACAAAUUUGACCCAUCUCAUCUAACAUGAGCGACAGUGGCGAGGGAAAACAUUCUGUAAACAGGCAGAAACCUUGGGGAGGACCAGACUCAUGUUAGACAACCACCUCUUCGCUGCUGAGUUGGGGAGAAAUACAGAGAGAUAGGGAGAGAGAAAGAGAGAAGAUGAAGAUGGUCCUCGAAUCGUCAUACAUGGAUGUAAUCUUGGCGUUGUCACCGAUUGGUUUCUGUAGAGGCUUUCAGAGCUGAACAAUGGUGGAAACGCUGACUCCAGCUAACUGUGAGCUAAUCUACAAACCAGUAAAAGAGUGGAUUUGAGGAGAAAGCCCUGCUGCUUCAUUUUAAUAUGGGCUCUGAUGGGGUUUCCUUGGAUUUUAGAGCCAGCGUUUUAAGGAAGUCCAGUUCGCUCUUCCAAAUUGGCUCCAUUUCUCGUCACUGAAGCUAUAACCACCAGUUCUGUUUAAAACAAGCAUUAGACACUGGAACUGUUAUCAGCAGCUCCCUCGCACUUUAACAGUUUUCCUUUUUAUCCUGUUAUGACUGUGAUAUGUUUUUGCACAUUGCAAAUAUUUCCUAUGAAUUGCAACAGCGUGUACUUGCAGCAAUGCAGCAUGGGAAUCCCAACAAGACAUCUCUGGCAUGUGGACACCAUCGUUUAGCAGACACUGACGUGUUAGCCUGCCAUCAUUUUAAAGGUCUGGCCCAAUUAUAGCUCAUAGCCUGCCGGGAUGGCCUGAUGAACCGCUGGAGCAGCGCUGGAGAGCACUCCGCUUCCCCGAGCUGUCGGCGUAAUAGCGCAUAAUGCCAUUCCCCUGCGGUGCUCUCCAACGGGCUCCCGAUGCCUCCUUCCUCUUCUUUUAGUGUGUGACAUAUAAAGCAGCGGCAUAGAGGAGCAGGGGUCACCUCUACAUGACUGUAAUUGGAUGAAGGCCCCUAACAGGCUGUGUCGCCCCGUGGGGAGUGCAGGGGAAAGAAGCGAGUACGUGGAGUGUAGAUGAAAGUGUCGUCUGCAUGUGUGUUUACGUGUCAUUGAUGGGCCGCCCCUAUCUGUCACUUUCCUGUAGGAGUUAAUUGCUCAGCCUCAACACAAGGGCAGUCCCUGAUGGCGCAGGCCUCCAUCGGUUCUCGUCGGCUCGUAUCUCUCCGACUGUCUAAGUGGGCGCAACUCGUCCAGAUUUGUUUACGAGGUUGAUUUCAGCGCCGGACGCGUCUCUUUCUCUUUCUGCCUACACGCAACCUCCGCGGUCUUUCUGAUUACCCGAGAGAGUUGGCAUUUCUUGGCUUCACUUCAUCUUACACUCCUUCAUCCAACUCCAGAGACUUACUAUUUCCCUUUUUCUUUUUUACCAGCAGAUGGAUAGAGGUCACCAAUCAUCAUGAAUCAUGAAUAAUUCUACGUAUUUAAAAGUACGAACUGCUCCAGAUGUACAUUAAACUCUGAGAAACCCCCCUGCUGCUAUUCUGAGCCACAUUUCUGCAGCAUGUGUAGGAGCGGCUGCCUUAAGAUGUGAGGUGAUGAUCCAUGUCUUGCAUUAUGUAGACUCCUUCUGGGGGAAUGAGCAGCCACGCAUUAAGCGCUGCUUAUCGAUUGCCUCUGCCGUUUAGAGAGGACCCAUCCAUUCUGCGGCCAUCUUUGAUUGUCCCAUUUUGCCUCGACGCCGCCGCCGAGCAGGGCUUCUUCCACCGAUCCAUAAAUUACGCACAAACAGAAAAAACAAGUUGAAUUAAACGUGUAGGAUACAUCCGCAGGCUGGGGCUUUAAAUAGGAAAGCAGGGCGAGAAUACCAAACUGCAGUUUUCGUAAAUGAUAGUACGAUAAAAACAGCGCAGAACAGCUCUCAAAAUUAUCUCUCUGACCUCGUUGUAAUGUAGCAGCCUUUAACCUAGAGCGCCACAUAACCUGCACUCGCAUGACACCACAAGUCGAAGGCCUCUGCACCCGACCAUUUGCUGCCCCGCUGACCACCUCUGCAGAGUCGGCCGGUUCCCCUCGAGGCGAGUUGGCAGCAGCUGGUUUUUCUGUGUGUGUGUGUGUGUGUGUGUGUGUGUGUGUGUGUGUGUGUGUGUGUGUGUGUGUGUGUGUGUGUGUGUGUGUGUGUGUGUGUGUGUUCUCACAGGAGCAACCUGCUCCCUCAUCCUCUCCUGAAGCAGAAAACAAAAAAGAGAGGAAAUUCUAUUUUUAUGACUUUAUUUUAGAGCGGUGGCCUUCAGCUUAAGAAAAAAAAAAAAGCUCUUUUUCAGAUAUUUGACAGGCACGCACCGUCUUAGUAGUUCAACACUGUAGAAAAAGAUACCUUUACAAAGAGGCACCAAAAGCACAACAAUUCAUAACUGAGUAACACUUAAUAAGGUGCACCGGCUCCUUCCAAAUCUACCAACAAAAAUCCAUUAAACCAGACGAUGUUUUAUCUCGAUACAGCUGAUACUUUCAGGACUCUGUUUUUGCUGCUACAUCUUACUUCAGAUCCUCCCAAUUUUCUCCUUUUGCUAAAAUAAAGACUUUGGUCCCUCCUGAAGUGAGGCGAAAUAUUAAUACAGCGAUAUGUCAUCAUCCUGACUCAUCCGCUUCAAUUAUGAGUCACACUUUAUAUGAUAUUAAACAGCUUUUUAAAACUAUUUUUCUUUUAAUUUGGCACACGACUUCAUUUACCGGCUCCUAAUGGUGGUAAUAAUGACACAAAUCCUGCACUUUGCCUUUUAGGAGCGUUUUAUAUUCUUCAGAUGAUCAGAUAUCGAGAUGUGUUAUUGUAUAAUAGUCAUUUUAUUAUCCAAAGAAAACACUGGACCAUGAUAUCAUAAUCAUGAGUGAUAAAUUAAGUGUCAUAUCACACUGCAUCAGAUAGUAUUUCAUUAGUUUGACCCUCCUCCUGUGUCAGUGUCUGCACUGACCCAUUUUUGUUUUUAAAUGCUUAAAAGAACCAAAAGACUUUUUGACUUUGUCAGGAAUCUCUAUUUAAACAAAAUAAAAAUAGAAAAAUAAAUUCACUAAAUAAUAAAAUGCUCUCAAUAAAAUGAUGUCACUUGUCGUGUUAGGGUCGCUGUGAACCCGGUUAGAUUAAAAAUCAAUAAUUAGAGCAAAAUUACAAUCAUAUGUGCACUAUCAGACAUCACACUGACAGUCAGAUCCUCUCCCAAUUAGUGUUGUGUCGUCAGGAACGAUUCGUUCGAAAGAACCGAAUCUUUUAAGUGAACAUACUGAAUGGAAUCACUUCUUAAAGUGAUUCGUUCAGCUCAGAGGGGAUAGAUCUUUUUCUGUUGCUGCCCCAAUUUUAUGGAACGAGCUACCCCUCCAAAUUAGACAAGCCCCCACACUGUCCAUUUUUAAAACUCGUCUUAAAACCCAUUUUUAUUCAUUGGCUUUUAACCCUCCAUGAGACUCGGCUCCUGUUUUAGUGUUCUAUGGUUUGUUUUUAGUUAUUUGUUUCUAUGUUUUUAAAUUAGUUUUUAAAAACAUUGAAGCUAUAUUUUAUUAUUAAUUCUGCUUUUAUUUUAUCCAUUGUUUUAAUUGUUUCUUGAUUGUUUUUUAUCUUGUUGUUUUUGUCCUGUUAUGUACAGCACUUUGUACAGCUGUGGUUGUUUUAAAGUGCUCUACAAAUAAAGUUGAGUUGAGUUGAGUUGAGUUUCUCACUUCAGUUGAGCUGUCGGCAGUGGAGCUGCGAUAGCACGCAGCAUUGCCAGGCGAGCAGCCAGCGAACGAGCGACUGCAUGCACCGACGCCUGAAUCACUUGGUAAAAGAAUCACGCAUUAAACUACAUUUUUGUUGGACAAAACUAACUUUUAUAGCUACACAGCAUGUAACAAGUAGUGCAUAAAACCCGCAUCAUCUUAUCAUUGCAGUGGUUUGCGAGGGAACGAUGCAUGUUCAGUGUGAAUUCUUCUAAACGUACAGUAAACAAAUCACUCACUGAGCCCAAUUUACAGAGCAGACCUGAUUCUAGCAAUUCAGUACAUCUAAAAGAACUGCCGUGCCCAUCACUACUCCCAAUCAUGUGAGAUUUAGGGAUUAUCUUGUACUGAAAUGUCUCAAUAUUGUAUCUUGGUGUAAGACACAAAAUCCUGUGCACAAACUGUUAAGUGACAGCUGAUCAGACAGGUUUAACACUUGAUGUAGGAGGACCAUAAAGAGCAGGAAGGAUCUGUGAGAUCUUUGCAGCUGCUCUGCAGGGCCGUGUGUUUUAUCUUCCUUUGGUGGUGACCUGCAUAAGUAAUAGCAUCAUCAUAAGAAACAUACAACAUGCCUCCAUUCCUUUUCCCCAAACUGACAACUCCUUAAUUAGAAAAACGUUGUGAAUUAUUGAGCUUAAGUAGUGUUAACUCAGGCACAUUGCAAUCACGCUUUAAUUUUCUCUCUUUAUAAACGAGUGUGGGCGAAAACGGCAACGCAGCAGCAUCGCCUAUAUUAUUCUCUGGAGCUGCUGGGUAAUAUGCACACUGGGAGUCCAGGUAAACACUCCUGGAGGUAAAAGCACACCGCAUGCAAAUCAACCCCUGCUUUACACCUCCAUUCAUCGUCAGGAGAAGCAGAAGAGCGGCGCUGAGAGACGUAAAAGAACACGGAUCUGGUUUUACCAAAGGUUGACGCUUUAUUGUUCUGCGUCCACUUCUCCCCUGACAUCUGAAUCAUGCUCAGGAAGAUACUCAUUCCCCAACAUGAGAGGAUCUAAGGGCCCAAUUAGUAUUCAAUGCAAAUAUUACUAUCUGGUAUCAUAGCAACAAGGACCACUGUGUGUCCAGUGGUUGUGCGGAGGGAAAGAAGAAGGGAGAGUGAGCUGACGCGUGUACUGUACAUACAGAGACGCUCAAAAGGCCACGCAUAUAUCUUUGGCUUUACAACAUCUAGAUUUAACACAGAGACAUCAUGUUCUCAUUCACGACUGAAUUACAAGCUGAUCUCGGUUUGUGCCUCGUAGCUUGUGAUGCCUUUGAUCCAACAUGCAUCAUUUCAUUAAGUUGUCAUUUUAACAACAGAGGUUCGUCUUUAAAAUGAAGAUUUCAGGAGCAGCUCAAUAAAUCGGACCGUCUCUCUUGUAGUAUUGCAGUGUUGUGAUUACAAAACAGAGCAAUCUUCCUCUGGAGGGGCAAAGCAUUUGCAGCCACUCCAAACCGGAUUUAGCUGUAUUGUGCUGGCUCUUUGGCAUAUAAAUUGGCUUUGCUGGUUUGGGAUCGGCUGCAGACUGAUGAAUCAGAAGGUAUUUUUGAUCCGCAGCCUUAUUUGCCUCACAGCACCCGGCCCGGAUGAAGCAGAACUUUGUUGAUGAUGCUUUUGCAGAAACAAACCCAAAAAAAAUUCGACUCCAUUUCAUCCUCAUUAAGGGGACUUGUUUAGUCAUGCUAGCUUUAGACAAUGCUCUGAAUCACAGACGAAAUGCAAAUUGUUAUUUUUGGCUUCAUCAACAUCUGGCUGGAGACUUAAUUUAAACACCACACUGACCCGGGCAGACAGAGCAUUGUGUCUAAAAUUAGCUUUCUUUCUCCCUCUUCGCUGCCAGCCUCAUAAGAAAAGACGCCGCCGAGGAAGAUAAAUGCUGCUCUCUGCUAAACCUCAAACAAUUACUCUUUUCUCUUUUAACCACCUGGUGUGCUUCUGAAUACAUCCCCAGCUGUUCGCCUCUUUAUUGGGACAGGGACGUGUUUAUCAUCUUCUUUUAACAACAAUCUGCAAACAUUUGGGAUUUGAGGGGACGAGUUUAUGGAGUUUUAAAAAUGAGAUGUUGUCACAGUUAUGAGGUCUUCUUUUUAGUAUUUUCAUUUACCUAAUGUGAUUUUUUUUUAUAUUAGGUGACAGGAUGAGGCUACAGGCCAACCCAGUUCUGGCUUUAAUACUUGUUUACAGAGAUUCCUACUGGUUCGUCUGUCUUUUUAAUGACAUUAUGGUGUCCCAAUACAACUUUUUUACCUCCGAUAUGAUACCGAUAUUGUAGCUUUAAAUAUCGGCCAAUAACGAUAUUGAUCCCAUAUUGGCACAAACUUCUGCAUGAUAAGUUUCGCACUCAGCUGCAACGUCUUUUUCAGACGUUAAUGAAAUACUGCCACGGGGCCGACAUCACUGCUACUCCUUGCUACUUUGUUUGUACCUUAGUACACACUCAGUGCGUUUACAUACACAGCUUAAUCGGACUAAGCUUUUAAUUCGUUUUUUCUUUUCGCUGAAUCAGACUUCUCUCCUUGUCCAUGUAUAUAUGCAGCUGAGGAAUUUAAAUUAUUGAUGUAAUCGUGCCCUGCUUCCCAAAACUAGGGGGCGAUAUGGGUCUUUUAAGCAGCGCUGUUUCCAACCCCAUACAAUUGUCAACAACAACAACAGCAGGUCAGGCCAGACGUCAGAAGUGUCUACAACUGCUGCUGGGCGUUUUCAAGCAAGAAGAUGGAGCAUCAGUACAGCGAUGUUUUUGUCGUACAUGAUGUGCGCGCAAACACUACUACUUUUUCACUACUCCGCUUCUCUGGUGUUUUUGUUCCAGAGUUAUGAGGGCGUGGCGCACGCACACAUGUAUUGUCCAAUCAUACUCUGACAACGCUGGUUACAUGAUAGAGAAAAUCGAAUUUCAAUCGCAUUAUCUGGGUGUCUUAAUCAGAGUUCUCAGACUCCAAUCGGAAUUCUCAAAAUCAGAUUAUAGUCGGUCUAAGGUGUUUACACACACCUCAGCCGUCUGUUCUUUAUUGGAAUAAGGCAAUAACUUGCUUUUCUCGAGUGUCAUCUAAACACACAUGCUGUUGUUGUGAUCACAUGGGCUCUACAUGCUGGAUCCGGGUGCUGCUAGAUGAGGUAGUCCAUUCUAGCGGAGUCUAGAAUGGACUACCUGUAUCGGAGUGCUGAUAUCGGAGAUUUUAGAUGCAGGCCGAUAUAAACUGAUAUUCAAAAUUUUGCCGAUAUUGGAUACCGGUAUCAGAUAUCAAUAUCAUAUCGGGACACCCCUAACUGUAGAUGAUUUAAUCCCCAAUUUUUUGCAGUUCUAUAAAAAUUAUUUAGAAAUUGUUGAACUGUUUGCUCACACAGUCGCUCACAGGGACCCAUGUUUACCAACGAGGGGCUCAAUCUCUCCAGGGCGCCCAAGUCAUGGAUCUUAACUGGUAUACAUCAUUUUUCAGUGUUUGGUUCCUUCUGUCUCAACUUAAAACCUAGAAAAUAAUCAUACAUAUUUUUCCUAUUAAGAUUUCUCAUUUGAUGUUGCCUUGCACGAUUUCUAAUUAAAUAGUUAAACGAUUGGUGAAACAUCAAAAUCUCGUACUUCUGCGUCCCAACUGUUUGAGUCGAGGUUUCUGGCACGGGCUGUUGAAUCAAGAGACACUAAGCACUGAGGAGACUCCAGGACAAUGUGUUCAGGUUUGCACGAGCGCCUCAUGGCAGUGAGACCAUGCUGAGACUGAUAUGUACGGCAUAUGUUCAGGCGACUAAAUGAUUCACAACAUGCAGGCCAUACAGUUUGCAGUCCAUAUGUGACUCUUCGUCUCUUGACAUGUUCUCAGAUAUUGUUAGACACAACAGAACGCGGCUUUCGCUGAAUGGUGGAUGCUGUCUUCUGCUCCUUAUCUUAUCUUACCUUGUCUUGAAUGACACCCCCUCAGAAGUACCCACUACAGCCUUGGCAGAACCACCUGGAUUAUCACUUGAUGUUACAUUCAGUCCCAUAGAGCUAUCAGUCACUCACAUGAUCUGCUACUUACUCCUCGAUGUACUAUACUAUUUCAGAAGCGUCCUCCCCCAUGAAUAAUUGAAGGAAACUGAAGAUUGAACCAGUGCCUGAGGCAGAUCGGCAUUUGUUUUGAUCUGCCAGGGUCUUUUUAAGAAUGCUGCACUGGCAGGCUCCUCAGUGCUAUUGGCAAACAAGUACGAGAUAUCAGCGGGGAUGUUGAAGGCUGCGAGCAAGUUUUGCUGCAAACACACCAUGAAAACACAACACGAGGUCGGAGGGGGUAUGUCGAUCCCACUGGCUCAUUAAAAAGCAACAUCCCUUCUGAAUUUUGCUGUUUUUGGCCUCUUAGCAGUCAAAUAGCUUCAGAUAUUUGGCUCCGAAUGAUAAUUGAGUGACGAGGUUGCCCCUAGCCUGAGGACUCGUGACUCGACGUGAUAUCAAUUGUCCAUAAGCGCUCCAGCUUUCUCUGAUCUUGUUGGUGUUUUUUCUCUCUCAGGCAAAGGGAGAUUCUUUCGCUUCCGCUUCCCGGCCCUCCCUCUCCUCGGCAUCAGCAAACAGUCCCUGCCCCAAGAAGACCCUGACGCCGUCAUGGUGGAUUCCCCACGCCACAGCGACGGAUCGGCGGCCACACGCGAUUACCAGCUCCCCAACACCCGCGAGAGCUGCAGCCCCUCCUACGCCAACGACACCCGCGCCCUCAUCGGCCCCAGCCACUGCUCCACCCCUGUGUCCGGGCCUUUGGACCACUCGUCACCUAAGGGCCCUUGGGAUCGGUCGUACCCCGACCAGGCCACCGCCCCGACCUCACAGCAGAGCCAAGAGGACACACUUAUUGCUGCGCCGUCAAUCCCGGGACUCACUCCAACGGCGUCCAGGGAGAGCAUGUGCAGCAUUCGCAGAGCGUCGUCCGUGCAUGACAUGGAAGGGUUUGGGUCCAACUCCAAGAUGGCGUUCAGGGACAGGCAUGCCAGCGAAGGUAGGGAUCUCCUGCUAUGAAGACUGUAAACUGCUUGUUUAAACUUUUGACAGAUAGUUCCCCUCUCUUUGGUUGAACAGAGAUGAUUUAUUUAAUGAAAGAGCCCCUCUUACUGGACAGAGUUGUUAUAUUACAGUUUGUUUUGAGUCUCUUAAAGGUCAUUUUUGGAAUAAUCUGCUAAGUAUGAAAGUAUUUCUGCACCUAGUGAUCAUACAUGACAGUUGCGACGACUACCUAACACUUUGAAGGAUUUACUUCCUCUCAAACUCACUCUUCUAACGUCCUGUCACAGACUUUCAGAUCUUGCAAAGUUCAGACUCUUGUCAAGAUUACUUCCUGCUCUUGCAAAAUUAAAAAGAGAAAUAACAAACGAUUGAGCAGGUAGGUCAGUUUUUCAACACAGACUUCCCUCCCAUUGGUUCGCCUUAUGUACUAUGUUUACGGCCGUCAUGUUGGGAGCAGAAAAGCCUCUGCAGGAAGCAUUUACACCCUUCAGUUUCAAUCUCUCAAAGCGUUCACUGCCACGAAUGCCAUUAGGUUGACAAUAGCUGCGUUUACAUAGGCACAAAUAAUUGGAAUAAACACCCAAUCAGGAUAAAAAUGCGUCAUGUGAACAUAUCGAUUGGAAGAUUCUGAUCCAAUUUGGCUCAAUCUGAAAGAAAUUGUAUUCCGAUCAAGAGGAGUGGUUUAUGCCGAUCGUUAUUCCAAAACGCAUCCAUGUCAAUAACACCACGUUAUCGGGUUAUCCCCCAAUAACAUAACGAGGCGUACGUACAGCGUAAUGAUGUCACAUCUGCACGCACAGUGCAACCUUUGACAUGACAGUAAAAUAAGUAAGCAAUGGCGCCAUCUAGUGACAACAUUUAACAGGGGGAAAAUCCUGAAUUGGAUGAUGUUAGCCAGUACGCGUUUGUUGGCAGCACAGGCGUCAAUACAACUCUUUUUUUUUAGCGAUAUCAGACAACUGUCCAAACUUGGUGCACGUAUAAGCACGUCAUGAUCGGAUUAUUUGAUUUUGCACCCAUAAAAACAGUGGAUUCAGAUUAUCCGAUCCCUCAAAAUUUUAAUCGGAUCAAGAAACGUGGCUAGUGUAUCCAAACUUAAAAACAAGCGUCUGCAUUUGUCUAGCAUUCAAGAAAACAUGUGAAGAAUUCAUCCCCCUUUGAAACUCCUCUAGGUUUACUAUUUAUCUUACAUUAACAAAUGCCCCACCAGAAUGAUUUCAUACUUAAUACGCCAAAUAGAAAGGAAAUAGCAAAGCUGGCACCACCGGCCUUCAGUCCCUCUAUUAGGUCGGUGACUUGAUAAUGAUAGUUACUCAUUGAUCCAGUCAAAUGGUAAAAAUAUUUAUUAGUGACCAGUUGUUGUGCCAUCUUGCAAGGGUGAUGACAUUUAAUCAUUUGAUUGGCCAGUAGGUAGUACGCCGUUCCUAUUAGAAUGAACCAAGUAUUCUGAUGGUGCAUUAAAACUUUCAGUUGGAUCAAACUUUAAGGACAAAGUGAUUCAUGCUUUUGUCGGCACAGGAGACAUUAAGUUGAUUUGACUCUUAGGAUAUAUACCCGUACUCAGAAAACUGAAUUAUAGAUUUUUAAACACUCUUCACUCUUGGCGACAGUUACUCAGACAAAACAACAUUUCCCAAUUGGUGUCAGUAAUGACAAAGAGUCAGAUGUUGCCGAAAUGUUUACAUGGCAGCGCUCAUGAGGGGGUGUAUUACUGCUGACAAACAAUGACUAUAAUUUGUCUAUAUAUUAAUUACCAAAUACCCCGCGGUCCUGAAAUAGGAGAUGCGAGCUGUGGCAUGCCGGUCUCUUAAUCAGCAUUACAUCGAGUCACCAUCUGCACUAUGUGCUAUCGAUCUUCCCUCGAGUCUAAAUCACUCAUUAGCCUUUUGGCCCCUCAUUUGGUGGAGGGUAGCUGUGGCCCAGACUGGCCCGGUUUCCUCCAGGCCAAUCAGUCUACCCCCCCAACCCCCCGCCACCAUCACACCACCAUCCCUUUAUCUUGAAUCCUUAUUUAAAUGGCUCCUAGUGGCUGACAAGGUAAUAUGUCUACUUCAUGGUAAUGAAUUGUUCAUGGUGGCAGUAGCUGGGCUUUAAUGCCAGCUCCUAUUUGUCAUCACAGAAAAGCAGGAAUUCUUCUCUCACCUCCUUCUUCUUUCUUUUUCAACGCCGUGUUGCCGCCAUCACAGACAAUGGUCGCAAUAUCAAAGGUAACAAACAGCGUCCUGCACCACCAGCUGUCUGACUUCUCUGGGUUUCUCCAUGUUAACUGCACAUAGCCUGCUUGUUGCAUGAGUCUUUCCACAUGACUGAGGUUUAUGUUGACUGCAGAUGCCUUGCUGGAUGACUUGAGAGUGUGUUUGUCGGGAGCCUCCAAACACUGGCACAACACUAAAUGACUCAGUCUUGGUGCACAUGACCCGCUGAUCCUGAGCCUCUCGCCAAGGGGCUUGGUUAAGGAUAAAAAAAACUGACGUCUGCACGCGCAUGCAUGAAGCAACAUAUUACAUCUCUCUGCUGCUUUUGUUCAUUGAAGAAAAUCAAUGAAGCUUUUACAAGAUGAUACCUCCCACCGCCUGUAACCUCUCUUUUCUUCUGUGUAACCUCUGGUUCCUCGUUCCCGUGUCUUAGUGAAUGAAAAGAAACCCGACUGUUUUUCCAUUUGAAUUCUUUAUGCUCGCCUGUGCUGAUUUUAACUGCAGUGGAACUUUAGCGGAGCUUGUGCUGCAUGAGUUUUAAACUUAAUAUUUAGCCAUGUCCAGGAUCAAUUAAGAGGUCUCGACAUUUAGGUAUAACUGACUGUUACUGUUGAUUUCUAAUGCAAGAAGAGUUAGGGAUGGGUAUCUUUAGGAAUUUGUUCUUUUUUGCUGAUUUUCAUGUCUCUUAAAAUGAUAACAUUAAAGGGUUAUUUUGAAUUGGUGAUGUAUCAAAUAUUCCUCUUAUUUCAAUGCUGUUGUGGUUUUGCAGUACCAAGAUAUCAAAGGUUAAAACCAGACACGUGAACUGCUCUGCUGUUGGUCGGUCCCAACACUGGAGGACUAAAAACGACAGUCAUUACUUUAACAGACAACUGUUGGUGCGCUGUCCUAAACUAAGGCCCUGUUCAUGUGUACCCGGUUAUUUUUAAAAACAGAGACAUUGACCGUCGUUUGCACCCUUCGUUUAGACGCAAACAGAGAAUUAGCCUCUGAAAACGAUGCUUUUUAAAAACAGAGAUUUGGGUAGCCGACGGCAGAUUGUGCGCUGGAAAGAAGGAAGGGACGUUAUUGUUGUUGUUGCUGCUAUGCGGGAUUCUGAUUGGCUAACGUGGGCUUGAGCUUCUUGCCACACUGCCACCUAGGGCUGGUGGAUAAAACGAUAAUGACAUAUAUCGAAAUUUAAUUUCCCUCAAUAUCAAUAUAAAACAUGGUCAGUUUGCCUCUUAAUAGUCAGCACUCUGCCAUGUUUUUGUAAACUAUUCGAAUAGCCAAUGAAAAGGGGAUAUAUAUAUCGUGAUAAAUAUAUAUAUAUAUCAAUAUCGACUGCUAUGAAAAACAUAUAUCCUGAAAAACUUUUUUCCAUAUCGUCCAGCCCUACUGCCACCCAUAUGUUUGAUACGCUCUUGAUGGCAUAUAUACACGGGUUAGUGUAAAUGAAAACUUCUCUGAAACCUCGUGGUGUGCACGCAGUUUUUUUUUUUGUGAACAGGGAGGGUUAAAUGUCUGUUUAUGAAAAUAGCCGGGCACAUGUAAACAUAGUCUAAAUGGACCAACCACUUCGGGAUGUAACGUGUCGUGUACUUGCACUAAUUCUUCUGGAGUGCUUGCCAAGAAACAUAAUGCUUGGUACUGCCUUAGCUUCUUCUCGCCAUGUUGAUGUUUUUCCCACAUCUGCGUUUAUGAUAAGCAGUUUGUGUUUUUUUAAAUCUAUUUUUCAGUUUGCAAAAUUCGUUUUUAUCAGAUUCAAGGUGUAUUGAUUAAGGGGUUAAUUUUUUCCAGGAUUUUCUGAUUGUUUUGGGAACAGAAUGUCCUCGAUACCCAUCCCUAAUUACCAUGUCAGUAUGAGUAGGUUUAGGUUGACUCACAAAGCUGCCCAAAAUGCUCUUUUUCCUGCUUUAAUGUGAUAUUUCAAGUGAUGUUGUUUGCACCAUAUCUGCUGAGCCUUCAAUACCAACCACGCUUCCAUUUUCCCCACUCUCCCCUUUACCUGCUGUCUCUUCUCUCUCCUGGUUUGCUAGUGUCUCGCUCCUGGAUGGCUGGGGGUAUGGCUUCAGCUUUUCCCUCUUUCAGUUGUUUUUUUUAUUUAUUUUUUAAUAUUUUUUUAUGACUGCAAUGACGUCUCCUCGCUGUGGCAUGUAUCGAAGCUGUGCAUGCAAUCUUUCAUCCUCAGCUGUCUGUUUCUCUGUCCUUGACUCUCAAUCACUGUACUGUAUUCUGUGAAAAGGGGGAGAGAAAAAAAACGCACCCGGGGGCUGAACCGGCAAUUCUCUCUUUUUCACUUUUUAUCACCCUCAUCGGGCCACAUGUCAGUGUGUCACAGUGCUGUCACAUAUUGUUGCGGUGUUGAAUGCUUCCACUCAAAGACAGGGAGUUAAUUUGUGAGAGUCAGUGUAGAGAACAUUACGUGGAGUGACUCGGGAACACUUUGUGAAUUCGACACACUGGUCAUGUCCAUCAGGCAGAGAUGGGUUGACUAAGUGUGUGAAGUUGCAUUCUUGAAUCAUUCUUUUCUUUCACCAACAGUGUUCUUCAUUAUCUUUUAAUGAGUGACUUUGAAAGACUCGUUCACCCUAGACGGGUCAAUCAGACUACAGCUGUAAAGUAUCUGUUGUAUUCUCGGUGUUGUGUUGUGGUUGAACUCACUCCAAAAGUAAGGUUGAACUCACUCCAUGCUCACUAACCAUAUCACAGCAAUCACAAAUGAUAACCUCCCUGAUGUCCGCGAUUCACACCCAACAAUUAGACCCGAACGCGGCGGGAAAAGCAGCGCCGACUUAUUCAUCGCUGACAUCCUCCUUGUGUCGCUUUCAGGGCCGCUCAGUCAGAUCAAAUCCAGUCUGCUGGGAUCCACCUCCGACUCCAACCUCAACAAGUACAGCACCAUCAACAAGAUCCCGCUCAUCACGCUCAACUUCUCGGAGACCAACAACGAGAAGAAAUGCCCCUCUCCUCCGUCUUCAGAGAAAACCAUCAUCGCACCGAAAGUCAAAGACCGCACGCACAAUGUCACGGACAAGGUUACACAGGUAAGACGCAGAAAUACUCGCUUUAAUAGGGAGUAAUCACGCUUAUGAGAGAUUACUUCUGAAUCAGUGUUUGGAAUUUUAAUCCCAGAUAGUGUUUCGGUCCGUCUCUUCAUCGCCAAGUUCCUGGAUGUUUUAUCGUAGCUGAGAGAUGAGGAAAUAAAACUUUCAAUUAUUCCUCUAAAUGAGUCUCCAAAUGAGGCAUAUAAAAGAAAUUAGUCUCUAUGAUUUUUUUAAUUAUUCCGAGGACAUCAUCAUCAUUAUUAUUAUAGCGCUGCCUUUUUCAAGCGUGGCGUCUGGUUAAUUGACUGAUCAUCAUGCUGCUCCGGUCGGGGGGUCUGUUCAGGUCAAGCACGCUUUGGAUUUGGUUUGAUUGUCUGCGGUCAGCUUGUGGUCGGGUUCGGCCCGGUUCUGCUGAGGCUUUAGCUUUUCAAAAGAGAAAUUAAUGCUGGUCAGGUUCUGCUCCUUUAUUAUUAUGAGGUCCAAUGAUUAAGGUUUACAAAGACCUGCAGCGCCCACAAAUGUUCUGCUGUCAUCCUCGUCCAGGUGCCUAAUUUAUGCUGUUGCUACAUCUUUUGUUGCUCCUCUUAAGUGUCGUCUUUCUGCUUCGAAUGUGUUUGUCCUUUUUAAUUGAAGCUCAACAUACUGUUUGUUGUUUGUGAUAGAGGGCGACUUGGAACAGAUAUAAUCUGGCUUCAUUUUACAUUUAUUGGAAAGCUUAAGCACAAAGAGUCAUAAAUAUCUACAAAUGCCAAUUUCUUGUUGCACCAGUCGCUUGAUUUUAUUUAUAAAGGGCGAAUCUAAAAGCUCUCUUUAUCAUUAUUUGACAGGACUCAGAAUUAACCCUCCACUCGGCUUUAAUAGUUAUGAUAAAACUCACUUUCAGACCGCAUGAGUUUGGGUUUUUGCAGGUUUAUUAUGUUCCUCUUGGCUGUUACCCACAAUUUCCACCGCAUCCGAAACAGCUGCGAAAAGGUCGUAUGCGCCGAUCGCAGCUGAUCAUUUUCAUUCAAGUUAACGUGUCAGUUUCCACCGAUUUCUUUCUGUUCUGCUGCGGUUCAGCGGACUCCGCAGCCAAUCGCCAGGGUUCUAUGUUUUCCAGACGCCGCAGAAAUUUAGCUCAGAUGAUCCCGUGCUGGGAAGAAAGUCGGGCACAGACACAAAAUCAUACUUCACAUCAUAGACAUUUUAUACGUAGAUGCCUCAUCACCGCCAUAUUGGAUGGGUGUAGGAUUAAAAUUUGUUUUAUUUUUAAUGUGUGACAUUGUCCUGUAUUAUGGCUACAUGUUGUAACAAACCUAAGAGUGUGAAAAUCGGGCAGAGAUUCGCAGAGUUGUUAUCGAUCUGGUUGGGCAUUCCUAUCUACCUUAAUGGACUGGAGGCGCAUUGGGGUCAAUCCAAGAUGGCGGCCACGCUGAGAUGAGAGCUCCAAUAGGCAGCGUCAGGCUAUGAGGCGUCUACGUAUAUUAUGUAUAUUAUGCUUCACACCAUGCAAACGGGCCGGGACAAACAAGUCAAAUGUUAUCAGGCAGUAUUUCACUCGGUUGACACCAUGGAUGAGGAGAUGCUGAUUCUAGAAGUCUAGAUGUAGAUUUCCUCCUCCUCUGCUCAUGUGGUUAUGUUGCUGUCUUUAUAGAGACAACUCGUUAUCGCGCGAUUGCAUGUGAAUCUGCUGGUUCUUGUGAGUUCUUGUGAUUCCCGUUGUCCGAAGUCUGCCAAAAUUUGCCGCAUCUGGUAGGAAUUGGCUAGGCGCGAAAAUCGCAGCUGUUCCGGAUGUGGUGGAAAUUGGGGGAUGGCAGCUAAAAGUCCUGUUUGGGUCCAAAUGGAUCAUAGAUAGGCCAUAAGGUUGCUCUGUAACAAGGAAGUGUUUCUCAUCCACAUGACCUGAUACUCAAAGGAGUCUGCAAAUGGUGUUUUAUUUUGAAAUUUACCAGAUGACAUUGUCCCAUACUUAAAAUCCUGUCUAGGACAAUCUUCCAUGUGCAGAUUGAUAUGUGUUGGGUGCGUGCUCUGUCGAAAAAAUAGACGUAUCUUUAGCGGAACAACGAGUAGAAACGCUUCUGGGAUUGACUGAUAUGCGAUGCAUCCUGUGAACAAUGCAAGACCAUCUUUGGGCUUCAUGCUUGCCAAAACCAAAUGGUUGAAAUCACAGGAUUUACUAUAUGUCCAUUUUUUACACAGUCUAUGCUGUAGCUUUUUACCAAGCGGCAAAGGAACAGCAUUAACUCCUCUAACUGGAGAUCAGCAGGAAGAUGGCUGCAGUCCUCAUUAUCACCAUGUAAAGCUCGUUUAAAAACAAACGUCUGACUGCGCUCAGAUCAUGUCCGUGCUUUUCACAGUAUGCUCUCCUACCACGGCACUCUCACUGAAACCAUCACUCACUCGUCUUUCAUGAAGCUCUUUAUUGUGAUUGCUUCUGAAGCUGUGCUGUUACCUGAGACUAAGAAUAGGCAGUCAUAAAAAAACAUUAGUUGUCAUGUAAUUUAGGAUUAUUAAUAAUUCAUCCCUCUGAGCGUGGAUGAGCGAGGCUGCGCAUACUGUAGCAUUGGAGACACUGGAAUCCAAUACUAAGGGUCAUCAUUAUAUCAUUUGCUAUGAUCAUAAAUAACACCUUUACAAAUUGAGCUGCCGAUGGAGUCAGCAGAUUGCUUUCCCAUCCCCUCCUCCUCCACCACCACCACCACCUGCCCUCUGUGUGUCUCGGGAUGAUUAAUUGAAACCAUAGGGGCCUGAUACAUAAAACGGCCGAGGUGUCUAUCACUUGUGGCGGAUAAUCAGGGAUACUCUUACCGCUGCCAGACAGCGUGCACAACUCGGCCCGUAUUUCUUGAAUUACUGACAGGGUUAGAGGGCGUUCUCACCUUCCCCGCCACGCCUGAGAGGCAUCGCAGAGAAGACCAGAACUAUGAGUUAAUGUAUUCCCAAAAGGAGAGCGAGGCUGCCCAGAAACCACCGAUAAGGUCUUGGUUUUGCAUUAUGCUCCAUUAAUGGUGUAACAGAUAAGAGGGCAAGGAAAUUGACCCGUACACAGUCAAAGGCAACCUCAGCCCGGGACCACAGCGUCCUCUGUCUCGGCGAUUAAAGUCAUUCAGCUGCACAGAGGGCAGGCGUGCUAAUGUGGCUUCAAUGGACCUGAAAACCAGCUGCGGUGUGGCUUCUGCUUUCUUCGUUUGUUUUGUCUUUGCACAGGAGGAAGGCUGUAAAUUGGUGCAUUACUUCAAAGAUGCUGUUAUGCACCUGUCUCGUCUCGGCUUUGGUUCUAGCAGGGGGACAUUAUUCACAUCCAUCCCCUCUCUCCCUUUCUGUCUCUUUCUCUCUCUUACUCUAAGUAUACUGUUUAUCCCUCUCAGCUCCAUCGCUGCCUGAGUGCACCCACCAUUUUUCACUGAAACAGCCCCCGUUCGGAAAAUCUUCAAGCCUUGCAAUCGGACUGCAUUAAGUUGUCAUUAAGAACUAGAAAUACGAAGAGUAAAGGAGCUCAAAGUGGGUCCUCAUUUUGAAAAAACAGGUGCACCCUUUUCUGUAUGUACUAAAAGCAGCUGUAAGAUUCGGUUUUUAAGGGAAAUCCUGUGUUUGGAGAGAGAUUUUUACUUUCUGUGAGACAGUUUUUACACUAAAUCACAUCGUAUAAUUACCAAUGCUAAACAGCAGGACUUACCUGACUGCUGUUUUCAAGGAAGAGAGAGGGGGGACUGACUUUUGAAGUAGUUUAUUUGCCUAUUUAAGUCCUCUUAUACUUUAAACAGAAAACAGAGAGAAGAAUAGACUUUAGAACUGAUGUUUAUUUAUUGUGAAUAAAAAAAAUGAGUUUCUGCCUCUUUAGGUAAAUAAUCAGCUAAAUUUUUGUUUUUUUCUUUUCAGUUCUGUAAUUUAUGAGCUACUAUUAGUGCUACACUUCAAAAUAAAAGCAUAGUUUGACAAAUAUAUCAAGCAAGACAGAAAUGUUUAUCAAAAUAAAAGCAUAACAAACAGUUACUUAAUGAGGCAGUGGUCUCAUUAUAUCAUUAGAAAUGAUUGAUCACUUGUAAGUCAAUUUCAUUUGUUGAGGUUAUGAAGUGAUCUGUUGGUUCACCCUUGUCUUAUGUAUUAUCUGUCCAUUCAAUUAUUCCAUUCAAUCUAGUAAACGAAAAAUGAAAAAACGAGUCAAUAUUUUGUUUAUUUGUUUUUCUAUAUAACCAAAAAAUAAAAGAUUAGUGUUUGUUUUCGUAUUUUCAGUUAAAAACAGAAUAUAUAAUAGAGAUGGAAACGAAAACAUAUGAAUAAAUCUACUUUUCGUUUUCGGGUUUUUGAUGUCCCCAUUUCAAAGGCUAACCUGUUGUCAUGGAGAUGGAUGUAUCCUACGUAUUACUCAGAGUCGCCAGGAGGGUCACGCUGAAGGAGGAGGAUAUGACUGUAGAAAAAAUUACAACCAGAGCUCUAAGGCCAAUGUAGCCUCCAUGCACGUGUGCUCAAAACAGGCGAACUCAAACUCAAUAAUUGUAAAUAAGAUUUAUUAUUUCGUCUUCGUUUCCAUCUUUAUUAUAUGUUCAGUUUUGAGCUGAAAAUACGAAAACAAACACUCAUUUUUUAUUUUUUGGUCAUACAGAAAAACAAAUAAAAUAUUGACUCGUUUUUUCGUUUACCAGAUUGAACGGAAUAAUUGAAUGGAUGGAUAAUAUAUGGACCCCUUUCCUUAUUUUUCACGAUUAAUAUGACGAUAUUGUGACAAUUUAUGACCACUCUAUCAUGUCAGCCCUUGUUGUGACUCAAACUCUUGCUUUAAAGAAACAAAUUUCACAUAUUUUGAUUUAAACUCUAGUUUGUCGUUUCUGAAUGGAAACUCACUGUUACCUCUUGUUCGUUUUUUCGUCGUUUUGCAGCAACACGCUGAAAGUCCACUGGGGAUUAGACGGUUAAUGUGUUGUCACAAUGAUAUCUCUCGCUGCCUUGUGUUAACAAUUACAGCUCAGCCUAUAAAUUAGCUGUCAGAUGCAUGUUUCCCUGGAUACACUGGAUGCUUUACCACUUUGUCUUUCACCCUCCAUCUCUCCUGCUCUUUCCUCCACACAGCAGACUGUCAUUUCUGCGCGCUGUGUACUGCAAGCUGCUCAGCGUUAACGUUAUCAUAGUAACAGAGGAGGAAAAGUAAGCCUUGAGGGGGACCAUGCCGUUUCCCUAUCUUCCACAGUUUAGAUGUGCAAACAGCUCUCUCCAGGCACCUGACUGUGAGGGACACAAAGCGAGAGCAGAUGUCUUGAAACCGACUCAGGACUCCUGUGAGUGGAUCCGGAGCUGUGAUGAAGGCGUCUGAACAGACUCGCUCUCUCUUGGCUCCAGCCGCCUCACAGCCAGCACAGGCAGAUGGAGCGUCGAGCGAGGAAGCCGGUCUAAUAAUGAAGAAAACUCCUAUUCUGUUCUAGACGACUUAUUGCAUGUGCAUCUAAAUUUGAAUCUAUGGGUUAUCCGAAGUUGAACAUGAAAUCAAAUCAGCGCUACAUGCCUAAUGACGAGAGCCACGUGACGUGCAAACAGAAACAUGAAACAACACUCGGCUCUUAUAAAUAAUACUCUGGAAGUACGCAGCAAAAUGAACUGGAGAAGGGGAGAAAGCUAAUGCUCAUUUGCAUACUGUUUGAAGCCAAGCCAAAUGCUCAACCAGCCUCACAUUAUCCCACAGAAGAGAGAGUUUAAUUGCACCCGGCGCACGUAGCUACAGUAGGUAGGUUAAAUAAUUAAGAUGGGAUCUUUUAUUUAGAAACAGAUUGGCUGCAACACGUUAAUCCAGAGUUGUUAUUGUGCCGACCGAACGGCUCCUCCCAGGCGUCCCAGCAGGUCGAGCGGGUAAUGUAUCCACGCAUGCUGAGCGCUGCCGGCAGUGUGCAAGGUUACCAUCGUGUUUCCAGCUUCAAAACAUAAAAUGAACAUAAAGUUAAUGAAAUACGAUUAUUUUGUGAUCCCCCUUACAUCUUUGCUCAUCAAACAAAUCUCAAUCCAUCAUCCUAUGAAUAGUAAAAUGCGUCACUCAUUGUCAGCGUGCGGUGAAUCACACAGCGUGACACCAACCCACUCACAGUGGUCACACUUGUAAGAAAUUACAAUCAGAAUCUUUGUGCUGAUGGUUUUGUUCAUUUUUAUUGAUCAUACAGAGACACUCACGUCAAUUUUAGUAGGUUUCACGACCAAUUAAAAACCCCUUACUGUAGCUUUAAAACACACUCCACGACAAUGUUUUGACUUUUAUUACUGUUGCUGUUAGGGGUUGACUUGCAUUUGUUUGUUAGGGCUGAUACAGUGAAGAAAUGAUGUCACACCUCUAAAGCGUGUGGUCUUUUUAAUCAGACAGUGUUGUGGGAAGACAAUGUGGUCCAAGAAUAUAAUCCCAGAGAGGAAAAGACACAGUGGCAGUGGAGCCAAAGUCGCACACUCUUUAAUCACUUAAUUUUUUUGACCAUAUGUAAAAUAAAAAGCCAAUACAGACAAUCUGGCUGUUGCCAAAUAUUGGCAGCAACCAUCAGCCAAAGCCAAUAGUUGGUCGACUUCUUGUUGCUAUUAUUACGGCGACUUAUAUUGUAAGUUAUUCUGGUUGAUUUAUAACUUGGCUCUGCUGUUGUUGUCUUGAUUGCAGGACUUUUACGUUUUAAAGAUGGUAAGGGGUAGGGUCGGGAAUCACUAGUGGCCCCACGAUACGAUAUUAUCAUGAUCUUGACUACACAGAUGUAACAAAACACAGCGAUAUCGUUGUAUUCCCAAAUGUCAUCAAUAACUAAUAGCUAUUUACUGAUAUUAAAAGCUUUAUUGCAUAUACACCACAAAAAAAGAUGCUUCUUUAACAGAUUCCUGCCUACCUCACCUUUAACAAUUAAUUAGAAAAGAAUCAAUACUUGGUCAAUAAGAUGAUACAUCAUUAGACAAAAUAUCGUGAUACUAUAUUGUAUCGAUUUUUUCUCCCGCCCCUUGACAGAGGCCAGUCGCUCCUCGAGCUGCUUUCUGAUCUUUCUUGGUGUUUUGGCUGUAAAAGCUGCAAAAAUGUUCCACAGUUACAUCAGGCAGAGUGUCUCUGUUUUUGUGGAAGGAUUUGAUCAGACUGGUGCGAUCAGGUUGUUUGCUAUGAGAAUUAAUCACCCUUUUCUAAGGGGCGUUGACCUAUCAGAAUCAAGUCAGCUCAGUAAUGAUGUAAUUUAACAGAGGUGAGCGACCCGCUGCGGCAUAUCGGCUAUUUUGGAGAUAUUUCGCCGAGCCAGAAAAAGUAUUUAAACUCAACACAAAUCCUCAAGUGUGCGUCACUGUUUUCAUGUAACUUUUAACCAAAACAGCCACCCCUUCAGUGAAUUUAACGAAGUAUCCAGGCUCUCUACCUCUGUGGUCGUAUUCCCAGCUGCGUUUCUUCUUCUCUAACAAGAAUCAAUACAAAAAACAUUAAACUCUGCGCAGGAAAUAUUUGAAAGUCAGCAGCAAUUACAGCCUGACUUGUGACCGUAAUGAAAACAAGCAUUCGAAACAUCCGCUUUUAAUGAAGUGGCGGCCUGAUGAAUAAUAGAACGCGCUCCCCUUUUGUCCAUCCUUUGCUUUCUGAUCGAUUUCAAAGGUUAUCCCAUAUCAGAGGGUAAAAGCUUUUGACCCUCGUCACGGCGCAGAAGGGCAGGAGGUUCUUAUAACCAAUUCAGUUAUUAACACUUCAGCGUUUUCUCCUGCUAUACAUCAUCCUCUGUCGCCCGCCGCUCCCAUCUUGCUUACAGAACGCAACCGGGGCGAAGAUCCAAUAAGAUAACGCUAAAAUGGAGUCAUUUCCUGUCUAUUCUCAAUCAUUGGUCCUCUGCCCUUGGAUCUAAUGUUCUCUGUAUGUCUCUCUCCUUUUGCAUUCCCACCUUGCGGCUCCGGUAAUCAGCGGUGAAAGCUAUAGCCCGCCUGUUGAAGUGUCAGACACUCAGAUGAAUAGACGAAUCCUUUCCCUGCACCUAUAAUUACCUGCAAGUCAUCGAGACUCUUAUCCCGAAUGGUCCGUGACGCUGCUGCUGCUGCAAUAUUGAUGUAAAAACCUAUCGGGGUAUAUAUAUAUAUAUAUAUGGUAACUGCAAUAACGGAGAUAAUGAUAGAGACGUCCUGGAUCGCUGGAGUGGAUUUCACGUCUGUCCUCGAUGUAAAACACCGUCAGGGUUGAAGACGAUUCAUGCAGAUUGUGUUAUUCUAUAUUUUUCUACAAAUCCGCUCCUUUAAAGUAUAGAUUACAUAAAAACACAAUUACACAUAGUCAAAAAUGUUAAUUAUUCAACCAGAGGCAGUUGUUUUCUUACCCUUCACUAAACAAAUGAAUGAUUUAUCUGAAGGAGUGUGCACUAAAAGUCUCUUAAUCAUGCACGUUGUCUUCCAGUGUUCAGUAUUGUUCAGUGUAUUUUAUGGGAAAUUGUGCAGCAUGUACAGUCUCACUGCUGCAGUUCAGCUUCUACAUUUAGAUAACUGUCACAUCCACAGACACAACCUUUACUCAACCCGAUAGUCCGUCAUGUGAUUUAAUGCAAUUCCACGUACGAGUACACACAACAGUGUAGAGGCACAGAAAUGACAUGCAUGUUGGCUCAGGCUGAACUGUAUUUACAUUUGUCUGAGUUCAUAUCUGUAACUUUUAUAUAAUAAUAUUUUUAAUAGCAAAUAGGAGUGUCCAAAUACAACUGUUUCACCUUAAAUACGAUACCGAUAUUGUAGCCUUCAGAACUGGCCAACACCAAUAUUGAUUUGAUAUUGGCACAAACUUCUGCAUGACAAGUUUUGCACUCAGCUGCAACAUUUUUUUGGACUUUAAUGAAAAAUACUGCCACAGGGCCGACACAUCACUGCGACUCCUUGGUAAGAAGUUAAUUUGGAAAAGCCACACAGAAAAAAAAAUCCCUGAGCCAAUUAGCCAUGUAGUGGACAAGCUAGCCCCACCAAACAUCAGACGUCGAAGAGACGUGCAGAUCAAGUCAGUACUGGGUCGGUCCGUCAAAGAACACAUCUAGACGUCAGUGCGACGUGCAAAAUAUGUUAGAAAUUUUGACGUCCAAAUUUGACCUUUUUACCUCCUUGGUAGCGUUGGUUUGUUUGUUUGUCUGUGAGCAACUUUACGGAGAAAGUUACAGACAGAUUGACCUGAAAUUCUCACCAGAGGUGCGUCUCAGCCCCAGGAGGAUCCCAUUAAAUUUUGGUGGUGAUCUGAGUCGCCUUCUGGAUCCGGGAAUUUUUUGAAGGAUUCUUCAUCAUUGUGAGAUAGGGCACAUUUUGGACUCAAUGAGUUUUAUGAGGUGUCAAAGGUUGAUCCUGAUCCAGACAAAAUUCCGGAUACUGUGAUCCAGAACACACAAAAAUAAGGGUGUCGUUGGAAUUUUCAAUGCUGAAAGAUAACCAAUGGGCGGCACAGUGGUGUAGAUAGGUGGUACAGUGGUGUAGUGGUUAGCACUGUCGCCUCACAGCAAGAAGGUCCUGGGUUCAAAUCUCAGUCAGGGCAUUUCUUGUUUUAGGAACAUUAUGAACAGUGAACAUACCAGUUUAAACACAAAUAAAAGUUAAUAAAAGACACGUAACUGCGAGCUGCUUGGCGGAGGUCUGCGCUCUCCGAGUGCUUUUCUAAUUUAGACGUUGCUCUGACGUUUAGAAUUUGGAUGUCAUCUGAAGACCGAAUCUAGAUGUCAAAAUGGAUCCAAGAUUUAGACGUCAUUAUUGGACCUCUUUUAGACGUUGAAAUGACGUCCACAUUUGUACCUCAUCGUCGAAGAAAUACGUCAAAUAGAUGUCAUUUUGACGUCGCAUUGCGCUGUGGGGCAGAUUUACAGAAAACUCUGUGUCUCGUGAUAGAUGUGGAGAAAUCUGGCUGCCCUAAAAUAAAGCACGUAUAUGUAAUUUAAAGACGAACUGAGGAAAUGUAAUGCUGCGUUCGAGUUUCUAAGAAGGAAAAAUAUUCGGACAAGUGCUAAAAAAACUUUCGUAGAUGUAGUCAUCUUGUUCUGCCUCCGAUUUUGCUUUCUUCCCACUUGGGAACUGAAACUCUGGGAACUUGAGUGUGACGUCAUUUUCAGCUUCAACAUCUGACUUCUAAGGGAACUCGAAUGCAGCAUUAGUUCGUACCUUGGUACACACUGUUGUUGUGAUCACAUGGGCUCUACAUGCUGGAGUGGAGUCUGGAAUGGACUGCUUGUAUCUGAGUGCUGAUAUCGGUGAUUCUAGAUGCAGGCCGAUAUCAUCCGAUAUUUGAUUUUUUGUUGAUAUACCGAUAUCCGAUAUCAAUAUCGUAUCGGGAAACCCCUAACAGCAAACACCAGAAAAUGAAGGUUCUGCUUUUACAUUAAACACAUGACUUUGCUGUCGCCCCCUUCAGGUUCUUUCUCUGGGUGCAGAUGUGCUGCCCGAGUACAAACUCCAAACCCCCCGUAUGGACAAGUGGACCAUCCUUCACUACAGCCCCUUCAAAGCGGUGUGGGACUGGCUCAUCCUGCUGCUCGUCAUCUACACGGCCAUUUUCACGCCUUACUCCGCCGCCUUCCUCCUCAACGACAUCGAGGAGCAGCGGAGGCGGGAGUGCGGCUACUCCUGCUCGCCGCUCAACGUGGUGGAUCUCAUCGUGGACAUCAUGUUCAUCGUGGACAUCCUUAUAAACUUUAGAACCACGUACGUCAACAUCAACGAGGAAGUGGUCAGCCACCCGGCAAAGAUCGCCAUCCAUUACUUUAAAGGCUGGUUCCUCAUAGACAUGGUGGCCGCCAUCCCGUUUGACCUGCUCAUCUUUGGCUCAGGAUCCGACGAGGUGAGUCAACGAUUGAGUUACGUACUUCUCAAAUAGUAUCCUGGCAGCAUCUUUCUCCACACCUCAGAUAACCCAACGUAAACAAACGUGAAGCUCAGUUCAAUCAUCCGCUAACUCUGUCGGUUUGAGUGUUUUAUGACUCGGACAGUCUUGGAGCGAAACUGUUGCUGGUUUAAUCUUCAUAUUGGGACAUUCAAACUCUUGAUUGAUGAUUAAUUCUGUGGAGCUCCAGGGGACAAUUUGGUCAGACUCAUUAAAAAGCAGACGACACACAGUCAUUCACACAGUUAUUCAAUAUUUUGGAUGGAGACAGAAGGGAGGAACUGGCGAGAACCGAUGAUCCUGGGGGAGUUUUUUGUGGGGAAUGGAGUUUUAAUUGAUCCUCGUUUUUGUGUGAACCGCUUUCAGAGUGUCAGUACCCAGGUCCCUCUGAUUCGCUGUAGAAACUACGAAAUAAUUAACUUUGAAGGACAGGGGGUUUCUGCAGCUAUUUCUCGAACAGCAUGGUGCUCGCCUUUGUCUCAUGACACGCGGCUCUGCGGCUCCGGCAGUCAUAUUUCUCUGCAGUUUCUCCAACGCUCAGAUCGCUAAACCAAUCUGACGCCGGCUGUCACAUCUGCUUCCCUCUACUUUCUUUUCAUCAGAGCCAGACUGGAAGGCCGCCGGCAACCCAAAUCAGUUAAAAAGGUCUCAGCCUCCCAAACCGCUCUGCCUGUGAGAGACCACUUUGUUCAUCUAUGUGCGAGCGAGACGACUGAGAGAGAGAAGGGACAGCAAAGACCGCGGAUCUCAGCACGAAUCCCCCUACAAUCCUUUACUUAAUAUCCACUUCCUUACAAAUAUUGUUCACGCUAACUGAAGCGUCUUCAAAAAUGUGUUUCAAUCUCAGCAGAACGGUUAACAUCACGAAAAUGGUGGGAUCCUAAUUGAAAGAAUCGUCGGUGUAAUUGAUCAUGACUAAUGCGUUCCCUAAAUUAUCCCAAGAAGAGUAAGACGGCAGCUUUAGCAUCGGAGUAAAUCCAUUAAACUUGAGGCUCGUUAUCAUAAAAUGUUGACAACUUUUCAAAGCUGGAGUUAAACAAACACGAUUGAUGACAAAGUGUUGACUUUUACCAAAAAUUAAAAACCAUCUCGAUCAAUCCAUCGACGUCAUUUAUGCUAAACAGCUCCCUGUCGACUAGAUCAACAACCAAGAAGUCAAAGAAGUAAUCAUCAUAACGGACAGUAGACUGGACCGGUCCAAACUGUUACAUGUGGUGGCCCUGAGGUGCAAAACACAACGGCAAAUUGGACACACAACAGAAAACAAGAAAACGCAACGGCCAAUAAAAAAACACAACAGCAAAAAGAGAAAACACACAAGCAAAUAAAAGCAAAUAAAAACACAAAAAGAGAAAAAACACGACAAAUCAGAAAACACAACGGUAAAUAAGAAAACACAACAACAAAAAGAGAAAACAACCACAAAUCAGAAAACGCAACACAAAAAAAGGAAAAAAUGAAGACAAAUCAGAAACACAACGGCAAAUCAGAAAACACAGAAAACAUGACGGAAAAUCAUGAAAACACAAAAAGAGAAAACAAAACAACAAAUCAGAAAACACAACGGCAAAUAAGAUUACACAAUAGCAAAUAAGAAUACACAACGGCAAAUAAAAACACGAAACACAAAAAGAGAAAACACAACACAAAAAAGAAAACACCAUGGUAAAUAAGCAAAUAAGAAAGCACAACGGCCAAUAAAAAACAAAACAGAAAAUCAGAAAACACAACAACAAAUAAAAACACAACACAAAAAGAGAAAACACAACGGCAAAUAAGAAAAACCAACACACACAAAAAAACUGUAAAUCAGAAAACAACGCAAAAAGAGACAACACAAUGAGUCAUUAUGUUUUCUCUUUUGUUGUUGUGUUUUCUCUAUUUCUGUUGUGUUUUCUGAUUUGCGGUUGUGUUUUGCACCUCAGGGCCUCCGUAGUUACAUGAUAUUUUUAUCUUGACAGUGUUGAAUUUGAUGAUGUACCAAUUUUGUGUAAAAUCCACUCAGUUUGUGAGACCGGCAGCUUUCUGCAAAUAAACACUGUGUGCUUCCAGGGGUUGUUCUGUUAGAGGUACAGUGAAUUUUUCGAGACUCUGUGCUCUAGAUGAAGUUAAUCUAUGAUGAAAACCAGUCUUGAGAGUUUUCUUGUUAGUGAUCACUCCACUCAGACUUUGGUGAGACUUCCAGUUCAGAUAUCAUAAAUGGUGUCUACAUCAUCAAGCCAAACUCCUAAAGGCUUAUAAACACAGACAGCUGUAUAGUAAGACACUCAUAGACAGCCCUCCAGGUUGUUUUUGUGUGGAGGUCAAGGCCCCGGUGUCGCUCCAUUUAGUCUGUGGAGUCAUUAUUCACCAUUAGGGUUUGUGCUCCUGUGAGGGACUCCAUGGCUGCGGGCUGGCAGUGAGUGGCAGGCGCAGAAAGCGGAGCAGACAGCUGAGCGACAACAAUGCACAAUGUAUGUCCUCGUCAUAGAGCCAGACGACUGGUGCACUGACAGAAUGUGUGUUCUGGUUACAGCUUGUCGUCCAAAGCGGGCGGUGACAACAAAACGAGGUAUUUUUAGCCCCUUUAAAUCAUGAGCGGGGACUGAAAUAACACAUCCAUGAUCAGUUUUAGCUCCCGUCUUUUAGAUGUGUUAUUUUUGCUUUUUGUGCAGAGACAGGAGACUAUUUUUAGACUUCAUCUAGUGCACCUUUGUUGCCUGGAAACCAUCACUGACAAUAUGUUGGAUUUUUUCCUUUUUUUUGCAGAUUUCAUUAGAGACAGCAGGUUGAAGUCUCUGGUGUCUGCGAGGGGUUGUAGCUUUGCAGGCAGGCACACGUAAAGAAAUAUCGUGGUGCUGGAUUUACCUACUGGAACUACCGAGCUCCUCCAUUUACAUAUUUUUCAUAUCAGCGUCCUGUUGGUAUUAAAAAGGAUAAUUUGCAUACCUUGUCUACACUCACUUGUACACACUGUUAAGGUUAUUGCAAAUUAUGGAGCCUGAAAAUUUGAUUAAAACAAAAAAUUUAAAUAUUUCCCCGGUCAGGGUUGAGCUGACUUAUGCAGACAAACGAGUGCAACAAAAAAAUGUGAAGUAAAGCAGAAAGUCUAAAUGCACGAGUAUUUUUCUUCAUUAAGAGAAGAUUCUUUAUUUGCCAACAUUUCGGCACUUCUUCAGAGUUGUUCACAUCCAGGAUCAUCACUUAAUUAACUCUGUCUCUGAGUUAAAUCUUUGUUGUGCUCUUAAAUAUCAAGCUAGAUUUCCUGAACUUCAUUGAAUUUCAUGCUUGAAAGCUUUGUUUAUAUUUCUUUUACAGCUUUUAAACUUGCUCAAACGUCUUUGUUUUGCAGUUAUAUAUGCUGCACUGUACUGAAAAACGCACUCUGACUCUAUUACUCGGCAAAAAACUGCAGCAGCAGCUAAACUAAGAAGAAAGAGGAGGCAGAUUUGUUGUAACAAGCAGCCCCCUCAGACUCACUUUUGCCCUGCUGAGCUGCACACGCUCAGAACAGACAGUUGUCUUCAAAAUUCUCAGUACACAGGAAACAAUACUGCUGUGCGCAGUUUGUUUUGUUUCUAGUUACGUGAAGAAGCAGAAUAUUUUAGGCUUCUUCUUUGACCCAUUUAGCCUCAAUAAAUGGAGAAUAUAAGGACUAAAACUGCAGAUGUAACAUGAAAGGUUUGCAUGACUGUGAAUUUGAAAGGUGUGGCUUGUAGUGACAAAUCCACAGAGAAUAAUCACUAACUUAUCACUAACUUUGCUUUGUAGCUAAACCUGUUUUUUAUUAUACAGGACUGUAAAAGGCGUGUCAACUUCGAAGCCGCAACAAGGAGAGCUGAAUGACGGCACACAUAUCAACGUAGGGCUGGGCGAUGUAGCCUCAAAUCAAUAACGAUAACGAUAAAUGGACUAGAGCUGCAACUAUCGAAUAUUUUAGGAAUCGAGUAUUCUACCGAACAUUCUACCGAUUACUUGAAUAAUUGGACCCAAACGGCAGAAUCACAUAAAGUUAGAUUUCCUUUAGCCCUGCAAUGAAGGCCAGACUCGGAGAAAUAGAGGACAAUCGCGGAACAAGUGUGUGCAUUAGCGGCUCGCAAUGCUUGUAAGAAAGCUAAUUAUGAUAUUAACUUUCGUCAUGUCCCUAAAGACAUUAGUGUCCGAGAGCUGAAUAACUUCUUUGUUACCCGCUUCUGCUACGACACCAGCAACACUGCAAGAAAAGCCCCUCUAAUCAUUUAUUAUUUUCGCUCCACAAAACCUCAACAGCGCUCACUCCUCCUUCUACCGUGGUGACGUAAGCGCAUUGUGUCACCCUCAAAAGAAUCUGUGCGAAACAGUGACGAUUUGAGCUUAUGAACGAGAACUCGAGGCAGAGAAAAUUCCUCGUUCAUUAUUUGUAAUCGAGGGACUCGAGGUAUUCGAGGAAUCGUUUCAGCCCACAAGCUGCUCACCUCCUCCAACAUUAACUUCGUCUACUUCAGCCGCUCCAACUUUUGAACCGUCCUCCAUCUCCUCACCUGUCUUUCCCUCUUUGUUACGGACUGGAUGGGGUGGAGUCACAUCUCUGACGUAGGACAGCGUCUUAAAGAGACAUGAGACCAUAGCCUACCUACACACAUCUAAAACAAGGAAUAUCCGGACAUGGGCGAAAUGACGUCGGUUAUUGUCGUAAAUUUCAGUAUUAGUAAAUGUUCAGUUUAUCGCCCAGCCCUAUGUCAAUGUCCUGUUCACAUUAUCUGCUGAUUUGGGCAGACUUUUCAAUAACAUCAUUGUAAAAUCAAUAUCUAUUAUCAGUUCUUGUCUGUAGUCGGUUGCAAGUGCAUCACCCCUUACUCUCAGCUCCCCUGCAGUCUGUUUGAGUUUUUUGGGACACUCUCACAGCUCGCAGUGCUGCUUUCUGCCAGAUGUUCUCAGUGACAAAGCUCACAAUAAUCACUCCAUCCCAUUUACCCAGAAGCAGACACAGUAAGCAGCAAGCUAGAGAGUAAAGUAGAGCAUUCAGGAGCUGAAGAGGCACAUUUUUGCCUUUGUGGACUGUAACAGAGCUAGAAAGAAAGAGGUCCAAAUCUUCAUAUACAGCUUCAUGUUUUAUGAGCACUUUUGUACGUCAAAGGACAGCAUCUUUUGAGGGUGUGAUAGCGAUGUCUAUGCAUCAAAAUCCCACUUGACCCUUGUUGUUUUCAAGUGGCCGAGCUCGCCUUGAAAGCCUGAGCGGCAGAUGGCCAGAGGGAUAUUCGGCGGAUGUGUUUCAUACAGCCGUUUCCUAAUGGGAGCUUUAGCCUUCCCUCCUCAGCCUCAAACGCCUCCGACUUACUGUAAGUCCAGAUUUUAAUCAACAUCACACUGUGUGGGCCACAUCAUCCAGCAGGUGCUGUGUCAUCUCGCGGAGUCAAGGUAGCGCACGCUCAAAAGAGCCCUCAUUCACGGGAUAAUUUAGGGUUCAUCCGCUCCUGCGUGUGAUUCAUUCACUGUUCGCUCAGUUGUCAGUGACGGCGCCCGCUGCCCGGAUGCUCUGCGGUGAAUGAUGGGAGUGAUUUAGGGGUGAGAUCGGGAGGACGGGGGCUCUUUAAUUGACCUAUCAGACGCAGCUACAGUGCUCUCCCUCACCGUGACAGAGACACACUCUUCCCUCGUAUAUCAUCUCCGUUCUGAAAAAAUAAAUCCCACCUCCCUCCGUCUUGAAUAAUCCCAGUUUCUCACCUGUUCGCGGAGCCUAAAUCAGCGAGUAUAGAUGUGAGGAAACACAAUUACUUCCAGAGGCUGCAGGUAAUGAUUUCCCAGGGGGCAUUAGGGUAAUUGUCAGCCGUGAAAGGGAGUGGUAGGACCUAUUAGUGGUCUGGAAGUCUCACUCAUUGUGUUUACAGAUUACACAACACUAAUCGAUGUCAUGACGGUAUGUUUUCGCCCCUCUCCUCAAUUGCACUAACUUAGCUUGUGUGUUAAUUUUGUUGGAAUAAAACUCUGAGACGGACGGAUUAAAGCGCUUUAAAUUAAAAGUGUGAAGAUGCUGUUUGCAUUCUGCUGGCUGGUUUUGAGAUUUCGACAGAGGUUCCAAACUGCUGAGAUUUAUUCUGCUGUUUAUAGUGCCUUAAACAUCUGAAAACCGACCCUGGCGUACCGACUUUCAUGAUCCGCGCAGCCAAAGGCAGUGGCACAUAAGUCAGAGAAGCCGUGUUGACGCUGAGAGAUGCUGCCGAGACCUUGAAACAUCUGUUUACACCAGCAGGACUGAUCCACUGUCUCGUCUGUGAGUGGGAUGUGUGAAUAAGAUGAAGCAUUCUUAGGCUACAUAUGUCCUUGAAGCUUUAAUCCUAAAGCCGGUCGAAACCCCGUGACCCAGACCUUAACCCUUGUUGCUCACAGAAGACAAACAGCUUGUUCAUUUUGAUUGUAGAAGAAAGGUUGUAUUUCUGUGAUGUACUUAAUAACUACUGUACAGAUUAAUUCUGGACGAACUCCCAAUACAAACAGCUUGCAGUACAAAAGAUCUGUGUGAAGCAGAGGGCAGGAACAUGUCCAAAUGUGCAGACGGGCUCCACACACCCCCUGAUGGUCUGCAGUUGGCUGGAGUUCCCUCCGUUUACCAGCCAAUAGGUGGAAAAAGAGGAAGAACAGGAGACACUCGCAGCCUCGGAGGCAGCGGCGCCCCAUAAAUUAGCACUUAUUAACAUGUUAGCAUUCUGGUUGUGUUUCUGUCGCCCCAGACCACCACUCUGAUCGGUCUGCUGAAGACGGCUCGCCUCCUACGACUGGUGCGAGUGGCCCGAAAGCUGGACCGGUAUUCAGAGUACGGUGCUGCCGUCCUCAUGCUGCUCAUGUGCAUCUUUGCCCUCAUCGCUCAUUGGUUGGCGUGCAUCUGGUACGCCAUUGGCAACGUGGAGAAGCCUUACCUGGAGCAUAAGAUCGGCUGGCUCGACAACUUGGGGGUGUCGAUAGGUAAUCCUUUUGGACUUCGGGUUAAAGUUACACUUUUGUCUACUUUAUUGUCAAAUUUUUAAUCGUUUUGUUUGCAUUAUAGGAAAAAAAUACAACUACAGCGACCCCAGCUCAGGCCCGUCAAUCAAAGAUAAGUAUGUCACAGCGCUCUACUUCACCUUCAGCAGUCUGACCAGCGUGGGCUUUGGGAACGUCUCCCCGAACACCAACUCCGAGAAGAUUUUUUCCAUCUGCGUCAUGCUCAUUGGAUGUGAGUGGCAGCUGAGUCACAGAACAUACCGAAUUGAACACUGUUGUUAUUUAUACCGCUUUAAACCUGACUGAAUAAGAGCCAACAGGAAAAGAAAUUCUGUACAAGGCUGUUGAACAUCCACUGUCAGACUUUUGUGGUAGAUUUUGAUGUUAAAGGGAUAUUCCGGCGUAAAAUUAAUUCAGGGUCAAACACACCGUAACACCAAGUUAGACACCCACCCUUGAGACAUGAAUGUUGCCGACCACUCUAUAGCCACAAAUAAUGUUCAGAACAGCACCUAACUUCAUCAAUAGGGUCCCAGCCAUAGUACUAGCCACCAAACAUCUUUUUAAUUUUGACUUAUUUCUUUAGCAAAGAGACUAAACACAACUCACCUACUCUCUUCCAGCAGCUGCUUGUUUGUAGCAAGACCUCAGGCGAGUCCAUUGCGAACUGCUGCAGGGUGACGCAGCUCAAGGAAGAACAUUUAUGAUCAUUUCUUUAUGGAACUGCAAUCAGACCGAGACGUCAAGGCAGAAGAACUACCGCAUCUGCAGUGAAAAUGAUUAAUAUGGUGAUUAUUACUUCAAGGAAAUGAUAAAGAAAUGAUCAUAAUUGUUCUUCCUUGAGCUGUGUCACCCCGCUGUAGUCUAUAAUGGAUUGGCCUGAAGUCUCGCUACAAACAAGCGGCUGCUGGAAGAGAGUAGGUGAGUUGUGUGUUGUCUCAUUGCUAAAGAAGAGUGGUGUUUUGGUUGAGGUUUGUUUAUGGCUCCUUAGGCACUGUUUUUUGCUAUCCUGUGGUCGUUACUAAAGAUGGAAUAACUAGAGAAGCAAGCGGUCGGCAACAUUCAUCUCUCAAGGGCGUGUCUAACUCUGUGUUACGGCGUGUUUGACCCUAAAUUAAUUUUAAGCCUGAAUAUCCCUUUAAAAUGUUUUUCGUCUUUGAAUUUUCGAGGUAAAUUCAAACAAAAUACCUGUCACAUGUAUAUGAUUGAUACAAAGAGAAAAGGAAGGAAGAAAUCUUGUAUCUGAGCAGCACGGCUCAACCGUCCCCUGUAUGGCUUCUCUCCCAGCUCUAAUGUACGCCAGCAUCUUUGGGAACGUGUCCGCCAUCAUCCAGCGGCUGUAUUCAGGUACGGCCCGGUAUCACCUCCAGAUGCUCCGAGUCAAAGAGUUCAUCCGCUUCCACCAGAUCCCAAACCCGCUGAGGCAGAGGCUGGAGGAAUACUUCCAGCACGCCUGGACGUACACCAACGGCAUUGACAUGAACAUGGUACGUAAGGGAUUGUGUUUUCCAGCGUGUCUUUUCUUUUAGUCUUUUGACUUCGAUGCUAACUUUAAGUUUGUUGUCAUUUCUUCAGUUCCUCCUCUUUUUCCAAUACCUUUUAUGUGAGUUUGAUGUUUUCAGAUACCCUGUCUUUAAACUGCUCUUACCACUUUGUGAGGCAGUAGUGCUAUGUCGUCGGCAUAGCGCAGCAUUAACUGUGCAAAUGCUCAGGCAUAGCCACAAGUGAUGGAAAGCCAGCGUCGCUGCUUGUUUAUUCAGUAACUCUGGCUUUCCCUGUCAUGAAACUGUUCAUGGUACUUAUAUAAGUUUGUCUUUUCCAUGUCUGCCUCAUGUCAAAUGGAAUGACCCCACCACUCUGGUAAGAGCAGGAGGUACAUGUGUUAACACAACUAAUGUUGAUAUGAAUGUUCCCCAGUGAUAGAUCUGUUCCUAGCUCAUGUUAGCUGUGUUGUUAGCAUUUAGCUAGUUAUCAAAGACAAGUAUUGAUAUGCACUUGUUUGAUCAUCGUGCAUGUUAUUGGAGGACCCCUUAUGUCUUAUUUGUCACACAGCUGACUGUACAUAUGUGAUCACCAUAAUGUCAACAUUUGCUGUGGUGCAGAAUCAGAAGUGAAUUGACCAGUGUUGCAGUACAGGAAUCAAAGACCUGGACUCGAUUCAGACUCGAUUUCUGACUUGACUUUUACUUGACCAAGGUUCUUCUUUGAUGACUAGGACUAGGACUACACUAACUGUACCGACUUAUACUCAAAUAAUGGGGACUCAUUUGUACCAUGGCUUGGACUUGAACUUAAGGUUUGACUCGGACCCAAAACCAUGUCAUGGGGACUCGUCUUCAACAUGACUUGGACUUUGCAAGAGUUCAUUUUCAGUGUCUAUAACCUAAAAAUAAGAACUUUGAACUUGGGGGUUUGUAUUAGACUUGACUUGGACUUGACAAGGAGCCUGUCUGUGUUACAAAGACUUGGAAGACUUGGAACUGGACUCUGAUUUCAACUCAGGUAAUGGGGACUCGUCUUCAGUUUGACUUGAAAUGACUAGGACUCUCCUUUUUUGAGGACGAGGCCUAGGACUACACUAACUGAACCAACUCAUAUUUAAAUGAUAGGGACUCAUUUGUAACAUGGCUUGGACUUGGACCCUGAACCAGGUUAUGGGGACUUGUCUUCAACGUGACUCAGAUUUGACAAGUAUUCUUCUUUGAUGCAAGACUCAACCUUAAAUUUGAUGCAGAUAAUGAAGACUCGUCUUAAACUUGACUUGGACUUUGCAAAGAUUUUUUUUCAGUGACUACAACCUAAAAAUAAGAACUUUGAACUUGGGGGCUUGUAUUAGACUUGACUUGGACCUGACAAGGAGCCGGUCUGUGAUACAAAGACUUGAACAUGGAAGACUUGGGACUGGACUCUGACUCAGGUAAUGGGGACUCGUCUUCGGUUUGACCUAAAACGAAAUUAGACUUGACUUCUUCGGGGACAUCCUAAAGAGUAAGGACUUGGUAUUCAACUCCAGUCUGGACUCAGGUAACAAAGACUUGACCCAGACUUGACUCGGUGAUAAGGAUUCUUCUGGGGAGGGGGACUUGCCCAAUGAGGACCUUUGACUUUACUCAGACUUGACAAGAAGCCUGUCUUUGUUACAAAGACUUGAACAUGGAAGACUUGGGACUGGACUUUGAUUUCGACUCAGGUAAUGGAGACUCGUCUUCAGUUUGACUUGAAAUGACUAGGAUUCUCCUUCAGUGACUAGGACUUGACAAUAAGGAAAUGAGACUUGACUCAAAGUCUUACAGGGUACUUCUUUGGGGGACAAGUACAUUAGAUUGAGGACUUGAGAUUCAAUAAUUGGGGCUUGACCAUUAUAAACUCGUGGCUAAAGACUUGAGACUUGACUCGGACUCGAGGUUUGGUGACUCGACUACAACACUGGGAUUUACUCUAACUGCGCAUGUAAGUCAGUGCAGGUAGCACACACAACAACAUGCAGGUUCUCCCCAGGAGACAUGAAUUGUGUAAGCCGUAGAGUUGCACGUGUCCUGCCUCCAGGUCCCCUUUUAUUUGCAUGAAAUCUGUGUAUUCAAACACAACCGCCACGCUAUUCAUCUGGUACCAGAGACAGAGUGAAUCACGCCUGUGAGAGUGGGCACAGCCUCACCGGGGCGCUGCCAGGCUUCCCUCCUACCGUGGGAGGCUUGGCUGCACGCUCCGCGGUGGCACCUGCGCUUGCCAAAUGUUGUUCAGUCUUUCCUUUCCAAAUCUACUGAUCAGUUUGUGUCCCGAUCAACCAAAAAAGCGAGUUAAAGCGAGAAAAUAAAACAGUCUUCUUUUUUUUGUGCUGAUGUCAUUAAAGUCACCGCACUAUAUAAAAAAGAAACGACUGUGUUGUGUUGAUCCAGCUGUCCCGUAUGUGUCCUUGUCCUCUCCCCUUAGUGUUUGUUUAUGUCGACCCAGGUUCAUUAGUUGUUUUGUCAGUGGUCUUUGUGUCUUUGUCUUGAAAUGGUAAGUGCUUUUAAGCCUUUUUAUGCAUCAGAAAGUCCCUACAGAUACUUUUAAUGUGAAAAUAUAGUUUUCACUGUGUUUUUUAUAGUCUUCCAAGCUAACUAGGGUGUGUAGGAAUGCUAAGCAGAUGACAGUUUGAUCCAGUUUCAACAUUUUUAUUAUUAAAUCUGAUUUUUUGAUUAUUCUUAUGAAUGUUAAAGAUUUUUUUAAGCUAAGACAGAUUUGUUUUGCUCUGUGCUUUGACAGGAGACUAGUUUCAUAAUCACAUUUAACAAGGCAGUGAAUAAUCUUAAAAUUAUCUCUGUCAUAGUUGCACAAAAUAAAAAGAGACGUUAAAAAUAAGGAACUUGUGUUUUUGAGUGUGUGCUGUCGUUGAUCUGCAGCUUCCAGGUCUCUAAAUGUGCUGUCUUGUCUUCCUCUAAAGCUGCUGCCAAAGGAGGUAAAGUGUAGCUCUCUUCUGCAGAAAGGCAGGUUAUUUAUACUGCAGGGUGAAAUGGGUUUUGAGAAGAAGGAAAGAACACAAGUGGCAAUUGUAGCAAAAUUCUCUGGAAAAUUCUGUCAAUUUGACCUGCAGUUUCACCCCAAAGUAAAAUCCAACACACUCUUCAAACCCCUGCCAUCAAAGCUGAGCAUUCAGAACAAAGACUGUCCCAUCUGAUCACCUUCACGUCUGCUCUGACCCGUGUUUCACUCUCAGGUCCUGAAGGGUUUCCCAGAGUGCCUGCAGGCAGAUAUCUGCCUCCACCUCAACAAGAACCUCCUCCAGGGCUGUAAGGCGUUUCGCGGGGCCACCAAGGGCUGCCUGCGGGCCCUGGCCAUGAGGUUCAAGACUACCCACGCCCCGCCUGGAGACACCCUCGUCCACGGCGGAGAUGUGCUCACCGCGCUCUACUUUGUCUCACGUGGCUCCAUCGAGAUCCUCAAGGAUGAUGUCGUGGUGGCCAUCUUGGGUGGGUCUUGUUUACGUGCCGAAGGUUUUUCUGUGAUUAACUGCUUUGUGUUAAUUUGAUCUCAGAUUAUCUCACACUGUUACCGAACAUAUAAAUAUUUGUGUAAUAGGGCUGGGCGAUAAACCGAAAAUUUACAGAUACUGAAAUUUACGACAAUAAUUAAUGUCAUUUUGCUCAUGUCAAUAUAAGCGGUGUCAAAACAAUAAAUAAAAGUUGUUUUUGGAUGUGUGUUGGUAGGCUAUGGUCUCAUGUCCCUUUAAAGGGAUAUUCCGGAAUAAAAUUAAUUUAUGGUCAAACACCGUAACACCAAGUUAGACACCCCCUCGAGAGAUGAAUGUUGCCGACCGCUUGCUUCUCUAGUUAUACCAACUUUAGUAACGACCGCACGAUAGCAAUACACAGCAGUCUGAGGAGCCAUAAACAAACCUCAACCAAAACACCACUCUAUAGCCACAAAUAAUGCUCAGAACAGCACCUAACCUAAGGACAUAUAGGGUCCCAGCCAAAGUACUAGCCACCAAACAUCUUUUUAACUUUGCCUAAUUUCUUUAGCAAAGAGACUAAACACAACUCACCCACUCUCUUCCAGCAGCCACUUGUUUGUAGCGAGACCUCGGGCCAGUCCAUUACGGACUACAGCGGGGUGUCACAGCUCAAGGAAGAACAUUUUUGGUAAUUUCUUCAUGGAAAUACAAUCAGACCAAGAUGCUAAGGCAGAAGAACUGCCGCGUCUGCAGUGCAAAUUGAUUAAUAUGAUGAUUAUUACUUCAAGGAAAUGAUAAAGUAAUGAUCAGAAAUGUUCUUCCUUGAGCUGCGUCACCCCGCUGUAGUCCAUCAUGGAUUGGCCAUGAAUAAAUCAGGCAAAGUUAAAAAGAUGUUUGGUGGCUAGGACCCUAUAUGUCCUGUUGAUGAAGUUAGGUGCUGUUCUGAGCAUUAUUUGUGGCUAUAGAGUGGCGUUUUGGUUGAGGUUUGUUUAUGGCUCCUCAGACUGCUGUGUAUUGCUAUCGUGCGGUCGUUACUAAAGUUGGUAAAACCAGAAAAGAAAGCAGUCAGCGACAUUUUCUCCCGACGGGGUGUCUAACUCAGCGUUACUGUGUGUUUGACCCUUAAUUAAUCUUACGCCGGAAUAUCCCUUUAAUAUGGGAGGGGGUGAGCAGCUUGUGGAGUAGUUAUCGUCGAGUUGAACUGCUCAAUAUAUCGUGAUAUUGAUUCGAGGCCAUAUCGCCCAGCCCUAAAUUGUGUAACCACUGGCUGAGUUUGACCUCUUUUGGCAACUGCUAAAACUACAGUCCCGUCACAAAAACUUCUAGUUGGAAAUAUUAGUGUUUUUACACUUAAAGAAUCACACUGAACAAGAAACACGUUGUAGUGAGUCGAGUUUGGAUCUUGAGCUGCUGUAUCCCAGGCUUUCUACUACACACACACACACGGACACACACAGUUGAAAAGGCGUACAGUAGUUUGUCUGGCUGUAGGAAAUCAGAUCUGAGGCUGCAGGGACUGUCAGUGCUAAACACCAUGCAUGAACAAACUUUGUGACAUUUAUUCGCUGUUCCUGUUCACAGAACGUCUAAACACUUCUUCAUUAGCGCCGUGAGUUCUGUUGUCGAGCGCCAAAACACUUCAAAGACCUGUCUGAUGGUCCUGUCAUUCAGCCCGGUUAGCUCUGCCUGAACUCGGCUCCAUUAGCGCAGACGCGUGUAGGCCGCCUAAAUGAAGAUGGCUCCGCCGUGCCGCGAUACAGCCGGGCUGGCAGCUGAGACCCCCACCGGCUACAUUGUAAUAGCUUACUUCAAAGAACAUCACCGCCGCUGCCUCGCAAACGCGUCUCAGAUGAACGGCGAGGAUUGGAAAGAGUGGGGGAGGACGCAUGGUGGGACAGAGGGAACAGAGAAUCUGUGUUUGUGGAGAAAAGAGGAGCAUGAUUGCUUUCAAAUAGAGAUGGAUGACAGUGGAAGCAAGGAGGGACGGAGAGACAAGAGACGGGGCGAGGAGGAAAGGAAAGACAAGAAUCCUGAAUCAGGAGGGACCCUUCCUCCUCCUACUCCUCCUCCUCUUCUCUACACGUCUUACUCCAGGUGUUUCCUGCUCAGCCUUUUACGCAUUUGUUCCUGUUUUCAGCAGCCAAUAAGGUUUGGAGAAUCCUGGUGACAUAAUAGGGUCAUGAUGAGCAAAAGGCACGGGUGUAGAAGCUGUAGGUUAACACACAACUCAGCACUUUUUCUUUGCUGCUGGAAGAAAAACUGCUGAUGACUCCGUUUUCACACGAACAUGCGGCACCGUGUUUUCAGAAGGUCGCGUGUUGAGCCGCUUUACAACGUACAUGAACAAAGGUCAUGGUGUGACCACAUCUGCGACAAAAACUGUAUCCCUCAUGAAACCACUCGCUUUAUCGGAUUUUGUCUCAAUCAUCGAGCACAAAGUAUCUACUGAUAAACCGUGAAGCAGUUUUAUUUAACCCUCAGCACUCCCAGCUAUAUUUUGACAUUUUUGGUCCGCCUGUUUGUUUUUUUGGAAAAAUCUAUGUAUCAACCCGAUCCUUUCAAGUACAGUAAAUAUAUACACAUCUUUUUUUUUCAGGAUAACCCCAGCUGUCAGUUUAUGAGUGUAAAAAUGAUGUAAAAUGAAUGUGACAGUAGAUUCAGAACCAUCGAAGUCAACCAAAAACAAAAACGGAAAUUAAUACCAGCAGUACUUUGCUUAAAAAAACACAUAAAUCUACAGUGACCGAGCCUUUUCUCACCUGCAUAUCAUUCUGUUAAGUCUUGACUAUCAGGAGAAGAAAUAUUGGGAUUGGAACAAACACACAAAAGAAACUAUUGACAUAUUUACACUCAUUCUUCCAGGCGUUUUUUUUUACUUUUUAAAGUUGUUCAUACCACUCUUUGAAGCAGUUCCUGUCUGGGAUGAGACAGAGGACCUCAUUAUACUGCUCGUAAUCUCUUCUUUGCUUGUUUCCAAACAUUGAGGACCAUUAUUUCUUAAUUUGCAGACAAGCGAGGAACUUUCUUGUCUCUUGUUGAUCUUUGGUUGUCUCUUAUUGGACACUACCGUCAAGAGAAGAAGAAUAUGAGACAGUGUAAUCGGUCGAAAGUUUGACAGAAAAAGACGUCACCAAAACAGUUUGUCAAACCUGGAAGACAUUAUAGCGAUCUUUUUAUCACAACAAUAUGAUAAAUAGUAACUAAGUAAGUAAGUAAACUUUAUUUGUACAGCACCUUUCACAGACCAAGGUCACAAAGCGCUUUACAGUAAAAACAACAAAAAAAACAAAACAAAAACAAUACACAGUUAGUAAGUACAUACAAAGCUAAAAUUUAAAAGGCAAAAACAACACCAUAGCAACCAUAGCAGCCCCAAGACAGUUAGGCAAAAGUCUGAACAAAUAAAAAAGUCUUUAGUUCCCUUUUGAAGGAGUCAACAGACUCCAUCGAACGCAGAGCAGGCGGAAGAUCGUUCCAGAGCUUGGGAGCAACAGCCUGGAAGGAUCGGUCUCCUCUGGUCCGGAAAUGAGUGUGAGGCACCAUCAGAAGAUUCUGACCCACAGACCUCAGAACCCGGGCUGGGGUGUAAGGCUGGAUCAGAUCAUUGAUGUAAGCUGGAGCCUGACCAUGCAAGGCUCUGAAAGUUAAAACCAGAAUUUUAAAAUUUAUCCUAAAAGAAACAGGCAGCCAAUGAAGGGCUUUAAGAAAUAAUCAUGUUUUCGACGGUAUAUCACCGCAGAUUUACCAUCAAACGUCUUUGAUCAGACACCUAUUUUUGUGGCUGGAUUGUAAACCUUGUGGCAGGCGUAGAAAUACCUGGAAACCCUCGAUAGAUCGGCAAAAAAGUAAAUGUUUGAACACUUUUUAUCCCACAGAGAUACACGGUAUAGUUCCUAAGAAACUGUAAACAAUAGUAACGGUGUCACGUGGGAUCGCCUGCGAUCCAGCAGAGUUUUAAGUGUUAAUUCGAUUCAGUUGAAACCUGCCACAACACGCUAUUGUUGUGGUUUAAUUUCCCACAAUGCAUCAUGAAAAGUCGAGUAAAAUUGAUAGAGUCACUAACUGAGCAGUGUAAAGGUAAACAUCAGCAUCGAAUGUUUGUUCAGGUCCUUUUUCUGAUUCCAAGACAAAUCCAGGACCUUAGAGCGGUCUCAAGAAAGUCUUCACUACUGAGCGUUUCAGCGUUUUGAUAUCAUUUCGUUUCUUUACUGUCUGAAUUAUAUCCAAACGCUGUUAAAACUGAUCUUUAUUUGUCGUAUUUGACCCUGUGAUCCUCCGCCGCUGUCGCAGCAGCAGCAGCAGCAGCGAGGUAAACCCUGCGGCGGCUCCAUGUAGGUCACUCCAAACUAAACAGAGGCAGGAGGGAAUGUUCGGCCGGUGUGACUUCCAUGCCGACACUCUGGCGUUGUGUAAAUCCUGUUUUAGAUGACUGCCAUGGCCUUUAGCCCUUUUUAACAUUCGCACGCUCUCUGCCAGGUGGCGUGUUUUUUUUGUAGGUCAUCCCAUCGCUGUUAAACACCAUGUCCUCCCGCCCGCUGACUCAAAUAAAAGUCACCUCUUUGUCUUGUGUGGAUGUUCCUGAAAUAGACGAGGAGAAAAAUCCUCAAUUAGCUAAAAGGCGUCUUAUGUUUGAUCCCUUCUCCUCCACCUCUUCCCCGUUUUUCUCCCCGUUAGGUAAGAACGACAUUUUCGGCGAGAUGAUCCACCUCUUUGCCAAGCCGGGGAAAUCCUGCGCGGACGUCCGCGCCCUGAGCUACUGCGACCUCCACACCAUCACGAGGGAGGAGAUUCUGGAGGUGCUGGACAUGUAUCCGGAGUUUGCCGACCAUUUCCUCACAAACUUGGAGCUGACCUUUGACCUGCGGGAUGAGAACGCAAAGGUAUCCUCGAGCCGCUCGUAUCUGGUUAUGGAUCGGAGUCUUAAAUGUAGAAAUCAAUCCGCCGUCUUGUAAAGUAAGGGCGCUCCAUUAACUCAGACGAAACAGUCUAUUCCUCGCCCGUAUCUCUCCGCCGUGUCCACUUCAUUCCAACGAACCUCCUUUUUAUUAAUUCACUCGAGAGCGCUGUUUUAUUCAUGGUCGUGGGAAUGAAAGCACGAGGGCCGGUUUCGACAUUUCUUCUUUAAUCUUCCGUUUGCUGGAAGACAAAAGUGAGAGAUAGAGAGUAUUAGCGGAGCUCUGAGGGUGGGGUGGAUCGAGCCGAGGCUGUGUAAUUAUGAUGAAUGAAGCGCAGUGGGAAGAUUUGUAAGGCCCGGGGCAUUAUGUGAAUGAGAGUCGGCAUUAGUCGGUUGUUUUAUUUAUCUCCGAACAGAGCGGGGAGUGCACUUUGUGUCAGCGUCGUGUUAUUUAUUCAGACAUGUGGAGAGAAAAAAAAAAAACAGAUUGAGAUGCAUGAGAGGAUUCAGAGAGGAUUACUUCAGAAACAGGAGAUGGAAGUGGUGUGAGGAGGUUAGCGCUGAUUGAAACAGAGCUAAUUUCACCUGAUGUGUGUGGAAUAUGGAAAAGAGAAUUAUAGGUGAGGUUUAUGGGGUAAUAUUCAAGCCUUCUUUUCUUCUACAGUUUUCUUUCAUUUCUUUCUAACAUGACCGGGACCUGAGACUUGACUUCGACUUGCAAAAAGUGACCAUCUCUGGCUCAGAAAGGAGCACAACUUUGAGUUUAAUUCAGUUUCAUUACCUGUUAACUCAUUCAGUCCCAGGUUCAUUUAUCCCUUUAUUGCCUUUUGUAUAAUAUUUGAUACAUACUUUAUUGAUACUUCUAUCAAAUUAAUAUGAUCAACAAAUUACCAAAAAAAAAUUUUUUAAAAACACCUGAUUUAUUCUAUUUUAUUUACCUGAUUUUAUUGAUUUAUCACCUGAAUGAUAAAUAAAUAUAUUGGUUGAAUUUUAAGGACAUUUUGAUUUUUUUUUUUUUUUAAGUAGUAGGUGAAAUAAACAUUUCAGCUCCAAAAACAUUAGAAUUUUCCAGCCAUAAUUUGUCGUUUUAGACAUUAAAAGGUUAUGCAAUUUUCACUCAGUGCCACCAUUGACCACAAUAAAAAUUUCUGUGUAUUUCAGGACCCACAGAAUAUCAUGUGCUUGGACUAGAAUUAAGUGCAAUAUCUCAAAAGAAAAGGGUGAUUCUCUUCUUUCACCAGAAUAAAAAGUUAGUCUCUAACCCACUCCUGUGUUCAGUUAUUGCCUGCUCAAUGCAGCGUGGUCACAUCAUCUUUGCCGAUCUUGAAAAAGAAACCUGGAAAAGACAUUUUUACGAAGGACAGACUUUGAAGCAGAACUCUGAUCGUCUGUUUCAUUUCACUUCAAACUACUUUACCGAUGAAAUCAAGGUCCUCCCUCCUCGGACACCACUCCUCAACACUCUCGAGGUCCGAUUGUGAUAGGUCACUUUGAGAUGGCGUCCUCCUUGCCAGGACUGUCGCUGAAUUCCGGCUCAGUCUCGCUCACCAGUAUCGGCACCGGCGGCACAACGACACGCCGGAAAAUUGUUUCUUUGAUUGUCUGCUGAAGAUGUGAGGGAUCUCCACUGGAUCCAGAGACGGUAGCACCGUGCUCAUGCGCCGAGACCGUUAGCUCUUGGCUAGUGACUUCGGCAAUUUACAGCUCACCUCAUAGAGUAAAAAACACUCCACAACUAGGCUAACUGGAACACUUGAUGGCGCACUUCUCACUGGCGAGUAAUUGUUUUUGUUACUGUAACGUGGUUAUGGCGUAUUUGUCGGCUCUCUGCGUUCAGAACGACCCCAAACUUAGUUGCAUGUUGGGAAAGAGCGCCCUCUAGUGGAAAACAAAAAAAAAAUGAAAAAUCCGUCAAAAUCCGUCAACAGCACUGAAUGAGUUAAAACUCCUCACAGGAGCUUUAAUUUGAUGAUUAUGGGAUUCAUACAGAAGUAGAUACAGCAGAUUUGACAUUUGUCUCUGCUCUGUUUCUCUUUAUUUUUUAGGAUAAUUAAUCAUUCAAAGAAUCAAAAAAGGAGCAGAAAAAAGCAUCAAAAUGAAAUGAAAUGUCUGACAAUUGUUUGACACGUCUGAGAAUAAAAAGAGGGAAAAAUAACAGGCCCACACAAACGAGUCCAAGUUCUUUAGUCAAGACGAUUUGACGUUUCGACUGAGAAACUGUCAUUUCAUUCCACAUGGUUUAUUCUGUGCCUCUACUUUCUGAUUACAGACUGAUGCCGACAACGAGUGUCCAAGACGAGUGUCCUACAGACGGAAAUCCUCCUCAGGUCAGUGUUGUUGUUGAAUCUGACUGUAACAUCCCAGUCCCUCUGUAGCGGCUUUGCAGAAACAAGACCUCGGAGGCGGAGCUUCACCCUCUGUCCCCCUUUUGUCUGAGCACAGGUGACGUCAUCUCAGCUGGAGUGUUUACCUGUUACUGGCUCAGACGUGUGAACCGUGUGUCAAAUUGGAAACCAUAAAGCGAGUCCAGGCUGGAACCUGUGAGCUCACCUCGGCUUUAUUAGGGUCGGGUCCACGUCUAUGAAUCGACCGCCAAGUUAUUGACAAAGUUAACUCACUGAUUUGAUCAUGUUUAGAGUGUAGAUCCCCACUUAGAGAGAUCUAUAUUCAUGUUGUGUCGACAGUUAAAAGACCCUCAAACCAAAAUUAACAAAAUGUUCUGUAAUUUUCGGACCAUGAGGCGCACCGGAUUAUAAGACGCACUAUGAAUUAACGUGUCGAUGUUCACACAUAAGGUGCUGCUUUCACACUGUGAUUUCUAAAGCGCACCGAACUUUCCGAGCAGCAUCACGUGUUUGAAAGGAGCGCUCGUCGAUUGGACAGAGUAGGAGGGGUAUGUAACCUCACGGAUUACAAACAGGGGUGGACUAGCCAUCUUGUAUUGUGCUUCGUCACAUUAUUUCAUGAAAUGCUACAACGUUAGUGAGCGCAACUGUUCCUAUAAUGCUAUCGUAGCUUGUCAGGGAUUGAUCCUGUUAUUGUUCUAACUUUGACGAUCUAACAUGUGACGACAUAUGAGCUCCGAGUUUAAGGACUGUGACUGUUGGUAGCUGUGAUUUGAUUUUGUUGAAAUACGCCAAAUUGUGAAUUUAUGGGUUAUUGUUGUUCAGACAAUUGAGCUAAGCUAGCUAGCAACUGCUAAUGUCAGCGCUCACUUGUUGCCAUAGCAACAGGGGACGCCGUGCUUUCUCUACCCAAUAGCGUAUAGCGUCAUUACGUACAUUUGGUCCUGUGUUUGGUCCGGUGAGCUUUCACACUGCAUACGGACAGAACCAGGGCUCACUUGCAAGCGAACCGAGACCCACGUUUUCAGGCGGAUCAGAGUUCGGAUGAGCUUUCACACCUUCGCCCAAAGGAAGCGGGCUAUCCGAGGAAAUCAACUGUGGUCCGUUUGAAGCGGACCAAACAGCUCUGGUGUGAAAGCGACCUAAGUAAACUGUACGCUGAUCUUUGGAUGAGGAGAGUUUGUGGUGUCGUGGCGGUGACUGAGAGUGGAGCAGAGAGACGCACAGAAACAAACCACCUUCCUGCUUUCAAGAGUUUAGCAGAAUAAUCAUAAAAAGCUGCUUUUUCUCCUUCCAUCUUACUUACCAAUUGAAAAGCAGAGAAAUAAUAAUAAUACUUGAAACAUGCCGGUUUAAAUACUAAAGCUGAAUAUCAUCCUAAGUCCUACAGUUACAGCGCACAAAAGACCCCACAGACAAAAACGACUCUUUUUGCUGCUUCACAGAUCACAGCAGGGUCCACUUGAGCUCGGAGCUCCAAACACGGCUUUGACAAGAUCAGGUUCCCUUAAGUGUCAGAUCUUUUUUUUUCACCUUUGAAUAAACCACCUGUCUGGGGUCUGGAAGUGGUCUCAGAUUUCCUCUCGUCAUGUUACGUCUGGUAAAUCUCUCACUAUAAUAGGAUUUGAGUCGAGGAUGAUGUGAUUUAAACCGAAGCUCUAAAAACCUGCGACAAUAAAUCCUGAUUAUACGCUGAUUGCGGACGUCCCACUUCUAAUUUUCUCAGCGUCUUUUAUGAAACUCCCCUCAGUACCCGUGGACUGAGGUUAUGAAAUCUCCACUGCAGAUAAACACGUUGGCCCUCGCGCUGCGGCGGCGUUCCGCGUGUCUGAGCGACUCGCGCUGAGGGAACCGUUGUAAUUUCGCUCCGAACAGCCCCCAGACUUCAAGACUCAGAGACGGAAACGGAGACGGAGCCUCGGCACAGCAGCACUCAGCAGUUUGGCUUCGAGUCAAGCAAAUCUAAUUGGUCGCCAUGGUUACGAGGCUGUCUGAAUACAGUAUCUCCUAAUAUAACUCAGGCAAGGACACCUAACAGUCCAUUUCACAGUCCAGCAGCCGGCGUAUCCUGCCUCCAUCCAUCAGGUGUGAAGAUGCAGACAGGAGCGUGACUCACUCUCUCUGUUGAAGUGUAAACACACAUUUAGAGACCGAGCGACACGACAUGAUCAAUCCAAAGCACUUGACGAUAUUAAAGGCUCCCUCUUCAACUCCUUUAACAUUGUUUGUCCUCGUCUGAACCCCAGAGCGAAACACUCGGCACCUGUUGUCAGAGAUAAUGAGUCAGCCACGACAUCCCCGGAGGGAGUCUAAAACAGAGGAGUCGGUGUUCCCCCGGCAGAUCUCCUCCUCAUUACCGUUUCUCCCCGUAGGCGCCCACAACAAGGAGCCGGCGGCCACCUACUGCGACGCCAACCUGGGGAGGCAGCUGUACGCCCCCUCGGCAGCCGAGGACAGGAGAGAGUCGGCCGCAGAAGAGGGGGAGGACGAGGACGAAGAGGAGGAGGAGGAGGGCAGGGAGGAGGAGGAGGAGCAGAGGCCCCUGUGUUCUGGUGUGCUGGGAUACCCGGUGGUGAGGGACCACACCCUGGGCCUCGGGCUGAGCGGCGCCGCAGACACACAGGCGGGAGAGAGCGCGCAGAGUCAGACCUAUAAAGGUGAGGACCAGGAGGGCAUCUGAUGGUGAACUGAUCUUCUGUUUUAGCACAUGGGCUCAGGUUAGCUUAGCUGAUGUCAUUGAUUUGUUGCUCUCCCACAAACAGAUGAUAGUUAUAGUUACAGUAAAAUUAAUUUAGGGUCAAACACACUGAGUUAGACAUCCUGUCGAGAGAUGAAUGUUGCCGACCGCUCGCUUCUCUAGUUAUACCAACUUUAGCAACGACUGAUAGCAAUACAGAGAGCUACGCACUCAACCAAGACGCCACUCUAUAACCACAAAUAAUGCUCAGAACAGCACCUAACUUCAUCAACAGGACAUAUAGGGUCCCAGACAUAGUACUAGACACCAAACAUCUUUAUAACUUUACCUGAUUUCUUUAGCAAAGAGACUAAACACAACUCACCUACUCUCUUCCAGAGACCUCCAGGCAAGUCCAUCGACUACAGCGGGGUGACGCAGCUCAAGGAAGAACAUUUAUGAUCAUUUCUUUAUCAUUUCCUUGAAGUAAUAAUCAUCAUAUUCAUCAUUUUACACUGCAGACGUAGUUCUUCUGCCUAAGCGUCUCGGUCUGAUUGUAUUUCCAUGAAGAAAUGAUCAUAAAUGUUCUUCCUUGAGCUGCGUCACCCCGCUGUAGUCGAUGGACUCACCUGAAGGUCUCGGUAAAAACAAGCAGCUGCUGGAAGAGAGACGGUGAGUUGUGUGAAUUAAGAAAUCAGGAAAAGUUAAAAAGAUGUUUGGUGUCUAGUACUAUAUGUCCUGUUGAUGAAGUUAGGUGCUGUUCUGAGCAUUAUUUGUGGCUAUAGAGUGGCGUUUUUGUUAAGCGCGUGGCUCUCUGUAUUACUAUCCUGCGGUCGUUACUAAAGUUGGUAUAACUAGCGAAGCAAGCAGUCGGCAACAUUCAUCUCUCGACGGGGUGUCUAACUUGGUGUUACGAUGUGUUUCACCCGAACUUAAUUUUACGUCGGAAUAUCCCUUUAAGGACUUGGGGGCGCUCACACCAAGCACGAGUAAAAUCAUCUGCUAGCUUAAUUCGCGCGACUCACAAGGCAUGAAUGAAUAGCGUUUCCUGCUUCAUUCACGUGUCAACUAUAAUUUCAACGGUAACCCCUGCCAUGCUGAUUAGUUAUCGUGAAGGGAAUAUCCACUCAAGCUGAGAUUCGCCCAAUUCGCGUCAUUCGCGCCGCCAGAGUAGCAGGAGCGUCGAAUCGCGUCUUUACAUUGACUUAACAUGUAAUUCAUUCGCGCGAAUGAUUGUACUCACACUUGAUGUGUGGAGACAUCUACACUUCCUCAGCUCGUCUCUAUACUACACAUACAUGUUUUGUUUUAGGGCAGCCAGAUGUCUCCACAUCUAUCAUGAGACGCAGAGUUUCCUGUAAAUCGGCGAGCUCGUCCUCUACAUCGCUAAUUGGCUCAGGGAUUUUUUUUUUUUGGUGGCUUUUCCAAAUUAACUUCUAAGCCCCAGAGGAGGAAUGUCACACCUAUUAAAAAUCCAAACAAGGAUUAUGUGUCAUUACGGUGAAACCUCAAACCCACUCAGUAAUAAAAACCUAAGAGGAUUAUAUCCCUCCAACCGGCCCGAGGUCACCCCCUUUCCAUCGUAGGUCACGGCCAAAUACAGUAAAGUCCAGAUUUUACGGCUGUAUCCGUAGAUUCUCAGAUUUAUAGUAUAUCUCUUAAAUAAUUUCUGCAGCGAGUGUAAAAAUCGAGCGCAGUGCUGUGGCACAGUUACACACAGACAAAACAAGAGAGUUUUGGGAUCCUCCCGUGGAUCUCCGAGAUGUUUAGACAGUGAGAGCUGCAGGCUUCGCUGAGCAGUUUCAAAACAAAGAGCCGCGCGGAGGGAAGAAAUCCUCACUUUCACCGUCUGCCUGCUGCUGCGCGUUGACCUCGCACGACCUCCCAUCGGUUCGAAGCGCUUCUGACAGCUUAAACCCUGUAAAAUCACUGCAAACGCAGCAGAAGCAUUCACCGCAGGACUCCUUUUGUUUUAACUGCCAAGUGCGAUCCUCCUCCGACACGGGGAACACCGUGUCGUACCAGCGUGUUGAUUUGAAAGUAAUAUCCCAUAAUUCAGCAGCUGCGUGCGGCCUUAAGAGGAUUUCUGCAGGAGAGGAGAGAGCAGAGCGAUGACAACAUACAGAAAGUGUCGAUUUAAUCUCUAAACGCCGUUUACAGGAAGAAGAAUGAGGAGUGAGGCGGGGAGUGAAAACUCUCAGGGUCAGAUGUGUUUUGAUGCGAGACGCUAAGCUGAUCAGAGCUCGGUAAAGCUGAAUGAUGACACGGCACAACGCGGGGAAACGCUUCCCCCGAGGGCCACUUCUAAUAACACACAUCAUUUACCUCACGUGUCUUUGUCCUCCCCUUCAGAGCUCCACGCAGAGGAGUGGCGUCCCGACGAGGCCGCGGAGGAGUCAGCGCAGUGUCAGGAGACGCCCGCCGGGGAGGACGACAGCGACUCGGAUCUCACUUACGGGGAGGUGGAGCAACGGCUGGACCUGCUGCAGCAGCACCUCAACAGGUGGGAGGAAAACCGUCUCCGCCUCCUUAACGCUCGCCAGGUGGAGCUCAGGUGAACCCAGCGGCGUCAGGGUGAUAUUUGUCAACCGUGAGCGUGCAGCAGCCGAUGAUCUGUGGCCUUGUUUACUUAAUCCCCUCUCAGGUUUUAGCUCAGAUCCCAUCAUAUCAUUGUUUGAAAGGAUAAUAUGAGAAUCAGGCGGAAACACACCUCUGAUGGGGAAACUCCGACACAGAUCUGUGCAUUUUUACUUCUUCAUGAGAGUUCGCCUGCAGAUGAAGAGAAAAAGGUGUCAAAGUGAUUUUUGCUCUAAAGAAAAAUGUGUGAAGUCGGCUAAAAAUACACCCAGGAUGACGUCAUUUUAGUUAAAUGUCAGCCGAGGACUCCUGAAAGAGAAAGUCUCCUGAACCUGUGGAGUUACAGAGAUGUAAGCGGACCAGACCUUCUGUCUCAGCUCCUCGCUAUUUUAAGGCGACAUCAACUGCUUGUAGCUUUACACAUCCCCAAUCUGUUUGAAAUGUUGAUUCAGCUGCAUCCUGGGUAAAAAAACGCACCAGUUAUUGACAGUGAGGAAGAGUAAAUAAGUUCCAGCGAGGCGAGUUUAUUUAUAAAGCUGCAUUAAAAGAAGUAUGAUGUUAUAAAUUUAAACCCGGAUUCAAACAGAGAAGUUGUGAUGAGACAAAAACGUCGAUAGAAGCCGAUUUAAACACAUCAAAUGUUAAAAAAAAAAAAAUUUUGUUUAUGAAAAAUAUCUGCUGGUUUUAAAUGUGAUGUCAGAAAUACAAUGGGUCUAAAAAGAGCAUUUAAAGGGGCUGAUCCUGCGUUCCAGUUGUACUCAGAAGUCGGAAUUUCUGAGGUACGAGUCGGAAAUUAAUCUGUAACGCCCCCCUGAAGUCGGAUAAAAGCUCUCGUAAUGUUUUAUUUAUUAGCACUUCUCUGUUGUUUUUCGUCUGUGUUGUUCACCGUCUAACUGUGAACACACUGCUAUGGUGUUCGUAAGAGUAAAAUACUGUAUUAUGCGUUGUUUACAACUGGUAUCGCUAAACAACAAUAACAACAAAUGACAAUUGUUAACAACAGCUAAUUGUUGGCGUCCAUCUUGGUUUUCUGACUUCUUAACUGGAACAGCGUCAAUUUGGGUGUAACGUCAUUCCCAGCUCCGACUUCCGAGGUUACUGGAAUGCAGCAUUAGUCCCUCAAAAGUGAAGAUGGAAAGAAAUUCAUCACUAGAUAGUGAAAAGGUGAACCAUAGACUGUAUCUACUAUUGACAACUUGGCUCCGCCAUCCGCCUGUAUACGAGUUUGAAGCCAAAAAGCUCUCCGUAUUUCUGCGAUUUUUCUUCAUUUCCUGAAACCAGCAUUGCGCUGUAGCGUUGUACACAUUCGGCGGGAGAGUUGCUGUGAUGACACUCGGCUCAAACAGCGUAUCCCCCAGGUGAGCUACGCAAUCUCUAAACGCCGACAGGCUGUAUCAGGUGUCAAUCAUAGAAAACAUGAACCCCCUCAUUUUAAAAACGGAGCUUCACAGAAAAAAGAGGACUUGAGCACAAACCAGUCUGACUGUAACUACAUGACAACAUCACAACCAGGGGGGAGAAAAAUUAUAUCCUGUGUAGUAAAUUUCCAAAGUUUGUCCACAGCUCCAUAAGCUUUGCUUGUGGAGGCGGGAUUUAUAAACUAUUCUGCAGCCCGUCACCAGAGGGUGCUGUUCUCGGAGUGGCUUGACCCAACGCGGCAACGAGGCAGACAGCGUCCAUUCUUUGUACAGUUUUUGAGUUAAAUAGAAUAACGUUACGGAAUUUAAGGAUUUAAUCUAAAAGAAUGUCACUAAAAAGUUCUAAUGAAUACCAAAUGGCCCUUAGGUGGCACUGCAUCAAAAACAGACAUGACUCUGGAGUGGAAAUCGCCACAUGGUCUCCAAAUCUCUAAAAAAAAAAACAUGUUCCACACUUCCUUUGCCUAAUUUUUGUUAAAUGUGUUGUGAUGAGCAUAUAUGUUUCAUACAACAAUAAUAGUUUCAGUUUCACCAUUUAAAAAAGUGAAUUUUUAAUCAGUCAGUGUCAAUGUCACCUUUAUUUAUAUAGUACAUUUAAAAACAGCCAGUGGCCUACCAAAGUGUUUUACAGUAACUAUAAAAACUAUAAAAACAAUAAAAGCAUGUAACAUAUAAAAACAUCAAACAACAAUAUAAAAUACCCAAUAAAAGUAGCUGUACUUCCCCAAAAGCUGAAGUGAACAGGUGCGUCUUCAGAAGUGUUUCAAGUAUUUUAAAAUAAAUUUCAGGGAUUAAAUUAUUUGAAAACCUUCAAAAUUUGUAUGAAAGAAAUAAAGGAGUAAACACAGAAGACAGUAAAGGGAUUAAAUCAAAAUACUUAAAGGUUUAGAAAAUCCAAACUCUGAGUACUUACUGAGUUGUGUUUGUCUCUGUGUGUCUCCCAGUGUUACACUUCUCUGAGUCAGACUGAAGCACAGCCUCACCUCCCGGUUACGAUCGUUCCUUCGAUUUGGGGUCACAGUUCUCUCCGUCUGUGUCGGGCUCAGCCUUAAGCUGCCGCAGAAACUCACACAGGGAUGCUGCGGUGUUCUAAUACACCCACAGUCUGCACACACACACACACACACACACACACACACUGUGACACAUAGUUAAAGUAAUGGUGAAGUUUGAGAGGAAAGUCUGUCUGCUUCGUUUGUUUUUCUCCUUGUUUUCAAAGUCGUCCUCAUUAACAGAAGUUUAAUUCCUUCAAGUCUUUCAUUCUCAGUCGAAUAAGGUUGAAAUUUAGUGGAAGAAAAGUGAAAUAAUUCUGCUUGUCAGGGUUUCAAAUGCAGUCAUUUUAUAACCGUCAAUCAUUGAGCAGCGCUGUGAAGCUCUCUCUCAAUGAUCCUGACCUUUUGAUGACUUCACACCCUCUCAUCCAUCCUGUUUUCCUCUUAUUUUCUCGUCUUUCUCCUCUGUCGUCUCUUUGGAGUUUACAGAACGAACCCCCCUGCAGUUCUGCCUUUAUAAUUAGCAGCAGAGACAUUUUAAAGCAGACACCCGCAGUAGCUGUCUGAACGCGGGGAGCGGACCGCGUGAGCAGCACGUGUGAUGAUUCUCGGCUGGUGCACUGAUAGAGAUGAGGGGGAGGCAGACAGGCAGCGGCGGCUGUCUAUUUAUAGCACUCAGCCACGAGAUGCAGACACAUUGCAAAGACUCUUCAUCGACAUCAGGAGAGGUGAGGGUGCAGAGUCGUAGAGCAGUUAUGGAGGUCAUGGUUCAUCCAUUUAAACAGUGUUUAAAUGUGUACAAGUAGAAGUACAGCCGCUGCACCACCUCCAACCUUCAUUCCAGGGAGUGAAGCCGCAGCCAAAGUGUUUAUUUGCUCUUAUCGUCCUCUAAAGAGACAAACAGGGACUUGGCAAAUCCACAGAGGCAUCCCCUCUGCAUUGGAAACUCUCCUCCUCCUCCUCCUCCUCCUCCUGCUGGGUUGGCUCUCUCGGCCCCUGUGUCUUGCUCUAAGAACAGGGUGUGUAGAGAAACUAUGAUUCACCGUCGGACACGCCUGAUCCUUCUGAUGUAACUUGCUGCAUUAUGUGAUUACACACGGUUGCAGGUGUUUGGUAUCGACAAAUUCAGGGAACGUAACCCACCACCUUUGCAUUUCUCUCUGUCUUUGUUUGGUUCGGUCGUCAUCUGGUUUCCCAUCAUGUCUUCAACGCCAUCGUCUGCGUGUCUGUGCACUGUUGUUGUUUCUGAGCCAAAAAGUAGGGCAAAAGAAAACAUCCAUCUCCAGAUGAAUGAUGGUUUGAGCUGAAAUUAUUGAUCCCUGCGGUGAAAUUAGGUCACAGCAGAAACAAGACAAAUAGACAAACAAACAUGAAACCACAUGCACUGUUUUAAAGCGGAAAGAGAUGGCUGUAAUCAUCAUUGGCGUUGUAAAGCAUCAUUAGGCUUCAAAUCAGCUGUUUUAGCACCAACGACCAAUCAGGAUCAAACAUUUCCAUGUCUUAUUCUCUGCGUCUAUCAGACUGGAGUCCCAGAUGACAGCAGACAUCCAGGCCAUCCUGCAGCUCCUCCAGCGGCAGACCACAGCCGGUCCUCCCGCCUACAGCACAGUCACCUCCAGUCCUGAGUACCAGAGGCCGGCCAUCAGGGUCCAGCCGGUGUCUGCCAUCCAGACCGAGCUCAGCCUGGCGUCGCCUCCUCCUCGACCACAGGUACAACACGCCCCGUCAUAGUUAGUCUCGUGUUCCUGCGUAUUUCGAGAGAUCUCUUCAACACCAAAACCUCGUCUGGGUUGCUUUAUGAAAACAAAGAAAAAUAGAGUCGAAAAAUGAUCUCAACUGUAGAAGAAACCUCCUCCAUAAGAUCCAUUUGUGAAGAGCGUUUACGUUGUUUUGUUUGUGUCAAUGACUAAAAUGCCGACAGUAUUUUCCCGCCUCCGUCAUAAAGAGACAAACCCAAGAGUAGGCCUGGGCGAUAAUGUGAUCGGGAUUAAUUUCGGUUUGAUCACGGUGAUCAGCUGUGAGCAUAUUUACUCGAUCAAAUAUAGCAGAAAUGUGCAUCACAACAGCCAAUCAGAGUCGAGCUUUUCCUGCUCAGGAAAGUACACAGAAUGACCGAACGUGGAGCUAAACGUAGAGCUGAGGGCAGCAAGAUAGAUGUCAACCAUGACUUUGAGUCAUCCUCCAAAGAUGUCCUUGUUGAGAAGAAAAGUUACUCGACCUUGCUUGUGUGGCGGUGGUUCGGGUGUCUCCAAAGUGAGCAAUUAAGCCGAUGUGCGAGGUGUGUUGGAGGUUGGUGCCCUCCAAAACCGGCAACACAACAAAACUGUUUAAUCGUUGAAAGAAGUUCUUCCCCAGCGAUGGUGAGGAAGGCCUGAAAAUGCGAGCGAAGUUUAGCCACAACUAGCAGUGCAGCUACCAGACCAAAGCGGCGAUCAAUCAUCUCAAUUAUGUUUACAUCAUCUAAUAAUGACAUUUUAAGGCGUCUUCAUUAUCUCUGAGGGUGCAAUUUGUUUACUUCGGGUCUUGCAUACCUGCAAAAACACUCAGGACUGUAAACUAGUUCACUGUAUUAUUUAAUAUUUAUCUACAUUUGCUGUACUGUUGAGUUAAAAUGUUUUUUUUUUAGUUUAUCUUAUUCAGUUUGCUUUGAUAUUUACUUUGUAUGUUAAUAAAAUGUUGAAUGAAUCUCCAGUAUCUUUAGUUUCUAGUACAGAUACUUUAAAACUGGCAGUUGAAAAAUAAACGGGCUAAUAAUCGAGAUCGGACGACAUGACAAAAUCUAUUGUGAUUAUUUUUUUUUUUUGUGAUUGUUUUUGCCAAAUCGCCCAGGCCUACCCAAGAGUCACUAAUCCUCUUCCCUGUCUCCCCUAGAGUCCUGUUCUUGAAAAAGCCCCAAACAAAUCCAAAGAAACCUCCCCGGUCCUCCUCCACACGGAGACUCUAGCGGACGGGAACUUUGCAGGACUGCUGGAGAGCGACAUGGACACGGAGCAGAGACACACACAAAACGGCGUGGACUCUCUAGAGCAACACAACCACCAACAACAACAACAACAACAACAACAACAUCAACAGGCGCAGAGGUUCCCCUCGAGCCGGCAAGCGUCUCUACCUGACGUCCCCAGCAGCUCAGGAAUGUUGGGACUCCACAGGCCAGUUUCUGACCCGGGGCUUCCUGGAAAGUAGUCUUCAGCUGACGCUCCUCUCUCAAAGCUUGACUCAGGGUCUAAGAAAGAGACUGAAUAUGCAAAGGAAACAAACUGUAGACUUUCUUCCAUUCCUUUUAAAGAAAAAAACCCUCCCCCUCCCUUCCAGCGCUCUGAUUCUAAUGUAUAAAGUCCAUUUAUACAGAGGUAUUUAUACACUAUAUUAUAAACACAUGUAAAGUCACCUCCUACCUACAGUGUACAUACUUCAAUAGAACACUGCCAGCAACACGAAGCACCUGACGUGCUUUUUCUACAGCGUAUAUGCAUGUUUCCGUUCCUCACGGUUCCUUUCGGUUUCUGUCGCAUGUUCCCUCGACUCACCGCCCAAUCAGGUGUGUUCUCAGCAUGCUCGCAGACGACUGUAGCGAACAAGUCUGGGUUUCUACGACUCCUCCCGUGUCACGGGGAAAAACCUACUUGAAACUCUUUGCGAGGCAUCUCCGUACGCUAUCGAACCCCCACGACGACGACCCGCGUGUCGUAUUUAGCGUGCCUACCGUACACAGCAACAGCGUCAAAACGCGUCCAUAUCUCAUCGAGCACAACGAGCUUUCACCCCUCUUUGAGAGCAAUAAUAAUGAGACAAACACAGAUGUGUUUCUUUCUAGAGAUGAACACUCUGGAGAUCAUUUUAUACAAAUUUAAUGAAGAAAAAAAAGCCUCUGUGACAGCGUUUGUUUGUUAUUUUGCUUUGAUAAGAUCUGUGUACUCACUCUGGACACGCAGAAACUAAAAGAGUACGUUCACUUUUAGAUUCAGUAGAUUUGAAACAUAGAAGAACCACAUCCGAGCUCCUGCAUCAUAUCAGUAAGACGUGAGAAACGAAGCUUGUUUUUUUGAAGGACGUUAAUGUGAAGGCAGUUUGGGGAUUUGUGUAUUUUCUGACACAUUUUGAGACCAAAACAAAAGGAGUUAAAGAGUUUCUAGAUUCAGAACCGGAUGGAAGAAAUUCAACACAAAUGAGUCACAGCAAAGACGACACCGGUACACCACACGUUUGUACAAAGUGCCGACAAAGACGAUAGAAGCGCCACUGCGAGCCUACGAGGAGCCUGAAGCGCUAGGUUAUCGUGACGCCGUCCCGCUUGUUUCCACGUGUUAGAAAUCCACUGGUUUGUUAAGAGACUCGACCGGGCCGAACCGAAGUAGGCUGGCCGGGCCACCCUGUCGCGUGAAUCACUUGACGUUCCUUCCCACCACAGUCUGGACUUCAGCCCAUAGAGAGCAUGUAUUCCCGAUCAGAAAAAAAAUGGGCCAAUCAGAGACCGUGUUUCCACUGUUACCCGGACAGCAGGGAAAGGCAGCCCCUGAUUGGUCCAUGUGUAGAUGGUGACGUCCAACAUAUGCUGCAGGACUUUUUGAAGUAUCGUUUAUUCAGAACGCCGUUAAUUCUGCAGUUGACUCUGCAAAGUCGACAAAAAUGGUUUAUAUCCGACUGCCGACUUUGCAGAGUCAACUGCAGAAUUAACAGCGUUCUGAAUGAACGCCGUAACUUUGAAAAGUCCCGCAGCAUGUGUUAGACGUCACCAUCUACACAUAGACCAAUCAGGGGCUGCCUUUCCCUGUUGUCUGGGUAACAGUGGAACACUGGCAUCAACAUAGGUGAUGGGGUGUUACUUUUCAUUUCUGAGUAACUGUGCACUCCAGGAUUUAUCCAUAAGAAUGUAGAAAAGGAUUGUAAAUAGUUUUAAAUUCCCCAAACUGCUUCAGAACCGUCCUUCAAAAGUGUUUGAAAACUUUCGACUGCUGAACGCCGCUGAGCGGAAAGUGUGGUUCAGCUGGUUGGGAGUUUCGCCGUCCCCGAAGACGAUUUUUGGUCGCAUGCUUUAGGUCUUCCAUUAUCUUCUUAGAAAGAUCAUUUUCAUACAUAAAAGAUGUAUCUCUGAAAAAAAAAAGCAUCAUCCACUGAAUUUGAAAAAAAAUGAUGUUUCGGGCCAAGGACUCGGCUCCGCCUCCGAUAGCCUUAGCUUUCUAAGCCUGCUCUAGCCUUUACGAACGCCAUCGCCCCCUCUAACGCAACAGAAACCCGCUCCUCCACCGUCACACAUGUAAAUGUACUGAACUGCAUGAUGAAAAAUGAAGUAGUCAUUUUAGUUUUCUAACCACUCAAACUCGAGCUCAUGUAUUGCAUGGAGACCGCACUCGAUUAACUUAUAAAAAAGGUCUCGAUCAAGCGUGCGACACACAUACGGAAGGUACAGCACAUAACUCAUGAACAGAGAUUUAACGGUUACACCUAUUUUUCUAAGAAGUAUUUAAUUUUCUGUUAUUUUUCUAUGUAACUUAUUUGUUUUUAAACCCCCUGAUGUUAGUUAGACCGCUGGAGGACGACCGGAAGAAGACGAACGCAACGCAACGCAACGCAGAGCCUCUCGAUGUAGCAAGCGAGGCGUCAGACGGGCGACACUUUCAGCUGCGUGCUGCAUUUACCGUUUGUCUUGAUUUAAUAUUGCACAUAAUCAUUUAAACACUGGCUUCCCCCCCCUCCUCACAAACUCUGAGCUCUCGUUUCCUACACUUCUCGGAGACUUUCCGAAUAAGAGACAGAGUCGACUUUCCAGGACGGUACAGAGCCCGGGGUGUUUUCUUUGAUAAGCUUCCUUUCUCCAGCACACGUGUAGAACAAAAGUUGCUAACUCGAGUCGUCCACUGAACUUUGAUGGGAUUUGCAAACUUUUGCACAGAGAUUAGAAAAAAAAAACAAAAAAAAAAAACUUGCUGUACUGGAUCUAAAUGUCACUUUUUAAAUCUAGUGCUGUUCACAAUUGUUUUUAUGCAUUUUUUAAAUGUUUGCCACUGUAUUUUAUACAAUGCAACACUUAUCAGCUAAUUUGAAUGUUUCUGUUCUGAACUAUAUUUAAAGAAAUGAACUAUAUUGUGUAAAUAGACUUGGGGGAAAAUGCGCAAUUGUAUAAAUUAAUAAACAAUGCAUACUGAUCUAAA